GUGUAGAAGAGCACCGGCCAAUAGCUCCGUGAAGGUACCCUGAGUGAUGGGAAUCGGCAUCCAAUUGCAGCGAAGAGGGCGGGGUCUGGCUCUCCGGGUUUCCUCUCCGGCUCGGUUUCCCCCCUCCCCCCCCCGCGGGUUUUUCGCUGCGAAGAAAAUGGCGGCGGCGCCGAGCGGAGAUGAGGAGAGACUGUGAGUGACCCGGGGAGAGGGGGUGGGGAAGAGCCGGGCUGGACCAUCGCACCACUUGCGCAGGGGGCUCGGGCGGGACCAUGGCCAGCGCCGGGGAGGGCGGCGCGGCGGGGCUGCGGCCGCUGGCUUCUCUCCGCUGGCAGUCGCUCCUCCUCCCCUUUCCCUCUGCGCGCCCAGGGCCUCGAGUGCGUCACAGCGAUCCCCUCUGCCCAGUAAGGGGAGGGGCGAGGAGGAGGGCGCGGGGCGCGCCCCCGGAGGGGGGCCGGGGAGGGGAGGGACUGGCGUGGGGCGCGCGCUUGAGGUCAGAGGUGACCUGUGCCCGCUCCCUGGUGGCAUCUGCCAGCCGUGGCCCCUCAUCCUGCAUCCCUGCCGUGGCCCUCUUGCUUUGGCAGGUGCCUUGCCCGCCCCAGUCCCUCUGUGGCGCGCCUCAUGCCGAGUUGCCCAGCCCGCCCUGGGACUUCAGGUGAUGGGGACACCUGGCAGCCUGCCUCUGAGGCCCUCUAUCGCCAUCUCUCACUCCGCUUGCUUAUACCCCAUCGUUGCCGACAGAGAGUGGGCAGCGCAGUGGGCAGAGUGUGCGUGUCCCCGUAGGCUGUGUGUGGUAUGGUGGUUUGGGCCUCCUUCAGCGUAAGCCCAUUUUCUUCACUUUCUUUUUUUGGGUUGUGCAGCAAGGAGGAUUGGGCUCCAUCCCAAGUGCCAUGGUGCCCAGUGUGUGUGUGUGUGUCUCGCUUGACUCACCUGUGCAUUUCCACUGGGCAAAGCGGUGGUGAGGAUUGGGGUUAGCAAGUUCAAACCUCCUCACUGCAUCACGCAGAAAGUGAGGCAGGGCAAGGAAACAGGGUUGGUGGCUGAUGGCUUGCUAUGGGUUGGCUCUACUGGGCCCUGUCCUUUGUGCCACACCACUCAAAGAGAACGAGUAAGUACCUUGGUAGGGCCUUCUAGAUGGCUGACAACUAACUGGAAGCAGACAUGAACUUUCCUUACAGCCAUGACUUGCCCAAUCUCCCUGGUCUCCUUUCCCAGAGCUGGUGGAUGAGUAAGGGCAGUGGCUGCUCCCCUACACCCUUACUCAGGGUGGUACAGAAGUGGCUGCUGUCUGUCUUCACUGCCCUCAGAGAGACAAUAUACAAGCAAGAGGAGGUGGUAGCUGCUUCUUGCAAGAGUAGUGAUUGCCUUCAGACUAUCACCAUCAUUGCUUUUGCUCUGGGAGGCUCAACCUCAGGGUAAGAAGCUUCUUUGGUCCAUCAGUGUUAUUGUAUUCGGCAUGACAUAGUCAGUAUGGCCAGUGAUCAGGGAUGGUAGGAAUUGUAGUCCAGCAACAUGGGGAGCACUGGUUCCCGAUCCCUGAUCCACCCACUUAUUUCCUCUCUCCUUAGGGUAGGUGUGGAGAAUUGGGCCCAAUGCAUCUUCCCAGAAUGAAUGAGCAACCAGAAAUGAUUGUGUUUUUUACAAGCACAACUGCCAACUCUGCUUACUUGCUUGCUCUCCCUCUUUUUUGGAUUGCACAGUUGGGCUACCUGGGCUGAUUUCUUGCAGCUACACCACCAGUAGAAAGAUAACUGAUGCAGAACUUGCCCUAUUUAUGAUGUCCUUUUGAGUGCUGGAUCCAGUCUUAUCCAUCCUAUGUCUUGUACCACUGACAGUGUGAGCAUGUUCAUGUUUGAUCAGCAGCAACAGCUCACACUGCCUGACUUGGCAGUAUCCAGCCUUCCCACCAUACUGCUUAAACAGAGAGUGUGAGCAAGCAGAAUGAUUGGGAGGUGGUUGCUUCUGCCUUCUGUGGUUGUGCACACACUUUUGGCAGCCCUGUUGGCUCCAGUUCUCCCUGCUGUGUAGUCCAGAAAGAAAGGGAAAGUGGACAUCUUCUUGUUCACAUAAACUUUUUCGUUGGGCUGUCCAACAGACUUGGCCCUUACUGUUGCACCUUCCAGAGUGAGAGAGGAGGAAGUAAUUGGAGGCAGAGGCAGCGGUUCAUUGGUUGAGGGUCGAACCAACUGUGCAUGUGCUUAUUAAACACAAACUUUCCAGUCUGUUUUGAAAAUUGGGUGAGGGAGUUAACUUUUAAUACUAAAAGCAUUUGGGUGAUGAAAAUUAACUCUCUUCCCCUGCUUUACCUCUCCUUGCCACUUAUCUUAAAGAUUUUUUCCUUCCUAGCCCAUUCCCAAUAUAGCAAGUUUGCUGAUUGGGAGAAAAAGUCAAAGCAAUGAAGCCCAGCGAGGUAGGGACAGUGCACGGUUUGAAUUUUGUUCCCAUUCCACUUGCACAUUUUUUGCUAUUAAAAAUAAAUUCCUCCAUGCUUGCUUUAUAGCCAGACUGGCAAACACGUAUUUCAAAAACACAUGGGCAUCUGUUUUGGCCCUUGUUAGCUCAUGUUUGUGGCCUGGCCUGUGCCCCUUGUCCUCUGCCUCUGAGCGGGAGGGGGAAAGUAGGUGUCACUCUAUUUAUGGUAACUGUCAUUUUCUUUGUACUUUGAUGUUGUCAAUCCUCAGAUGUCAUGAUUACCAAUUCUUUACCAAUUAUUUGAUGUCCUCUCAUGUUAGCUGUCUUGUGGGAUCACAACAUUUCAGUCACAAAACAACUACCGUAUAUGCAGUCUCUAGGUAUAUGGAGAGGGAUAAAAACUGGUCUUCAUCCUUUUUUUUUGGCCUUCACCGCUUGUGCUUUGGGUGUAGGGGAAAAAUAUCACUAAUGAUUUUAUCCUGAAUAACUUUUUAAAUAAAUUGUGUUGUUCACAUAAGUUAUUUAACACUUAUUAUCUGCUUCUGUUAUGUAUUGGCUUUGCAGGUAUUAUCCUAUCCUUGUUUAAAUUGGCCACAAUUUUUUUUAAAAAAUCCUAGUUGUCAAACUAUUUAUUUGCAACUUUUCCAGCCCAGUCCAUAAUAUCACUGCUUGCUCUUUGUAAACCAGAUUCCCAGUGCUAUUGCAGUUUUGGUUGAUAGUUGCUUCUCCAAUUACCGUACAUCCUCUCCUAGCUCAAGACAACUGAGUGUCCUUAUGUCAGACAUUGGAGUGGUACAAUCAUGUUUGUCACCUUCACCCUUAUGGUUUUAGGUGGCAUUUCCAUCCUUCUACUCAUAAAACCUUAUAAGCACUGCAGUGCAUCUGCUUCAUGUUGUGCAUAUAUUCCAAACAUAAGAUGGCUAUGAAUGUUCAUUGCUUCCUUGUGUUAAAAGAUCUGCCCCACCUUAUCUCGCAUAAAUCUCUGUACAGUGCUACAAAUGUAUGUCCUGAAGCCUUUGUUUACUGCAUGGUGAAGAUUUGGGUGUGAAAAAGGUGUGGCUUCUAGUAGGGUGUUCAUAUAAUUCAUUUGAUAUAUCAGGAGUUUUGUGUUUCUAGCCAAGUUUUGCAGAGAGAAACUUGAAAAGGUAAAAACUUCAGGCACUUUUCACAAGUGAGGCAGAGGUCAUAAGUUUGGGGGAGGUAUUUUGAGAGUAGGCUUUUUGUGAAAUGUUAAUUUAAAUUUUGUGUGAGACCUUGUCUAUCCAGGUAUUGAAUCUUAAUACCAUGUUUCACAUCUACCUAAAGAACUCAGUUUUACACAGGUAUGUUAGUGUUGAUGUGGGAAAAUCUCUGCUCUCCCAUAGGGUUGUAGCUACUCCCAAAGUAAAAUACCAGUGCCCUGGGGGACAUGAUAGAUUAAGAUCAUGAAAUUGCUGUGUUGCGAACACUAAUAAUAUGCACGCUUGCAGUGUCAUAGGAAGGUGCAUAAAAUACAAAAUAUUUGUGACUCAUUUUCUGCUGAGCAUGCCUCUGGUAGAAAUUAGAGGUGGGUGGGGCACUGGGGGUACUCUUCUUUCUCCCCCCCCCAAGAAUUUCAGUUUCAGUUCUUCUACCUUUAACAGCUGCUUAGCAGGUCCCUUCUUUCUUUUUCUAUUUGUUUGCAAUUAUGUUAUUGUGCCACCCAUUCUCAAUUAAGUGAUGUCUCAAACUGUUGCUUCUUUGGUUCAUGUUUGUAUUUGUUUAUUAAAAAGCACUUAUAAUAUUGGUGCUCUUUAUCUGGUUGGAAAUUUAUUGUUUAUUUGAGGAUUUCUAGCCUCAUUAGAAUAAUUCUAGAGUGGUAGUAGAAUAUAAAAUAUAAUUACACGAUAAAACCAAAUUUAGAUAAAAACAAUAUAACCUUAAAACAACAGCAACAAACAGGUUCUGCAAGGGCAAGUGUAUCCAUCUCCACCAAAGACUUGAGCAAAUAAAUGUGUUUUAACUGGUGCUGCAAAUGCAUCAGGAUCAACACCAGUUAAACUGGAGAGAGUUUUCUAUAAUUGGGAUGUUAUUAUUGAAAACAUAAUCUGACAUGUUGCUGUGAAGCAAAUGUUUGGCCUAUGUGGCACUGUUAAGAGGGUGCCCCCCUUUGGAUUUUUUUGGGGGGAACACCCUUUGGCUCUGUUUGGUGAUACUCUGCUUCCUAGUGAACAUUGUACUGGCAAAUUGUUGAAGCGGUGCUCCUUCACUUGCAUCUGAUUUGUCAGUGCUAGCAGAAUUUGAUGGAUGGAUUUCUCUGCCUGUAAACUCCACAGAAGUUGCCUGUACUACAUACCCAUCAUCUAUAGGAAUAACUCCUUGCAGGAACCUCCUGGUGAUCCCAGGGUGUCUGUUAGUAGAGGCAGUGUGUUUCCCCCAUCCCUAAAUACGCUGAAUCUACUCAGAGGUCAUAUGUACACAAAAGGUGUAAGGAGAAGGAUGAAGGAUGAUCUUCAACCAUUUUGCCCCUUUACUUGAAGUAGGGAAAAAUAGCAAGAGGAUUGUUUAAUUAAUUAAUUAAUUAAUUACAUUUUUACACCACCCUACAUCUGAGGAUCAUAGGGCAGAAUAUAAAAAUACAAAAUACAUAACAAAGUAAUAAACAAAAACAAUAUCCCCUGCACACAUAUAGGAUUAGUCCUAAGUGAUGUCCUGUUGUCAUCCUGUCAUCUUGGGUGUCUUAUACCAGUCUUUUAUUUUUGAGGUUGAGCUUUCCAGACCCUACAUACGCUGUCAUGUGUGUGCUCCCUGGGUUGACUGAUAGCCUGCUGUAGAUUGAGGAGACUUCUAGAGCAGAGAACUUUCAAAUACUACUCUUUAAUUCCAUAGUAUCAAAUCUGGGAUUGGAAAAAUCCUGAUUGCCCAGAGGCCUAAGUAAUCUGACGAUAAGUUACAGUUCUGUUCAGAUUCUUGAAAUGAAUGUUAUGAAUAUGCCAAAUUUAUGUCAGUUCCUUUUGUCUCAGCCCUACGACAUGGAAAUAUGACUUAUCUAUCUAUCUAUCUAUCUACCUAUCUAUCUUUAUAUUAAAUACUGUGUCAUGAGAUAAAUUAGCAAAGAAUCAGUUUUUGUGGAAAACUGGGCUAUUGGUUUAAUCAUGGAGUUGUUAAUGAUUUGUGUAAAAUCUAGUUGUGUUGUCAUAAUGAUGGCAGUAUAUGGCUUCAGUCAUGGACUCACAAUUACAAUUCCUCAGUCACAUCUACAAAUGCCUCAUACUUGGUGUGAUCCAGAUAUCAAAGUAGAGCUGGCUGUGAUUGCAGAUGACCAAGAAUUUUACGUUGCUCAUUUAGAAGCUGCAGUUGUGGGAAACUGUAUAUGUGCCUUUUACACGAAGAGCUGCUUAUAUAAUUUACAACAACAGUGUAUCUGUAAUUGUGUCUUCCUAUAUAUAAGUGUGAAUUAGGUGACCAGUUUAUUUUUCUGAUCCCACUUCCUUAUGACUCGUCCCAUCCCCACCCUUUGUUUCUAAGUCAAAUAUAUUGGUCCAGUCUCUUGUAGCUAAUAUAGCCAUUUCUCUUAUUGUAGUAUGAAGACUGUAGUAUGAGGGUUGUACCUUUCCACUGGAGCAUCAUUUAAGACGCAAAGUAAUUUUUCAGUUGCUGGGCUAAAAUAUGUGACAAAGACAAGUACAGACAAGUGGAUUUAAAACAUAUUGAGCACUGUUUUCACAUGUGUAUUAAAUUGGUGUCUGUGUAGAAAUAUGUUGAGUAACACAGAAGGUAACACACCAGUGUUAAAUAUUUGAAGGAGAAUAUAAACUAUUUCAGCAAAUAAAGGGUAUACUUGGUCUUACAAUAAAACCAGUUGUCAUAUACUAUUGCAUGUAAUGCUAAACCAUGGUCAAGCACAAAUUGCAGUGAGACCCUACUGUUGCUGUCCUCUUGCAUAGCUAUGAGGGGAUUUUGGAAGCUUCCAUUUCUCUUUUAGAUUAAGCCCAGUUCAGCAUUAUGCCUGAACCUUAAAUUGUUAUUAAUCUUAACUAUAAGUGAAAGCAAGCCAGCUUUGUAAACAAAGGUUUGAGGUUAACUUAUUUCUUCUAACCCAGGGUGGUCCAACUUUUGAUACCAAGUGGACCGCAAGAGUACUUUGACACGCACACUGCCUUGUCAUGUGAGGGGGAGCGGGGCCAAAAUUUGACACCCACACACCCAGCCCAUGCACUGCCCUUCCAAAGCUGUCUAAGCGAGGAAGCCGGCUUUGGGAAGGAGUAGUGAGGCACUGGCAGCAUCCUAGAGCCCUCCCAACUCCUUCCCAAAGCUGGCAAAGUGCUAAUUAGGCUUUGGGAAGGAGGUUGAAGGACCCUAGGACCUUGCCAGAGCCCUCAAACCUCCUUCCCCAAUCCCAGCACCUUGCUUAAUGGCUUUGGGAAGACAGCACAAGGGCUGGGGGGUGACAUAUGUUGCUGAGGGCCACACAUUGAGGGCCACAUGUUAGACCACCCUGCUCUAACCACAGUUAAAACUUCAUUUUUCUUGGAUUUGAUGUCAUAGCAAGCUGUGGGUAAUCUAAAACAGAAGCUAAAGCUUCUUCAGUCUUCAUGGUUGUACGUGAGGAUGGGGUGGAAUGUGCACAAGCCUGAGAUUCACUGUGACCUGCUCUUAUAACACUAAACUUUGGCGACUGAGGCUAAAUUCCAUUGCACAGUUCCCUCACACAAUUGGAUGUACCGAGACUAUGAUCUAUCUGCCAUAGCAUAUAUGGUAGCACUUAAGAAAUCAAACCAAAUCUUUUGGAAUUUAGAUUUUGACAAAUGUUUAAUAAGUGAAAGAGUGAGUACAGGCAAUAUAUAGAGAUUCACUUACAGUAACUCUUUAAUAAUGGAGUCAAAGUUGUGGUCUUAUCCCUUAAGGAUGCCCACAGGGGGUUGAAACGGUUCAGGCCAAACUUGAGUGCUUGAUUUAGACCUGAAGGCAUUGAAUGUAAACAUUUUCCUGUAAACACUAAUGAUCAGAUUCAUAGCUUUGUCCGUAGGCCAUGUGAUUGUAGAUUUCAUCCUUAGUGGGUGUAACCCCAAACAAUACUCAUAUCCCCCCCAGCAUUGUGCCCCUCUGCUCCAUGACAAAGUUGGCAUGAUGAUGAUGAUGAUUAUUAAUAAUAAUAAGAAUAAUUUUUAUUUAUACCCUGCCCUCCCCAGCCAGAGCCGGGCUCAGGGCGGCUAAUAGGGGAGGGGGGAAUUAAAAUACAGGUUAAAAUACAGUUUAAAAUGCAGCCUCAUUUUAAUAAUAUCCCAUAGAUCAAAACCAUAAGGGGAAGGAAACAUAAGGGUCAGACUGAGUCCAAACCAAAGGCCAGGCAGAACAGCUCUGUCUUGCAGGCCCUGUGGAAAGAUAUCAAGUCCCGCAGGGCCCUAGUCUCUUGUAACAGAGCGUUCCACCAAGUCAGGGCCAGUACUGAAAAGGACCUGGCCCUAGUUGAGACCAAUCUAACCACCUUGCGACUUGGGACCUCCAAAAUGUUGUCAUUUGUGGACCUUAAGGUCCUUCCCGGGGCAUACCAGGAGAGGCGGUCCCAUAGGUACGUGGGUCCUAGGCUGCAAUGGGCUUUAAAGGUCAAAACCAGCACCUUAAACUCACAAUUAACUAUUGUGAGGCAUGAUGUUCUUCUCUGUAAACACACACACACACCUUUUAUUGUUUCCUGUACACAUCACUAGGUGAAUAGAGCCUGAAAUACAAAAUAUGCAAGCAGAAUGUUUCUUCUAGGCUAGCAGUUUGCCUUUUUACUAGAUGACUGCCAAUUACUGACCAUGAAUUUUUUUUAUUUUAGUUGCUAAUGUUAGUGUUGUCAAAAACACCUCUGGCACCUGAGUCAGCAUUUCAGCAUGACCUACUGACAAUCCUUGUUUCUGGAAAGUGUAUAAGCACCCAACAUUGCUUUGUGAGCCUUAGGCAUGAACUUGCUAGGUAGCCUUAAGCAAACCACUAUACUCUCCAUCCCAGCUCCAUGCUGGAAUAAUACCAGCCUACCAUAUAGGGCGCGGGUGGUGCUCUGGGUUAAAUCACAGAGCCUAGGACUUGCCGAUCAGAAGGUUGGCGGUUCGAAUCCCUGCGAUGGGAUGAGCUCCUGUUGCUCGGUCCCUGCUCCUGCCAACCUAGCAGUUCGAAAGCACCUCAAAGUGCAAGUAGAUAAAUAGGUACCGCUCCGGCGGGAAGGUAAACGGCGUUUCCGUGCGCUGCUCUGGUUCGCCAGAAGCGGCUUAGUCAUGCUGGCCACAUGACCCGGAAGCUGUGUGCUGGCUCCCUCGGCCAAUAAAGCGAGAUGAGCGCCGCAACCCCAGAGUUGGCCACUACUGGACCUAAUGGUCAGCGGUCUCUUUACCUUUACCAUAUAGGAUUGUUGAAUGUGUUACUAAGGUAAUGGGUAUGAAAAGCUUUGAACACUCAAAAAGGAGCACUACAUUAACGCUUAUUGGCAAGUUAUGAUGAGAGAAUACCGGGCAUCUUUUUGCAUUGUGUCUUUCAAAAGUUAAUUAUUCAGGCAAGAUAUUACACUUUUGUAGAUCUAUAAAAAUGUUGGCUCAAGGCAGACAUGCUUCAUUAUUGUUAGAAUUAACCACAGCUGGCUACCUUAAAAGUAGGAUCAACAUGCCUAUCUUGCAGAGAGUGGAAACUCGGGAAUUUCUUUUGAAUUCUUUACCAAUAUGAAUCUCUCACAGUUCUGCAGAAAUGAGUAGCCUUUAAUUGGUCACGCCUCCCAAAAGCAUCACUUUUUUGCUAACAGCCCUGCAAUGAUAAUAAUGGGUGAACUGUAUCCCCUGCCCUUUUAUCUUGUAGAGUUAAAUGUGUGUUUGGAUACAUUUGUCUUUCACAGGUAGUUCAAGAAACUUAGUUUGCAAACAGUGCAGUAUUAACUGCCUCUGUUCAUCUGAAGGGUUACUCCUCCCUGAGUUAAAACAAUAAUAAAUAUCUACAAGUAAGCACAAUUGUGUUAUCAGUGACCGAGAAAAACGUUGUAUCUGCUGACAAAAAUGCAGCUGAUAAGAAAUCUGGUGGAUCUCUCUUGAGCAGGGAGUUCCAAUGAGCACAACAGAAGUUACCAAACUCCAUGCUCCCGGUAUUGUAUUUUGGUGAAAGCAGGGCCUACCCACUUACUUGAGAGACUGGGGAAAAUAUACAAGCAAAGGUAUUCCCUAAGGUACACAGAGCCUAGGCCACCUACGACUUUAAAGAUAAUAACUGGCAUUCAGAAGCAGGGGCGGAGGAAGGGAGUGCAGUGGGGGCACGCUGUCCCAGAUGUCACCAAUGAGGGGAGUGACAAAAUGCCGGGUGGCACUCACCGCAGGGCCUGCAGCCCACCUGAGCCAUGCGUCUCUCCUGGGAGUGACGUAGUGGCUUGGGCGCCCGCAGGCUUCGCACUGCCCUAAACGGUCCGCCCACCGCCUCCUGCAGAGCGUUCUGCCCUGGCUCGCGCUGCCCCGCUGGCAGCUCGCCCCACCCCUGGGUGCAGGGCACGCGUGCUGCCCCAGCUUGCUCCGCUGCUGUUCAGAAGCUUAAAAAAAAAGCUGCAAAUGAGCAUAAAGAGAUGCAAUUGUGUUUUCCUCAAAAAAGAUGAGAGGGGAAACAAAUAUUUUUUUAAAGCAAGACUGACUAUGAGUGAAGGGACCAUGUAGCAAGACAAAAAAUACAAGACAAGCAGUGUGGAAUGGUGGGACAUCACCAGCUACCCCACAUAACUUGCCUCCUAGCAGGUACAGCAAUACUUCCAGUCUACACAGGAGCUGCAGUUCCAGUCAAAGACAAAAAAAAUUGCCACAAAGCCGGUUUAGGUUUUUUUUUUUUUUAAUGGAAAGGAAGGGAGAGAGGGCAAUGUAGAAAACACAGUAAUGCAAUGGUUUGGAAGCAAUGCCACCUUAUUAUAUAUCAAUUAGUCAUCAAAUACAAAAAUGCCUCUAGGCAACUUACAUACACAAUUUAAAAUUAUUUUAUUUAAUCAUAGUAAAGUCUUAUCAUACGGUAACUUACCUAAGAACUGCAAUGAUUCAAUUUCCUUUAUUGAUUAUGAUGGUGAAACUUUUAUUUAUUGUUAACAUUUCUUUUCUGAAUAUAAUAAAAGUAGUUGUUAAAUUUAUUAUUAUUAUUAUUAUUAUUAUUACCAUGAUGUUCCAUGAUGACCUAAUGAAUUAAUGGCAUCAAUUUCAGAGUAAAAUAGGAAGCAAACUAUUGUGUCAAAAAGAAAGAAAAAUGAAAACAACAACAACAAUAAAAUGGUGAAAUCACACUGACUAAAAAAAAAAGGAAAUGUGUAAUUAAAGGGCAUUAAAUGACAGACAACAGCAAAAGACUAACUGACUAAAGGACAUAUUUCAAACAGGUCGCGUUUACUGAUUUAGAAAUUUAUGGAGCUUAAUUAUGAGUAAAAACGCUUAUGAUUUUAAACAAUUGAGCAAGCAUUGAAGUAUUUCAAUGCUACUGCAUGAACAUUGCCUCAGUGGUGUUAAGGGGACCUAGUGUGAAAGGGACCAUGCUGACUAUGGCUUGCUUUCAUUAAAAGACGCGGUAUAAAAUUCCAUACAAGCUGAAGUCUUUGAACUGCCUUAAAGGGCAGGCCCAUGUAGAGUGUGUUGUGAUAGUCCAUUGGGAGGCUAAUAAUGCAUGUAAUGACAGACACUGACUAAAAGCAUGGGAAUAACUAGGGGCUGGAUGUCGCUGGCAUUCUGCCCAAGGCACAGGCAUGCCUUGUUCUGCCGGGAUUCUACGUUAUUGAGUUUUCAGGGAUCUGUUCUAAACAUGCUCAUUAUGUUUGUUUGCCUACUGCUUCAUCUGCUUGUUUAGGCUACUAUGUUCUUAAUGCCUUCUGGAGAAGGAAAAGCUCCAAAGCUUAGCAGCAUCAAUAAAAAAUUCCCAGUAGAGGGGAUGGCAAGGUAUGUGUUUUCUUUGGGCAACUAGGUGGCAUUUUGUUGUUGCAACUUGGAGUGUCUCUGAGUCCAAUAAUUUGUUAACAGCAUAACUUGUGGUAAGGGUGGUUUGAUUGGCAUACAAGUUCUGUGGUUGUUUUUAAUGGCAGCUUCAGCUGCAAAGCACCUGCCCGUUUCCUUUUUAUCUUCCUUUUCCUCCUCAUGCCACACAAUUUCCUGUUGCUUUUAGAGUUAGAUUACUAUUGCAUGCUACCCCAAACUCCAAGUGGUAUGAGAUUCCAGGGGUUCCAGGCACUUAGCCAAGGUCUGUGCUUCCUUUUUAAAAUGAGGCACAGUGGACUGUGGUGUCUUUAUAAUAGUUGGUUUAUUUACACAUAUAUACAACCUAGCCAUCUGUUAUGGAUAGUUUAGUUGAGAUUUUUUAGGGACGUGGGUGGCGCUGUGGUCUAAACUAUUGAGCCUCUUGGGUUUGCUGAUUGGAAGGUCGGCGGUUCAAAUCCACAGAACGGUAGUGAACUCCCAUUGCUCUGUCCCAGCUUCUGCCAACCUAGCAGUUCGAAAACACAUCAGUGCAAGUAGAUAAAUAGGUACCGCUGUGGUGGGAAGGUAAACAGUGUUUCCAUGCACUCUGGUACUUGUUGCGGUAUCCUGCUGCACCAGAAGUGGUUUAGUCAUGCUGGCCACAUGACACAGAAAACUGUCUGUGGAAAAAUACCUGCUCCCUCCUUCUUUAAAACCUGGACUUGAAUAGGUUGCAGCUGAGAGGCUGGCUCCGACUUUAGACUCUUGUUAGCAUCCGUCUGUUUCAAGAUAAAAUGGAGUGCACCUUCAGAGGGGAAGUCAAACCAUUGUGUUAGCAGCACUGAAGUGACAUCCCUGGGGCACAAGCCUGGACUAGUGAUGGGGAAAUCCCCAUGUCCCUAAAAUACCCAUUGAGUCAAUCACCCAUCUCCUACUACCCUUCUGAGAAAAACCCCAUCCCACCCUCCCACUAUAUAUAAGGGUCUGGUGACUUCUGUUUCAGUGUAUCUGAAGAAGUGUGUAUGCACACGAAAGCUUAUACCCAGAGCAAACUUAGUUGGUCCUAAGGUGCUACUGGACAAUUUUUUAUUUAUUUCGACUGCAUCAGACCAACAUGGCUACCUACCUGAAUGUCCCUAAAACGUUAAUGUUAGAAAAGAAAAUACUGAUUCAAGUGCCUGUUGAGAGCAUGCUCGCUUCGGCAGCACAGAUACUAAAAUUGGAACGAUACAGAGAAAAUGAGCAUGGCCCCUGCGCAAGUUCCUGGUGAGAGCUAGUGUGGUAAGACAUGUACAGUGGUACCUCGGGUUAAGAACUUAAUUCAUUCUGGAGGUCUGUUCUUAACCUGAAACUGUUCUUAACCUGAAGCACCACUUUAGCUAAUGGGGCCUCCUGCUGCUGCCGCGCCACUGGAACACGAUUUCUGUUCUCAUCCUGAAGCAAAGUUCUUAACCCGAGGUACUAUUUCUGGGUUAGUGGAGUCUGUAACCUGAAGCGUCUGUAACCCGAGGUACCACUGUAAUAGGAAAACUCCAUGUGAAGUUCCAGAUCCUACAGAUCCCCACAGAAUUUCCCCAAUCAAGUAGCAAAAGAUGGAUCUAAAGAACACACAGGAGGCUACAAGGUUCAGGAAGAAAAAAAAAAUAUUUAAGUGUUCACAUGCAGAAAUGGUUUAUGUGUAUGGUGGAGAUACGACUGUGAACAGUGUUAAGGGUUUAGGGAAAGAAAGGGGGGUGUCCAAGGGCAAGUGAGGCAGAGUAAAGCGAACAGGAAAGGGAGCUAUGUGUCAUCCUUAAGGCCAUAUUUCCAAUUUAGCAAAUUUUACUAGUUUGAAACAUUUGUUCAGCUCUUUUAAACUUUCCUGUGCUAGAUAAAGGCAGUUUCCCAAGGCCUAGUAAGAGCUUGGAUCCAAAGGCUGCAACCCAGAGGUUAUUUUUUAAAAUACAGUGGUCCUGGCCUACUGAGCCCCCUAUACAGUGGUACCUCGGGUUACAUACGCUUCAGGUUAAGAACAGUUUCAGGUUAAGAACGGACCUCCGGAAUGAAUUAAAUACUUAACCCGAGGUACCACUGUACAUUGUAGCUUAAAGAUGCCUAUUUUUCUGCAUAUAUAGACAUUGGCAUUUGUUACUGGCAAAAAAGAUGUUUGAUAGUUUCCUAGAUACCCCAGUGUGGGUGGGGGGAAGUAUAUGUAACUGGGCUUAAAUUGCAGUUCAUUUUUAAAGGGCAUCAUUUCUCAGAAGUGGAUGAUGCUAUAGGCUUCCAGUGUCGUUUUUCACGUUUAUAGGUGAAAACCCUUUAGUGCCACUCUUUGGGUAUUAUUGGUCAGGUCAGAAGCUUGUUAAUGCUGUAGCAGCGACCAUUCAUUUAUAUUUUUGGAAAAGUAUGCUUUGGGCCACUAGAAUUGGAAGUGAUGUUCUCUUGUUGAUGAGGAAGAAGACGGUACUGUGAGGCCUGGGAAGCAGGCGAAGAGCUGCUUAAAAGCAAGUUGUAAAGCUGGCUGUGCAAGGGUGCUUGAUAAACCAGGCUUUCUGUUGGCUUUGGCAACGUUGUGUGGAUUGUAUUUUUGCAAGCUGACUAGAUCCUUAACAAUUUCUCCUCUGUGCUAUGUACCAAGCUUCCAGCUUUGGUGUCUGUUUAUUUGAAAAGAUCAUACUGUGCUGUAGUGCAGUUUGCAGCUUCUAUUGCUGUGCCAUCUGUAUCAUUCUGGUUCUCUGCCUCUCUCCCUGCACAACUGCAUCACAAAACACAGUGUAACCAUUUGUUAAGAACUUAGAAAAAAACACAUUUGAGAAUUAGUUUAAAUGUUUUGUUCGUGGACUGAUAGGAGACUAACAGAGAAUCAAUAUUCAAAAGAAACUAAGGGGUGCCGCAAUAUCUCUGUUUACUGUGGAAUUGAGGGCCACACACAACAUGAUGGAGUUAGCCAUGUUUAUUCAUCCAUCGGUUGGCAUCAAAACAGGCAUGGAGGGAGAUGAACUCUUAUCCUGCUCAAACUCUUGUCAUUUCAGGUCGUUUGUCUCCUUAGCUAUUCAGUGUGAUGUGGUAAGGUUUGCAAAAGUUGCUUUCUCCUGUCCCUGCACCUUUCUUGAUGUUGAAAGCAGUCAGCCCCCCCCCCAACAGUGGAUGCUCCUGUUGUGCUUGGUUAGAUGGGUCUCCUUGACAAACAGUUUGGGAGCUAAUAGUAUAAUGUCUUCAGGGCUGCUUUUCAUGCUAGUUCUAAAAUACAUGGUGGUGCCCUCAAGUGUUCCCCAUCCGUUGUUGAGAAAAGGUAUGAAUAUUCCAAAGAGAGGAAAUUAAAGCUGAUGAACCACUUGAGUGGCUUGUCCGACAACUGUCCAUCUUCUAAAACAGAUUUAUAUUACCAUUUGAGCUUUACAGGUACAGGUGUGCUUAUAUGGAAAUAAUGUAUCAAUUGGUCUUAUGUGGUAGUUUGUUAUGGUUGAAGCUGUUCUGCAAGUGAUUAAAUGCUUUAAUCUUCUUUCUGUGAGGAUGUGAAUUGGCAUUUUGUAAUUGCAACAAGCUGUGUCAUGGGUUAAAACUGAAAUCAAAGAAGUGAAAAUUCAGAGCAAUCUUCUUCUUCAAGCCUCAUUUUUUAAAAAAUCUGGUGCUGUAUAAUCUGGUGCGCCUUCCCUGGCAUAAAAAGUGUUUUGGUUUUUAAAAUAAAUCUUAGUCAAACAAUAUAUUUAUAUCUAUAUAUCUAUAUAAAUCUACCUAUAUAUGUGGGAGGGGAAGAAAAUGAUAUGAUGCAAACAUACGUUUUAAAUGUUUCUUCUUACAAUUGAACCUGCCACAAAAAAACCACAAUACUGGCCCAUGGCCCUACAGCCCUGAUGCUGAGGCUUUUAUGGAGGUAGAUGCAGAUCAAAAGGGGCUUGCCAACAGAAGGUGAACACUGAAAAUCUUAAAAAGAAGUGGUUUGCAAAAAGGGAAUGAGCUGGUGUUGUGCAGAUGCAGAAGAAAUUGGAAAUGAAACUCUGCAAGCUUAUAUAUAUGCAUGCACUUCCUGGCCCUUCUACAGCUGAAGCACUGUGUGCAUUACUGAAAGGAUGUUCAAACACCCACAACCAAAAUAUGAAAAGUAGCUGUUGUGGGUUCCAGGAUGCUGUGUCAGAACCUGUAGCCUAAGGUUGUGUCCAUACUCCUGUUUACUGUGCACUCAGUUCUUUUACAGUGCUGGGUUUUAAAUGCAUAAGUAUCCUGUACUUUUUAAUAAAAUACUACUGUUUGAUGCAUUAUUUCUCAAAGCAGCUUCACAUGGAUUGGAGUCCUGAAGCCAUUCACACCUUGGCUAGAGACAAAUUAGGAUCACCUUUGCAUGGAACAUUCUCCCCCCUUGACAUGUACAAAAACAAAGGAAUGAAGCUGUGUUGAUGUGAACAUCUGGGAGGAAGUGCUGUGAAAGGCCUGGGGCAGGCACAACUUACUGGCUCUAAGGCAGAAAUGUGAACACAUCCUCAGUUCCAGCUUUUGUGAAAACUGUUGAUUGAUCUCUGGCUUCAGUUAACAAGUUGCUGUUGAACCCCUUUUUAUGUCAGUGAAAGUAUCAUAUUUUGAGUUUAGUCAAUUAAAUAGUGUUGUGCUGACCUGUGCUUCCUGUCAUAAAUCUGUCUUUUUCAUGAGUAGCCACGUUAUAGUUUGAAUUAUGGAAGUGAUUUGCAGAAAGACUCCCACACCUUCUGUAGAACCAAAUAGGAUAUAAAAAAGCUUCCCUCGGGGGGGGGGAGGGACCACAUCACACUAAACUCAUAUUGACACUAGAAACAGAAUUUGUAAAGCACUUUCACCUCCCAUUAUAAGUGUUUGGGGGUUUAAUAAUAUAGAUUUUUGUGGGGGUGGGGUAAGGGUAGGGUUUUUAUAUUCAGCUUCUGCAGAUGUAGUUAUGAAGAUGUUUAUUGAGGCUUUGCAACUUUUGACUGGAAGUUGCUUUUUUUUUUUUAAGUAGUUUAGGCUACUUUUAAAAGGUAGUAGUAAUUCAGGGCACAAUCCUACACUCAACCCGUCAGGCAUGGGUGGUAUGUGGGCAUUGUUGCUGGCACAGUCCCUGACUGGUGGACAUUGGCUGUGUUUUCAGGGAUGCUUAGACCAUGGCUACCCGUUUUGUACAGUAUUGUCUGGUAGAGUGUUUCCCCCCACAAAAAAUCCUCAGGUAACCCUGUACAGUGGUACCUCGGGUUACAUACGCUUCAGGUUACAGACUCCGCUAACCCAGUACCUUGGGUUAAGAACUUUGCUUCAGGAUGAGAACAGAAAUCGCGUGGCAGCGGCGCGGCAGCAGUGGGAGGCCCCAUUAGCUAAAGUGGUGCUUCAGGUUAAGAACAGUUUCAGGUUAAGAACAGACCUCCGGAACAAAUUAAGUACAUAACCAGAGGUACCACUGUAUAGUUGUUCCAGUUCUGCUGGCAUUGUGGUUGUGUACCCCUCCCCCCAAAAAAACCCCCAGUGCUCCACAUAAUUGGUGUAUGGAAUUGCUUUGUCAGACUUCCACAUCCUGUAGAUUUCUUAAAGUUUUUUUUUUAAAAUUCCUUAAUGUCUAACUUUGGGUGGUACUUAACCCGAGGUACCACUGUAGAAUGAAAGUUGUUGGAAAAACACAUAUUUGAGAUGUGCGUCUAAUCUUGCUUGCCUCUUCACUACUUAAAAACCCAUUUUGACUUUGACAUAGAAGGAAGCAUUGAACAAUAUUGCACUUUUUCCUAUAACACAAUCUUUUUGAAGAAUGUGUAAGGAAUAUAGGCUCCACAGUGGCUUUAGGGUAAAAAAAUAAAAUAAAACGAUGUGGUUCUAGGAGAUUUUCCCUCUACAGCGGUGGUGGAGGGGCCCUCUAGUUAUAAAGCAAUUUUUAUUUCCUGUUUCACCUGCAUCAGUAGCAGAGAUCUGCUAGUCACUGAAGUUUGCUUUGCAGCACUAUUGAUAUGAUGACACAGCUUCUAAAUCUGGGCUGUACUCUUGAUGGGCGGAAACAUUUGUCCAGGCUGCAUUGUUUUUACGUGCAGCAGUUUUACAGCAUGUUUGUGUGGCUGGAUAAAGAAAUGAGUUGCUGUGGUGCCUUAGAGGCUAACAUGUCCAUUGUAUGAGAGGCUUCUGUAGGCAUAUUAAAGAGGCGUAUGUAUUUGGUUUUAGUGUAUUCUGAGUGGAUAAAUGGACAACAUCUGAACUAUCAGGAAAAAGGUAUCAAUUAGCUUAUCAUCACUGUGUAUGUGUUAUUUUUAAAAGUGAGCUGAAACAUGCAAAUAAAGAAUGUCUGUACAGUGGUACCUCUGGAUACGAACGGGAUCUGUUCCGGAGCCCCAUUUGCAUCCUGAAGUAAACGUAACACGUGACUGUGCGUCUGCGCAUGCACGGGUCACGUUUCACCGCUUCCACGCAUGCGCGUGACAUCAUUUUGAGCGUUCGCGCAUGCGCAAGCGGCGAAACCUGGAAGUAAUGCGUUCCGUUACUUCCACGUCGCUGUGGAGCGCACACUGAAAAUACUUAACUUGAAGCUACUUUAACCUGAGGUAUGACUGUAUACAUUUGCUUCAUUCACAUGAUUAUGCUUUUGUCAGCUAAACAGAGCACUGAAGCUUUUCCUCCUGGCCACUAGACCACUCCUGACUUAUUCAGCACCUUCUGGCUUUGGAGAUUUCAGUAGACAUUGUGCAGUUUUCAAGCAAGUCUUCACAGGUAUAUGUUUAAGAACCUAGUUUUUAAAACAAGACUGCAGCAAAAAGUUGAGCUUCUCAGAAUGUUGGAUUCUGCAGGCAAUAUUGAAAUCUGUAGCUUUAGUUAUACCUGCACAAAAUAUACACAAACCCUGUUCAUUGCAUUAUACCUGUCCUUUUUCCAAAUUGUCCCCUGGAGCAACCUUCAUACUCAGGUUUCCUGUAACCAUCAGGUCUAGUUUGCAUUCUCUUUUGCACCAACGUGGAAGAGCUAUUACUAAAUAUACACAUCAUUUUUUAUUUUUUAUGUGAAGCAUGGCAGUAUGAGUUUUGUUAAAAGUAGUACUUUUGUGUUGAGAAGAAAGCAAAACUCAUCAGACACCACCAAGUUGUAGCAAUAUUAGGGGUGUGAGGCUGUUAAUAAGGUACCAUAUUUUUCGCCCUAUAGGGCGCACUGGCCCAUAGGAUGCACCUCGUUUUUUGGGGGGGGAAAUGAAUUUUUAAAAAAUUACCGUAUUUUUCGCCCUAUAGGACGCACUUUCCCCCCUCCAAAAAUGAAGGGGAAAUGUGUGUGCGUCCUAUGGGGCGAAUGCAGGCUUUCGCUGAAGCCUGGAGAGCGAGAGGGGUUGGUGCGCACCGACCCCUCUCGCUCUCCAGGCUUCAGGAAGCUAUCCGCAAGUCUUGCAAGCCCGGCGGGAUGUCCCACGGGCUCGCAAGGCUUGUGGGCAGCAGCCUGCAGCCCAAAAGCUCGGGGGACAGCAGGGAGGCGCAGCGCCGCCACCCCGCUAUUCCCCGACCUGAUCUGGAGGCUGCGGGGGGGGGGGAGGAAGCAAGCUUGCUUCUCCCUCCGCCAGCCCCACAAACUCGGGGGACAGCGGGGCAAGCUGUCCCUGAAGGCAGAAGAGGGAGACGGAGCAUUCCGUCUCCCUCUUCUAGCUUGGGGAUGGCUGCGCAAACCUGGGGGGGGGGAAUAAAAAUUUUUCCCUUGAUUUCCCCCCCAAAAAACUAGGUGCGUCCUAUGGGCUGGUGUGUCCUAUAGGGCGAAAAAUACGGUAUUUCCCCCAACCCCCAGAACAGGCUGCUAUCCGCAAGCCUUGCGAGCCCAGCGGCAACUCCCGCCGGGCUCGCAAGGCUUGCGGAGAGCUGCGUGAAGCCUAGAGAGCGUGAGGGGUCGGUGUGCACCGACGCCUCUCGCUCUCCAGGCUUCAGCGAAAGCCUGCAUUCGCCCCAUAGGACGCACACACAUUUCCCCUUCAUUUUUGGAGGGGAAAAAGUGCGUCCUAUAGAGCAAAAAAACAGGGAUGCAGGUGGCGCCGUGGGUAAAACCUCAGUGCCUAGGACUUGCCGAUCGUAUGGUCGGCGGUUCGAAUCCCCGCAGCGGGGUGAGCUCCUGUUGUUCGGUCCCAGCUCCUGCCCACCUAGCAGUUCGAAAGCACCCCUAAGUGCAAGUAGAUAAAUAGGUACCGCUUUCUAGCGGGAAGGUAAUGGCGUUUCCGUGCGCUGCGCUGGUGCUGGCUUGCCAGAGCAGCUUCGUCACGCUGGCCACGUGACCCGGAAGUGUCUGCGGACAGCGCUGGCUCCCGGCCUCUUAAGCGAGAUGAGCACGCAACCCCAGAGUCGGACACGACUGGCCCGUACGGGCAGGGGUACCUUUACCUUUACCUUUAUAGGGCAAAAAAUACGGUAUAUAGCCUCAAAGGCUACACUAAAGUCAGCUAAUUUCCAUGUCACUUCAUCUUCUCUGAUCUUCUGCACUUGAGCUACUUGUAGAACUGCUUACCAUGAUCGGAAUUUAAUAAUAAAAAAUGAUGAAGGCUUUCUGUGUGUGCCUCUUCAUGGCAGACAUGGUAAUGCUGAGCUGUUAACAUUUGCAUUGAUAUCUAAAGGAGAGGAAUUAAUCUUUCCCCAUUAUGGUUUUGGUUAUGAUAAGGAUUUGCAGGAGUUCGCCUUCUGCUUAAAACUGUAAUUUGGAAAAGUGGCCCCACUUCCAGCCCUUCUCUGUCUGAAAGAAGAAGCUAGCUUUAAUGGACAUUCACAGAUGGAGCUCCUCAACAAGUGACACUGUUGUCCGUAUAUUUAAAGCCUUUCCCCCCUGUUUAUGCCAUACAAGGAUAGAACAGCCUUCUCCAGCCUGGAACCCCUCCAGUUGCAGUUGGACUCCUACUCCCAUCUGCCCCAGCCUAUGUGGCCAAUGAUCAGGAAUGGUGGAAGCUGAAGUCCAAAAAAUCUGAGGGUACCAGGUUUGGAAUGGUUGAUAUAGAAUGUAUCUACAGUGGACGCUCGGGUUGCGAACGUGAUCCGUGUGGGAGGCACGUUCGCAACCUGCAGCGCCUGCAACCCGCAGCGCUGUGUCUGUGCACACGUGGGUUGCGAUUCAGUGCUUCUGCGAAUGCACAAAGCACAAUUUAGUGGUUCUGCGUAUGUGCGAGCGCCGAAACCCGGAAGUGACCCAUUCUGGUACUUCUGUGUUUCAGUGCGUCCGUAACCCAAAAAUGCGCAACCUGAAGCAUCUGUAACCCGAGGUAUGACUGUAUUGGUGUUACACAGCUGUGCCUUAAGAGCCAGCAGCUAUUUUUAAAUACGAGUCAUGUUUUUGAACUGCUCAGAGGGCUAGCAGCAUUGAUUCUGCAUAAUGAUUAUCCUAUGACCCCAAAGCAAAGGGCUCUCUAAACCAUGGGUUGGCAAACUAAGGCCUGGGGGCCGGAUCUGGCCCAAUCGCCUUCUGAAUCCGGCCUGCGGACAGUACGGGAAUCAGUGUGUUUUUACAUGAGUAGAAUGUGUGCCGCUUCUAUUUAAAAUGCAUCUCUGGGUUAUUUGUGGGGCAUAGGAAUUCGUUUCCCAAAAUAUAGUCUGCCCCCCCCCAAAGGUCUGAGGGACAGUGGACCAGCACCCUGCUGAAAAAGUUUGCUGGCCCCUGCUCUAAACUCUUUCUUCACACAGACAAUAGCAGAGGCUUUGGAAGAUCCCUCUUCACUAGCUCUGGGUGCAGGCAAACACUUCCGAAGUCAUCAUUUCCUCACCCCAACCCCAUUCCUCCUCCUUGUUAUAUUUGUCAGACUUCUUUCUUUAUGUGCCUUGUCAACAAAUGUCACCCCUUAUACACCCAAAUGUUCUGCUGGAGAGGGCUACCAGCAGGAUGCCAUCUCAGUAGAUGUAGGAAACAGACCUUUAAUGUGGCACCACCUCCCCUUUGGAACUUACACACACACACACCCUGACAGGCAUUGUCCUCAUUAUCUUUUCAGUGCCUGUUGGAGAUGUUCAUCUUCCAACAAGCCUUUUAAAUAGAGAUGUUUAUGCCAGUUUUUAUCUACAUUGGACUAGAAACUGAAUUUACAUAUUUUUUUAUUGUUAAUUGCUUUGGGGUGUUUCAUGGGAAGCAAUUCAUAAAUAAAAUGAAAGAAAUAUAAUUAUUGUGACUUGCUUUGACAGCAGAAGAAAGCUUUAUGCAUGAACUGAGUGGAAUGUUGGAGACAUCAUCUAGUCAGUAUUAAUGGUGAAGUAUGUCUUAAAGGUAAAAGGACCCCUGACCAUUAGGUCCAGUCGUGACCGACUCUAGGGUUGCGGCGCUCAUCUCGCUUUAUUGGCCGAGGGAGCCGCCGUACAACUUCUGGGUCAUGUGGCCAGCAUGACUAAGCCGCUUCUGGCGAACCAGAGCAGCGCACGGAAGCGCCUUUUACCUUCCCACCGGAGCAGUACCUAUUUAUCUACUUGCGCUUGAUGUGCUUUCAAACUGCUAGGUUGGCAGGGACUGAGCAACGGGAGCUCACCCCGUCGCAGGGAUUCAAACUGCUGACCUUCUGACCGGCAAGUCCUAGGCUCUGUGGUUUAACCCACAAUGCCGCCCGCGUCCCUUGAAGUAUGUCUUAAAUAUGUUAUAAAAUCUUUCUUCUCUUUCUUUGUCUUGUGUACCUCAGUUGUUUACUCCUCCACAUGCCAGGGCACAAGCAAACGGGAAUGGGAAGCUGAGGUGCAUGAGGGAAAGAAUUCUGACGCUGUGCACACAAGUCCCAGCUUCCUGCAGAUUUGAAGGCAGCAUUUCAGAGCUGUUAUUGCCUAUGAUGUGCACAUUCCUUUUUGGUGCCUUGCCAUGGUCUCUGACCAAACCAGCUCUGAGUUUUCAUAGUGUUCAGAUUUGUACUCUGAAAAAUCCAAAGCCAGCCCCUGAAAGCAAAUGCAUAUUGUAGCAACAUAGCUCUGUAUGCUUUGGUCUGAUUGUCAUGAGCCCCUUUAUAAAUGCACAUGUUGGUGUUGGUGCUCUAGUUUUCGUUGUUUAUAAGUGGAAGUGUUGGCAUAUUGCGGACAUACAUGGUCAAGGGCCUUUUAAAAAAGAAGAAAAAUUCAAUACCACCUUUUUUCCAGGAAUACCAUAAUUCAAAAACAUUUUUAAAAGGUUAUUUUUUGAAUAAAAUUGAGUAUAAAAGAGACUGCUUGCAAUCAUGUCUAAUCAGUAUUGUCACUCCAAUGAGUUUGCUGUAGUUGGAAAUUGAGGUGGGGAACUCAUCUCCCCCCCCCCUAAAAAAAUGCAGGCUUUCCUUGCCAACACUGUUUUGGACUGUUAUCAAACUAAACAAUUCUGAGAGGUUUUUUCUUGUUUUUGUUUUUGAGUUUUGUAAACUUCAGUCAGUGAAUACAUUAAAAUAAAUGUUUAUGGUGAAAAUUGAAAAGAUGCUGGAGAGCUUUGAUUGGAUCGUUUGUCUCUUUUAAUAUUAUUAAUUAAACAACCAAAUGAGGGAUCUGAUUGGAGCAAAGGAGGGAUUUUAAUGCUUUCUAAACAGUUUUACUAGUUAAAUAUUUUAUUUUAUUUUAUUAUUUAUCAAAAGAUCCCAGGACUAUGUACAACAUUAAUAACACACUUUACAGAACACAAUAAUAAAAACAUAAUAAUAAAAUAACCAUAAAAUAAUCAUAAUAACAGUGUCUCCCUCCCCCCCCCCAUUUAACAGACCAUAGAUUAUUGAAUGGCCAAAGGCAUGGGUAAAGAGGAAUGUUUUUGCCUGGCACCUAAGACAUACAAUGAUGGUGCUAGGCAAGUCUUUUUGGGAAGAGCAUUCCACAGAUGGGGAGCCACCACAGAAAAGACCCGUUUUUGUGUUGCCACCCUCCAAACCUCCCGGGGACAUAGAAAAGUGCCUCAGAUGACAAGAACAGAGUCAGUUUGUAUGGGUCAGUUUGUAUGGGGGGGGGAGAUAGUCCUUAAGGUAUUGAGGUCCUGAGCUGUGUAAGGCUUUAUAGGUCAACACUAGCACUUUGCAUUGGGCCCAGAAACAUACGGCAGCCAGUGCAACUGGGCCCGUAAAUAGCAAGCCCCCUGUAGCUGUUUUCAGCGGGUGGGGGGGUAUUUAGAUUUGUUAAAUGACACAUAGAAGGAAGAUCAAGCCGGGCUAUUCCAAUUCAAUUUGCCUCUCACCCCAAUGAUUUUGUUUUUUAAAAAAGGAGAUCAAAUCAUGGAUCUUCAAUUUCUUUUGCCUUAAACAAAGUAGCUAAUUGGUGGGACUGAAAAGUAAGGGUGUAUUUGUUUUGAUUUGUUCGUUUUAGUCCUGUAGGUUUCCUCCAAAUAACGGAAUGAGAAAAUAAUAUUGUUGGAACUUUUCUUGUCUCAAUAGUGUUUCUUUCUAGUAAUACCUUCAGUAUCUUAGAAAAGGCACGGCACUGAGGUUAUGGUAAUAUGCAAAUAUAUUUUCCUUGUUUUGUUUAUAAUUAUAUGUUUGCAGAUUUUUAGAGUGUAAUCUACUUUGAGCUUCCCAUCUGGAUGCAGAGCGCAAACAGGAUAAACAAUGUACAUCUCAGUGUAAUGAAUUGAUCUGUGAAAGGGCAAGACAGUAAACUUAAACACUUAAACUGCUUGACAGUUUAAUUAUUAUUUCUGUUUAUUUAUCUAUUGCUAUUGGUGUAUUUGGUGCUUUACAUAUGAUCUCUUGUUUGAGGUGAGUGCAAGGACACGUGCCGUGAUACCAUGGGAGUUAUCUUGCAGAAAUAACUGUAAUCUGCUUGACAGACCCUCAGUUGCUAUUUGUAAUAUGGAAUCAGAAUUAUAGAGCCCUUUGCUUGUGCUGUAGAGCCAGUAGCUGAGGUUCAUGAUACAUGAAAGGUUAUGUCAAAUCUUCUGAAGAGAAGGAGGGUGCUAUAGACAUUUGUGUGCUUCUGACUCAGAUGCUUUCUCUAGCAUGAGCCAAGAUGCAUGAAAAGUGAAAAGAAGAGGUACCUUUGGGUGUGUGGGUGUGCUAGUGGCCAGAUUAGAAUAUUUUUUGGCGGGGGGGGGGGGUUGAACCUUAAACUCAAGUUGCCUAUCCAUUCUCCAUUGUAACUGCACUCCACCCCAAACAACUAGAUUCUCUCUCCCUGUUGUGAAGCCACCACUUUUCUUUUCUUUUCUUUUCUUUUAAAGCAUGUUUAUUCCAAUUUUAAGAUUACAGAAAAAGAAAAAAGUAAAAAAGAAAAACAAAUCACAUACCUCCUACAAAAAAAAAACACUCAGUACAAAGAAAAAUACAAAAGACAAAAAAUCACAAAAAAUCAAAUUAAACCAUUAAAACCGUUUUCCCAUUUACUUAUUUCCGUGACUUCCUCUCACUUCUCUGCUUUGUAUUCUAAUUUGAAUCGUAUCUCCAGCAAAUCCUUCUAACCUUCUUUUCAUUUACUUAUUUUAACAUUCGAAAGUAUUUAAUUCUCCUCUAUCUUUAUUUUACACUUCAUAUUUACUUAUUCCAUUAUACUCUGUCUGCCAAUACGGUCUAAUAUUCUUCUCCAACCUUUUCUAACAUUCUUUUAUAUUACAGUAUUUCUGAAGAUAUAUUUUAAAUUUUUUCCAAUCUUCUUCCAUCGACCCUUCUUCUUGAUCUCGAAUUCUGCCGGUCAUCUCAGCCAGUUCCAUAUAGUCUAUCACUUUUCUCUGCCAUUCUUCUCGGGUAGGCAAUUCUUGUGUCUUCCAGUAUUUCCCAAUAAGUAUUCUUGCCGCUGCUGUCGCAUACAUAAAGAAAUUCCUGUCUUCCCUUCGCACCAAUUGGCUGACCAUGCCCAAGAGGAAGGCCUCUGGUUUCUUCAAGAAAGUAUAUUUCAAUACCUUUUUCAGUUCAUUAUAUAUCAUUUCCCAGAAGGCCUUAAUCUUUGGGCACGUCCACCAAAGGUGAAAAAAAGUACCUUCAUUUUCUUUACAUUUCCAACAUUUAUUAUCAGGCAGAUGAUAAAUUUUUGCUAGCUUGACUGGGGUUAAGUACCACCUGUAAAUCAUUUUCAUUAUAUUUUCUCUUAAGGCGUUACAGGCCGUAAAUUUCAUACAUGAAGCCACCACUUUUCUCCUGUUUCUGUGACUUAAGAAAUCAGGCAACCCAAACUACAUGUACAUUUGAUAAGGAGUUUUGAACUGUUCUGACACAUGUCUCUGUAUAAUAUACCUAUUUGUUAAUUUGCUGGAGACUUUUGUCUAUAAAGGGACUAACAAAUGAAAUUAAUAAUAAUGAUGAUGAUGAUUUAUUGAGUGCAUGUAUUACACAUUCUUGUGUAAUUUGUAUACUUUAUGAUCAAGUGAAGUAGCCCCUAUGUUCACAUACAUGGAAUAGAUACAAGUGAUGCUAUUAGCAGUCUACACAGUUGAAUUUACUUACCUAGGUGACAAGCAUUCCCGAAGCGGGUACAUAGGUAAGCUUAAUAAAAUAAAAUAUAUUGAGGCAUAUUCUAACUUAUUUUGAAUGGGUCUGCUCUUCAUUAUUGAUACUUGCUGUCCAAUCCAGCUGGGUGGAUGAGUGAGCUCACUCUUUGCUUAAUAAGGAGAAAAGUAAUAAUUAAAAAAUUGGAUUUCAUAUAUAUAUAUAUAUAUAUAUAUAUAUAUAUAUGGUCAGUCAUUUUCUCUUAGCCUAACCUAGUAACCUAGUAACCUUAGCCUAGUCACUGACGGGCUGCCCUUCUCCCUCCUUGGGGGAAAAGCCCCCAAGAGCACGCUCCACGCGGCUCGUGAAAGGGAGCACGGCUCUUGGGGGCUUUACCGGGAGGUGGGGAAGGGACUGAGGGACUGCCCUCUGUCCCUUCUCCCACCUCCCACAAAAGCCAGCAAGAGCUGUGCGCUCUUUAAAGGGAGCGUGGCUCUUGUGGGCUUUUCUACGAGGUGGGAGAAGGACAGCCCCUCAGUGACAGGCUGCCCUUCUCCCACCUCGUAGAAAAGCCCGCAAGAGUCGCGUGGAGCCUCUUGGGGGCUUUUCCUGCCUGCAUUCACACCAUAAGACGCACACACAUUUCCCCUUAGUGUGUCUUAUGGAGCGAAAAAUACGGUACUCUAUCCUGAGUUCCUUGACAGAGAAGUGGAAUAUAAAUGUAAUAAAAUAAAAUUGAAAUAUAUAUAAAAAAUGAAAUUUCUUCAAAGCUUGGCUUAGAUGGAAAUUGAAUUGAUUAUAAAAAUGUUAAAUUUGAUGCCUUUUAAUAUUCAUGACCCUCUAUCAAAUGUACCUGAAUUAAAGCCUAUUUUUCUACAUGGAAAAAUAUUUGAUUUCUGAAGUAAAAACUAAGUACAGUGGUACCUCGGGUUACAUACACUUCAGGUUACAUACGCUUCAGGUUACAGACUCCGCUAACCCAGAAAUAUUACCUCGGGUUAAGAACUUUGCUUCAGGAUGAGAACAGAAAUCGUGCUCCGGUGGCACGGCGGCAGCAGGAGACCCCAUUAGCUAAAGUGGUGCUUCAGGUUAAGAACAGUUUCAGGUUAAGUACAGACCUCCAGAACGAAUUAAGUACUUAACCUGAGGUACCACUGUAUAGGGCUUUAAAGGUUAAAACCAGCACCUGUACUCCACCGGGAGCCAGUGCAGCUGGUAUAACACCGGGUGAAUGUGAUCCCACAGCGAGGACCCCGUAAGGAGUCUCGCCGCAGCAUUCUGCACCCGCUGGAGUUUCUGGGUCAGUCUCAAGGGCAGCCCCAUGUAGAGCGAAUUACAAUAAUCCAGUCUGGAGGUGACCGUCGCGUGGAUCAGAGUGGCUAGGUCAGGGCGAGAGAGGUAAGGAGCCAACUGCGUAGCUUGGCGGAGAUGAAAAAAUGCCGCCUUUGUUAUAGCUGCAAUCUGCGCCUCUAUGGAAAGGGAGGUGUCGAAGAUUACACCCAAACUGUUAAUGGACGGUGCUGGCACUAAUUGCACCCCCGCAAGAGAUGGGAGUUGCCCCCCCAAUCCCAUAUCGUCCCGACCCAGCCAAAGGACCUCUGUCUUUGAAGGAUUUAACUUCAACAGGCUUCCACGUAACCAUCCAGCCACAGCUUCUAAACAUCUGAUCAGUGUGUCUGGGGCCGAGUCAGGAUGGCCAUCCAUCAACAGAUAGAGUUGGGUGUCAUCAGCAUACUGAUGGCACCCCAACCCAAAACUCCGGACAAGCUGGGCGAGGGGGCGCAUAAAGAUGUUAAAAAGCAUCAUAGCCAAACACUGGAGAGUCCUGGUACCAAAUGGGAAACAGCCUUACGAGAAAAGCUAACCUAACAGACUGAAACUGACACGGGGACAAAUAGAAGAGGACUGUCUCACCCCAGUAUGGCUUCCCUUUAUCUCAUACACAGCCCAACAAGACCACAACAAGAAUCCACUGAAAGCAUACAAAUCAAUUUGGCCAAUUUGACCCAACAAGCCCCCCCCCCACUUCACAAAUGCAAACAAACCUCACUGCAGACAACCACAGACAACCAUCCACACCCUGGACUCCCCCAAUCCCUCUCACUACCAAGGAAAUGUAAUAAGCAAACAGAAAGAGAACCUACCCAGUUGAUGCUGACACAAAACCCCACAUGUACACUGUAAAAAAAUAAAAAUUUCACCGCCACCCCUUCUUUCCCCCCAUCAUCUUCCUAGCCUUAUACCAGGGGACAGCAAACGUUUUCAGCAGGGGGGCGGUCCACUGUCCCGCAGACCUUGUGGGGGGCCAGACUAUAUUUUGGAAAGAAAAAAAUUGAACGUAUUCCUAUACCCCACAAAUAACCCAGAGAUGCAUUUUAAAUAAAAGCACACAUUCUACUCAUGUAAAAACACACUGAUUCCCGGACCGUCCGCAGGCUGGAUUUAGAAGGCAAUUGUGUCGGAUGCAGCCCCUGGGCCUUAGUUUGCCUACCCAUGCCUUAUACUGUAUUCAACACUAAUGUCUCACAACAAAUGUAACUGAUCUGAAAAGACUUUAGAGGCUGAAAAAAAGAGAAAAGGCAUGUACUUUUGUAAACCAAGAAAAUUGUUAAUAAAAAUUAUUUAGUGGUCUAUAUGACCAGAGGCUUUGGAUUAAUCUCCUAGGUAGUAUAAUGUUUUACUUUGUCACAAACAAGGUAUAUGUUAAUUGUAUUUUGAUAGAAACCAGUUAAUACACACUCUUAUUUAAGAAAUGCAUGAAUUACAAAAUUUAACUCCCAUUUUAAAGUCAGCCAUUUGCCACAAUGAUUUAAACUAAACCACUUGUACUUUAUUUUUUAGAAAUUUUCUAAAAUCUUCCCAGCUGUGAUCCUGCUGUGCAUAGAUUCUUCUUCCAUGUUGCCUAUGUGAGUGCAUUCAGGGUUUGGAGUAGAUGGAAAGACAGGGAAAUGAUGAACAAUGCUGAAAGCAGAAAAGAUGGGAGUGGAGUUAAGGGUUUUUAAGGCAGUUAUCUUAAAUUGUACCUGAAAUCCGUCCAUUAUGAUUCGACUGAUUUUUAUGAAGGGAGAGUCAAGGCUUGCAAAUGGAAGUGUUUUGAAAAGUGAUUGUGUGUUUGAGACAAACAUAUUUGGGUGGUUUUGAACCCCAACACAAGCAUCUGCUAAUGUCUGAAGUGUGGAGGCAGGGUUGUCCACAGACAUCUGUGCUGCAGUGAUGAGUAGUGGUGUAUAGAUGCAUAGAUGUAAAAAAUUUUUGGGGUGUGUGUGUGUUUUGUUUGUUUGUUCUGUUUUAGGCUGGGUAUGUUGAAGGACCAAUACAGGUGGUGGGGUUCCUCUGUGCACUUAAAAACAACAACAGAAUCCCUUCCCAUUUCCUCUUUACCCAUAUUGACCAACUAGGUUACACAUGGUGCUUAUGGUUGUACUGUAAUUAGUUGCUGUGGUGCAAACAGUAUUAAUGGCUUUGUGUUCUGCUUUUGACUUACCACUAUGGGAAACCAGAAUAUUGGACUAGAUGGACCAUGGGUAGGUGAACAAUCUGGCCCAAUCACCUUCUAAAUCCGGCCCACGGAUGUUCCGGGAAUCAGCGUGUUUUUACAUGAGUAGAAUGUGUGCUUUUAUUUAAAAUGCAUCUCUGGGUUAUUUGUGAGGCAUAGGAAUUUGUUCAUUCCCCCCGCCCCCACAAGGUCUGGGGGACAUUGGACCGGCCCCCUGCUGAAAAGGUUUGCUGACCCCUUGAGAUGGACCCUUGAUCUGGCAUUCGUAUGUUUAUGCAUUGUGUUUAUACGCUUGGCAAAAAUGUGUCUCUCCUUCCCUGUUCUUCACUCAGGCAUGUGGAAUACGCAAAUAGCAGUCAACCAGUUCCUUAACUGGUGUAGGUUGGCUUAGUUGUACAGACUGAAAAAUGUCUGUCAUACCAACUGGAGUUCAGCUGAGGAUAUUCAGUCAGCUCUGUGUUUUACAUCUUUGUUUUGUUAAAAUAAAUGUGAUUUCACGCAGGCCAUAACUUAGGUUGGAGAUCUCCUAAUUACCAAAGUAUGUGCCUGCUCUGGUUUUGCAAUUCUCCACCUCUCACAGCAGUGAAAUGUAACUUGUGCUUUCUUUGCUUCCGCAGUCUCGAAUUUUGAAAGAAAGGACACAGAAAGCACAGGGUGUUUUUCCCUUUUUGUUUUGUUUUUGUUUUUUCUGUGUGAGGGGAAUUGAAUAGGCUCCCCCCAAAAGUGUGUGUGCAUUACACUUCAGCUGAGUGGCUAACUGGGUAGAAGAAUAUGUGGGCUCCCACUCUCUCUGUGCCCAAAUUGUUAUCAAAGCUUUCACCACUUCGAAAAAACUAGCAGGGCUUGUUCAUCAAAAGGCCUCUGUUGCAUUGAUCACCCCAGGCAUUCAGCAAUAAUGAAUUAAGCUAUAUAAAGCAUGAGUUAAACAGUACAUUCUGUAAUCUUGUUGGGUUUCUGAGUUUUGAUCAUGCAAUUUCCAUGCAUCUGUUUUAUUCCUGCAACCAUGAGAACUAGAAACUUUUUUUAAAAAAAAGUAAAUCAUUUUUCAAUUUUAUAACAAGAAUACAAUUUUUUUAAAAAUCAAACAUACUCUUUAUAUUUGUUUAUUUUUCUUUUAAGAUCUCCCUUUCACAUAUAUCUUGACUGCUCAUUUUAUGUUAACCCUGCUAAUGUUUUAAGUUGUUUACAAUAAUUUUUCAAAUAAUCCACAAUUUUUUUCCAUUCUUUAUUCAAGGUUUUUUCUUCCUGGUUCUUCAUUCUUCCCGUAAGUUUAGCCAUUUCUGCAUACUCCAUCUUCUGCCAGUCCUCCUUAGUCGGAACUGUUUCUUCUUUCCAUUUCUGCACAUAAAUCAUCUGGGCAGGCGCUGCAUACAUAAACGUUUUUUCUGAUAUUUGGGUUCCUCUGAGCCUAUUAUCUCUAGAAGAAAAGCUUCUGGUUUUUUUAAAAAAAUAAAAUAUAUCUUCAACAUUUUGUUCAGUUCAUUAUAAAUCAUUUCCCAGAAAGCUUUCACUACCUUACAUGACCACCAUGUAUGGUAAAAGGUACCCUCCUUUUCUUUACAUUUCCAGCAUGUAUCUGAUUCUGAUUUAUACAUCUUAGCUAAUUUACUAGGAGUCAGAUACCAUCUAUACAUCAUUUUCAUAUAGUUGUCUUUUAGUGUAUAACACACUGUAAAUUUCAAAUCUGUAUUCCAUAGUUUUUCCCAUGCUGCUAUUUCAAUGUUAUGACCUAUAUUCCUUGCCCAGUGUAUCAUUGCUGAUUUUACAAGUUUGUCUUUUGUUUCCCAUUCCAAUAACAACUUGUACAUUCUCUAUAAGUUCUCUUUCAAAUUGUGAGGUUUGAUUCAUAAAUCCAUUCAUUUUAUCUAAUUCAAAUAGCUCAUUAAGUUGAUAAUAUUGUAACAUAUUCAAACCUUUCUCAUUUUACUUCUCAGUCUACAUCCAUUAACAAAUCUGUAUAUGUUGCCCAUUCAUUUUUCAUUUUUUCAAAGAUAUAGCUUCAAUAGGAGAGAGCCACAAAGGUUUCUUUCUUUCCAACUGGUUUUUAUAUUUAUUCCAUACUGUAUAUAUUUUUUCCUGAUUGCAUGAUGCAUAAAACCUUUAUGCAUUUUAAUUUUACCAUACCAUAAAUAUUACCAAACUUAUUGUCAUGUCCUUCCAAGUCUAACACCUGGUUAAUCACUCCUUUAACCAGCAAAGAAAUGAUGCCUCAUAAUCUGGUCGUAAAUCUGGUAAUGAGAAUCCACCUUUUCCUUUCCAAUCUAUCAGAAUUUUAUAUUUAAUUCUUGGUUUCUUCCCUUGCCAGACAAAUCUAGAAAUAUAUUUCUGCCAUGCUUUGAAGCAUCUUCCAUUGCUGAUUAUUAUUAUUUUUUUUAAAAUGAUAUUUAUUAAAGUUUCAAGAAAUACAAAAAAAAAAAAAAAUACAGAGUACAAAAAAAAGAAUAACGUUUUUAAAAUAUAACAAAAAAAUAAAGAAUAAAAAGGCAACAUACAAAAUAAAACAGUUAAAAAGACAUUGAUUUUCCAAACCUAUCUUCCCUACACUUAUUUCCCCGGACCUCCUCAUACCUCCCUUUUUUGUAUUCCAGUUCAGUUUGUUAGUUCAGCAAAUCCUUACCAUUAAACUUUUACCCAAUUGUUAACCUUUUUUCAUAUCUCUUAAAGCAUUACAGCUAAAAACCUCUUACUUUCUAUUCAACAUCCUUCUAAGAUUCCUUAAUUUUGCAAUAUUUCUGUAAAUAGUCUUUAAAUUUCUUCCAGUCUUCUUUCACCGACUCUUCUCCCUGGUCUCGGAUUCUGCCAGUCAUUUCCGCCAAUUCCAUGUAGUCAAUCACCUUCAUCUGCCAUUCUUCCAAAGUGGGUAGAUCUUGUGUCUUCCAAUACUUUGCGAUGAGUAUUCUUGCUGCUGUUGUAGCAUACAUAAAAAGGUUCUGUCCUUCUUUGGCACCAAUUGGCCGACAAUGCCCAGAAGAAAGGCCUCUGGUUUCUUCAGAAAGGUAUAUUUAAAUACCUUUUUCAGUUCAUUAUAUAUCAUUUCCCAGAAAGCCUUGAUCUUUGGGCACGUCCACCAAAGGUGAAAGAAUGUACCUUCAGUUUCUUUACAUUUCCAACAUUUAUUAUCGGGCAAAUGAUAAAUUUUUGCAAGCUUGACUGGGGUCAUGUACCACCUAUAUAUCAUUUUCAUAAUAUUCUCUCUUAAGGCAUUACAUGCCGUAAACUUCAUACCUGUGGUCCAUAACUGUUCCCAGUCAGCAAACAUAAUAUUAUGUCCAACAUCUUGUGCCCAUUUAAUCAUAGCAGAUUUCACCGUUUCAUCCUGAGUAUUCCAUUUCAACAGCAAGUUAUACAUUCUUGACAGGUUUUUAGUUUUGGGUUCUAACAAUUCUGUUUCUAAUUUUGACUUUUCCACCUGGAAGCCUAUUUUCUUAUCCAAAUUAUAUGCCUCCAUUAUCUGAUAGUAAUGAAGCCAAUCUCUCACUUUAUUUUUUAGUUUUUCAAAACUCUGCAAUCUCAAUUUAUCUCCUUCUUGUUCCAAAAUUUCCCAGUAUGUCGGCCUUCCACUGCUGAUUAUUGGAGCUGUUUGAAAUAAGAGAAGCAUCAUCGGUAACACAUUCAUCUUUAUGACUGACAUCCUUCCCAUCAAUGAAAGCUUCAUUCUAACCCCAUACUUCAAGACUUUUCCUGAUUUCUCUCCAUGUCUGAAUAUAAUUUUCUUGGAAUAUGUUAGGGUUUCUUGAUGUUAACCAAAUUCCCAAAUACUUAACCUUUUUAUCCUAUUAUUAAUCCCGUAUUUGUCUGUUCAUCGUUCUUUACCUGUUUGUCUAUAUUUUUCACUGAAAUUUUAGUUUUACUUUUGUUUAUUUUAAACCCUGCAACUUCCCCAAAUUUUCUUAUCUCUUCUAAUAGUGGGAACUAGCAACUUUUCUCUUUAGACGAAAACUGAAAUACAAAAGAUAUAACUUCUGCAAUUUUGAGUGUUAGAAUGCAAAACACCAGAGCGCAUUAAAAUAUAUUUAGCUUCCUUUUACAGCACUGAAAAACUUGGUGGCAAAAUAGAAAAUCUUGGCUGAACUGUUUUUAGAACUAAUACUGGAUCGAUGUUUUAUCAUUUUCAUAAAAGAGACUUGCUAUUUUAGAAGCCAGCUGUCUUCUGGCUGGAGGAGAGUUAACAUUGAUUUGAAUUGUAUCCUGCCCUUCUAGUACAUUUAUUUCAGUCCUGUUUACAAGCUGCAAUGAUUCUUAAAAAGAGGCCAUCAAGAUAAUCCAUGGUGUAUGUUGUGUAACAAAAAUAUAGACUUGGCAUCUUGUGUUAGUGUCAUGUCGUUCUGUUUUCCAAACAGCAGGAGUCAGUGCUAUACAAAGGACUCAUUUCUUACAGUGUUUUCAGCUGAUUUUUGUUUAGUGGACUUGAGUCCUCUAAGAGUUUCUAUCUUAUAACAAGGAAGAAUGGGGUUGGUUGGUUGGAAUCAUCUUUGUCAGAAACAGUGUUAGAAACUGAGAUAUGAAAGCUAGGAGCUAAAUGGCACCUUAAACCUAGGUUAUGGGCGUAACAGCAGGAUGUCUAGGCGCACUUAUUUUAUAACAAGAAUUCAAAGCUGAAAAUGAAUGAACUGCAGCCAACAUAUUGUGUUCAUGUUUUACAUUGUCUAGUCCUUCCCCUGCGCACUCCCCCACCCCCUGAUAUUCUUAAGAGGGUCUCUUCUCCAGUCUUCAGAGAGUAUCUGGAAGUGGAGAGGCAGAAAAAGGUCUUCCUUUCCUUCCACUCUGCAGUUUUAAUCUGAAAUUUUAAGCCAGGGGUCAGCAAACUUACCGCACCUCGGGCCGGUGUCUCCAGCACCAAUCAUGCAGUGGGCCGGAGGGCAGAGGAGUGUGUGCCCAUACGCAUGCGCACACACUAUUUCCAGCAUACUUCCGGGUCAGAGGAGCACUGGAAAUAGCUUGUGUGCAUGUGCACAGGCCUCCUCCGACCUGGAUGUGCACUGGAAAUAACACUUGUGCAUGCGCAACCGAUCCAGAAGUGGGCAGCUGUGCAGUGCAGCUCCGGUAAGUGCAGGCAGCAGCGGGCGGCGGGGGUCGCUGUGGGCCGGAUAAACGAGUCCCUCGGGCCUUAUCCGGCCUGUGGGCCUUAGUUUGGGGAUCCCUGUCUUAGGCUCAUGUUCUGGCUCGCGCUAAUGAAAUUCCCUGUCACAAAAUGCACCUAGAACAAUGGGAGUUUUGAACACUGGGCAGAAAUCACCCUUGAUAGUGGAUAGCUUAAAGCUAACCUUAAUGUUAAUGCUCCUAUAAGCUGGGCUGCUGUGUUGCCUGUAUUGGUAUUCCUUGGGGUGACAUCUGCAACAUCUAGACCUUGAACCACACAGGCAGCAGUUAUGCUACUGUGCAGACCUUGGAUGCAUAACGGCCAGCCUAUAAAGCAUUACUGCAUCUCCAUGGAUUCAAUUUAUUGUUGGCAUCUGUGUGGGGGCUAUAAUGUUUCAAUUCAAUGUUUUAGAUGUAACCCCACUACAAAAGCUACCAACAUUUUUUUCUGAGCCAGAUAUAUAAUUUGUACUAGAACCAGCACCUGAUUUUGCCUGGCCUCAUGUAUAUUGCUCUCAGUUCUUAGGGAAUGAAUAAAACUGUAACCGGCUGUGAAAUGUUUGAUGGAUUGGACCACAUGCAAGUUGCAUUCUGUCCACAAUUGCCACCCCCACCAUGUAUUGCUUUGUUUUUAAAGUCCAGCAUUAGAUGCAGAAUUGCUAGUUGGGGGUGGAACUUGGCACCUUACAGGCUCCCCUACCACCAGUUUCCUAUAAAUCGUUUUCCCAAGCCUGUACACUAUAGAAGGUGUGGAGAGCAGAAGACUGUUUUGGGAUAGUUAUGUUAAUGCUGGUGUUUGUGCUUCACUUGUAUUCAGUCCCCAAACAGGCACAGCCUAGUUCAGUGGGUGCAAACCUAUGGCACGCGUGCCAGAGGGGGCCCUCAGAGCCCUCUCUGUGGGCAUGCACGCCGUUGCCUCAGCACAGAGCUGGCAGAAGGCAAGGGCAGUGCGUUGAGUCCUCAGCUCAACUUGUGUCUCAGUAGAAGCACCUCGGGUGGAGGAGACCGGCCUGUUCUGGAAGACAGCCCCUGGAUUUAAAGCUGUGAAGGAUUGGGUGACUGUGCUUCUCUGUGGCAAUGCGGCUGUACACUUGAUCAAGCCAGGUAUACUGUAAAGGUCUGAAAACCCCUGUGCCCUCAAAGGCAUAAACAAUCACCUGCUGCCUGUCUUCUGGCAGUCCAACAAGAGAGCCUGUCUGACUGCUGCAAGCUCUCUGGACUGGUUCCACAAGUGCUUCAUUCUGGAAGUGAGGAUUCAGGGUGGAUUUGAUUUAAAUCACAAUUUAAAUCACUAGUCAAUAAGACUUUAUUUAAAACAUUUUUUUACAGAAGGACUCAUUCUUGCUGGUAUAAUCUUAAUAUUUACAAUGUGAAGGUUUCAUUUUUUGAAUAAUAAAUUUUCAGAGUAGUUUUUACAGUUAAAUCACAAAUUACUGAUUUGGUUAUACCAUUAGUAAUACAUAGACAGAUAAUUAUGAAAUUAUUGUGAGGUUUAAUAAGUUAACUGUUUAUAUUUGGACAACUUUUCUGCUACACUUUAUUUGAAGGAGAAACAUAAUCAUUUCCUUAAUAACAAUUUAAACAAUUUAUUUAACUAAAACAAUUACAUUAUAGCAUAUGUAUUCAUGUUUGUUAACUGAUGUGGUUAAACUUAAAAAACAAAACUUAGACUGAGUUUUAGCACACAUGAAAAAACUUAAAACAAAUCCUUAUUUCCUGAUGAAUAGCCUUUCGUCUAUAAUGUAACUUAAAUAGAAAACUAUCUUUAGAAAGGUUUUUCCUCCAGAAGCAUUUUAUUUUAUUUAAAUAAAUAAAAAAUCCAAUUUAAAUAUUUAAAAUCCGAUUUAAAAGAAAAAUUCAUUGAUUUUUAUUCACCCUGGAUGCGUUACUUGCUGGAGAAUGGGCUGGAAUUCAAAGUGCUACUGUUGGUGGACAGUGUUCCUGGGACUGCAAUUUGUGCACGAUGAUGUCACGGUUGCCUCCCCCCCAAUACAACCUCACUCAUCCAGCCUUUGGAUCAAGGGGUGAUUCGCUGCUUCAAGGCUCAUGAUGCCAGGCUCACCUUUGUCUUGCUGAUCAAUGCAGUGGAUGCUGAUCUGGAUCUCGACCUCACGUCAUUCUGGAAGUCCUUCAACAUUGCAAACUGCAAUCAAACCUAUAUCAAAGCAGGCAGUGGCUGCAAUCAAGCCUGAAACCAUGAACACAUGCUGAGGCAAACUCUGGAAGGAAUGUUUUCAUCGUAUCAAGGAAUUUCCAGGCAUUACCACUGAGGUGGAGAACAUUGUGAAGAUGGUGCUGAUGACAUUGGCUUUGUUGACCUCAUCCAGGAGGAAGUGGAAGAACUGACUGAGGGACAACAGGCCUUGAGCGUGAAAGAGCUGAGAUCGAGUUCCAGCUCUGAAAGCAGGGAAGAAGGGGAGGAUGGUGAGCAGGAUGACCAAUCCACCUAGACCCUGGAGAGCUUUUCUGAACUCUUUGGCACACUCAACCAUGUGAAUUAUAUCAUUGUGCAGUAUGACCCCUCCAUGGAACGCAUCCUGAAGAUCAAGCGUGCCAUUGCAGGCAGUGUGUGACCAUACAAGGAGAUGUUUGACCAGCUGAAGAGACAAAGCACCAGCUACCUAUCACCAUGUUCCUCUGCAAGGCGCCAGCAGCAGCAGCAGCAGCAGCAAGUGAAUCUGACCCACUGCCAAGCACUUCAGGAUGCCUCUUGUUGUCAUUUCCACAUCCUCCAGUGAUGAUGAAGAUAUAGAGCCACCACUGCCACCAUUCUUGCCAGUUUGGAAGGGCUGCUGGGUUUUUAAAAUGGAUUUUCAAGAGUUUCCAGGGGUUUAGAGGGUGUUUACGGGCAUUUUAGAUGGUGUUCCCUGCUAUACACAUUUUCAGUUAUAUACACCGUACCUGGGAACAUAACCCCCAUGUAAGUGGGAAGUCACCUGUAGUAUGUAAUAUAGUAUGGGGCUUUGCUAUUUCAAGGAAAAGCAAGUAAAAAAUCUCACAGGACAUGCUCAGGCCUGAGGUGGGCCUGAAGUAAAUCUUUGGAGCCUUGCCACUAUCUAAGCUGUUGGCAGCAAGAAACCUGUUCUGUGAACCUUGGCUGGAAGAAGAAGAAGAAGAAGAAGAAGAAGAAAUAAUAAUAAUAAUAAUAAUAAUAAUAAUAAUAAUGUAGUAGAUAUUCAGGUAAAAUGUGGUCAUGUUGCCUUUUGAAUGGGGAAGCGGGGGCUGCAUGAAGUUAGAGAGAUAAAGGGUCCAUGGAUUAUCACAUUAACCAAGACAGCUUAUUUUACUCUGAGACAAAAUCUCUUUAAAUCACCCAUAGUAGCUCAUGGAAGCUACUAUCCUGCAGCAUUUUUUGCAGGUCUGCUGGGGGAUGGCAGAGAAGAGACAAAAGCUGCAUUUCCAUGCUGAGUGUGUUUCUCCUGUUCAUAGCUGUCAACUUACAGAUUUGAAAAUAAGGGAUCAGCAGCCAAAAUAAGGGAUUUUAGUCAACCAGCUCCUUUCCUUUUCCUCAUAACAGUCAAUCGAAGGAGCCUCCAAAACAAAUCCAACCCCCCCCGACAUUGCCGCCCGCCAUUGUACUCAACCUGCUCCUUUCCUCCCCCCCCCCCACCAUGUGCCCCCGCUCCUGACAUACCUUUUCCCCAGCAAGGGUGAGUGGGCCGUCGAUGACGUAUCCAUCCGAUUCUGAGCACAGGUAUGUUCAACUUCUGAGCCCCUCCGAGCCAAAGGCAGAAAGCCCAGCCAGCAACCAAAUGAAGUGGUGGUUCCCACAGCGCAGCAACCCGGCAAAGGGGAUGCAGCGAGGAAAACCACUGUCACCUCUCCGCUGGGAAGCGCUGAGCAAAGGCGAGUCCCCAGGCAAUGCGGCCGAUUUGAUCGGCACAAGGCAUGCAAGCUCCACCCCCCAGUCGUUCUUAGACUCCUUAUUGGGUGAGCAACGCAGCCAAGCAACACAGUUGGAGCCUCCCUCCUCCCUGGCUGGCAGGGAGGGAGGGAGAGGAGCUGCUUCCUUUGAAACCCAGGAAAUUUAAGGGACAUCAUCAAUCCAGGACAGCAGCGGAAACGGCAGUGGGAUAAGGGAGUUUCCCGCCAAAUAAGGGACGGUUGACAGCUAUACUCCUGUUGCAGCCUACGUACUCUCUAUGCUGGCUGCACAGGAGUGACAGAGUGCUCCAUCUGUCCUUAGCCUUCUCACUUGCCUGUGUAUGAAUUUCCUGGUUUCUGUAUAUAUACUAGUCCAGAGCCUUGGGGGGGGGGGCGCUAGCCAGAUUUUUUGCCCCGGGUGAAGCCUCCAUAGGGCGCCAUUGAGGCUCCUAGCCUCUGUGUGUGUGCGCGCACGUGUGUGUGUGUAAAUACACAUGGGGAGUGCCAAACUGGGUCUUUGAUCCAGGUGAAAUAAAGCCUAGUUUCGCUCCUGUACCAGGCUAGUGCUUAAAUAAAAUACUGCUUUACCACAACUACCCCAAGCCCUUAACCCAGGAGAGGGAUUCUGAUGGGAAGCUGUGCCUUGUAGCAAUGCCACAAGUGAAGUAAGGUUUAAAUUCAUGGUAUCAACUGCUGGUGCAGAGCAGCCCUCAGUUCUGUGAGUGAGAAGCAAGAGAAAAGACAUAUCGAACAUAUGAAAACUCUUAAUCUGUUUAUACUCAUUAACAGUCUCGGUUUUCAGGAGCUUGAUGCUUUUGCACUAAUGUUUGGAAAUGAAACUCCAUUUUCAAAUGAUAUUUAUUGAAUCGAAAUGGUGACUCAGCAACAAGAACCAUCUUAGGUAACAUUGUUCGUUCUUCAGCAGCAUUUUAAAAUACAGCGGUACCUCGGGUUAAGUACUUAAUUUGUUCUGAAGGUCUGUUUUUUUUUUUUUAAAGAUUUUUUAUUAAAGUUUUAAACAAACAAAAAAAGAAAAACAACACACACAAAAAACAAUACAAAACUUAACAAUAAAAACACAAAACAUAGCAAUUAAAAACAAACUCUCUUUUCCAUUUCCAAUUUUAAAUUACUUAUUUUCUGGACUUCCUCAUACCUCCCUCUUUUGUAUUCCAAUCUACAUUGUUUGUCCAGCAGUUUCUUUUCCACUUUUUUAAUCCCAAUCUUUAAUUUAAUAAAACGUUAAGAUAUAUAACUUCAACUUUUUUUAAACCUAAUCCUUGAUCUUAAUGUCAUAUAACUUUAAGUUUUUCCCUUUUAUUAUCAAAUUUCCAUUUCUUUAAACAUCUUUAAUCUUGAUCUUUAAUCUUAAUCUAUCCUUAACUUUAACCUGUACAGCUGGAAACCACUUGUUUUCAGUCCAACAUCACUCUAACAUUCCUUAAUUUUGCAGUGUUUCUGAAGAUAAUCUUUGAAUUUCUUCCAGUCUUCCUCCAUCGACUCUUCUCCCUGGUCACGGAUUCUACCAGUCAUUUCCGCCAAUUCCAUAUAGUCCAUAAGUUUCAUCUGCCAUUCCUCCAGCGUGGGAAGUUCUUGUGUCUUCCAAUACUUUGCGAUGAGUAUUCUUGCUGCUGUUGUUGCAUACAUAAAGAAAAUUCUAUCCUUUUUUAACACCAUUUGGCCUACUAUGCCCAGGAGAAAGGCCUCUGGUUUCUUAGGAAGGUAUACUUAAAUACCUUUUUAAUUCAUUAUAUAUCAUUUCCCAGAAAGCCUUAAUCUUUGGGCACGUCCACCAAAGGUGAAAAAAUGUACCUUCAGUUUCUUUACAUUUCCAACAUUUGUUAUCGGGCAAGUGAUAGAUUUUCGCAAGCUUGACUGGGGUUAUGUACCACCUGUAUAUCAUUUUCAUAAUAUUCUCUCUUAAGGCAUUACAUGCCGUAAAUUUCAUACCUGUGGUCCAUAACUGUUCCCAGUCAGCAAACAUAAUGUUAUGUCCAACGUCCUGUGCCCAUUUAAUCAUAGCCGAUUUUACCGUUUCAUCUUGAGUAUUCCAUUUCAACAGCAAGUUAUACAUUCUUGACAAGUUCUUAGUAUUGGGUUCUAACAAUUCUGUUUCUAAUUUGGAUCUUUCCACCUGGAAGCCAAUUUUCCUGUCCAAUUUAAAUACCUCCAUUAUCUGAUAAUAAUGAAGCCAGUCUCGCACUUUGUUUUUAGUUUUUCAAAACUCUGCAAUUUCAGUCUAUCUCCGUCUUGUUCCAAAAUUUCCCAAUAUUUCGGCCCUUUGACCUCCAUAUUGACCUUUUUCAGGCUUUCGCUUCCAUUGGUGACAGCCACCUUGGGGUUUUAUUUUCUAGCAAAUCCUUAUAUCUUAUCCAAACAUUAAACAGCGCUUUCCUGACAAUGUGGUUUUUAAAUGCUUUAUGUGCUUUGACCUUAUCAUACCAUAAAUAUGCAUGCCAUCCAAAUACAUUAUUAAAACCUUCUAGAUCCAAAAUGUCAGUGUUUUCAAGAAGUAGCCAUUCUUUCAACCAGCAAAAGGCUGCUGAUUCAUAGUACAGUUUAAGGUCUGGCAGGGCAAAUCCACCUCUUUCCUUUGCAUCCGUUAGUAUUUUAAAUUUUAUUCUGGGUUUCUUGCCCUGCCAGACAAAUUUAGAAAUAUCUUUCUGCCACCUCUUGAAACAGUCCAUUUUGUCCACAAUUUGCAAUGUUUGGAACAAAAACAGCAUUCUAGGCAAUACAUUCAUUUUUACCGCAGCAAUACGACCCAGCAGUGAAAGCUUCAAAUUUGACCAAAUUUCUAAAUCUUUUUUCACUUCAGCCCAGCAUUUUUCAUAGUUAUCUUUAAAUAAGUUCCCAUUUUUUGCUGUCAUGUUAAUCCCCAGGUAUUUAACUUUCUUAACCACUGUUAAACCUGUCUCAUUCUGAAACCUCUCUCUCUCCAUUGGUGUUAAAUUUUUCUCUAAAACCUUGGUUUUUAACUUAUUCAAUUUAAACCCUGCAACUUGACCAAAUUCUUGAAUCAGUUCUAAAACCCUUUUGGUACUAGAUUCUGGCUCCUGUAACGUCAGUACUAAGUCAUCUGCAAAUGCUCUCAAUUUGUGAAGGUCUGUUCUUAACCUGAAACUGUUCUUAACCUGAAGCAUCACUUUAGCUAAUAGGGCCUCUUGCUGCUGCUGCGCCGCCGGAGCACGAUUUCUGUUCUCAUCCUGAAGCAAAGUUCUUAACUCGAGGUAUUAUUUCUGGGUUAGCGGAGUAUGUAACCUGAAGCAUAUGUAACCUGAAGCGUAUGUAACCACUGUAUAGGGGGCUCAGUAGGCCAGGACAAAGGUUAACUUGCCCUCAACUCAUGGUGUGACCUUUGUGACAGCAGCUGUUUUCUAUCUAUGUCUUCCAUGUGUGCCAUAUUAUGAAGAUUAUGAAGAUUUUAAAAAAUGUUACUCAGCACUGAAAUUGCUUGUCACAAUGGAAACUUGGAUGGGUUGGUAAUUGGACUGGAUCUGAGUAAAAAAAUAUCCUAGGAGUAAGAGUACCAUUUCCACUGAGUCACAAUGCUGAUUGUAGCUGCCCAUUAAUGUUGUUUGGAAGCAAGAGAUAAUUUAUUGCAUGCUACAUUGCAGAGGUCUGCUGUGUGCAGAGGGGGGAACUGAGCUAAGCUACUACUAUGACAUUUUAAAAUCUAGAAUUUGUUUCGGAUAGCAAAUUCAUGCAGCCUUAGGAUAUUCUUCAACUGCUUUCUCAUUAGGCAUCAGAUGUGAGGUGGAGACUAGUCCAUAGCAUUUGCCCACUUAUUGUUUAUGGUGUGUAUCAACAACAAAGUGUUCGAACCCUUUAGGAUUAUUAUUUGUCAUGUGAAAAAUAAAUUAAUUUUCUGUGCAUGUUACUGAAGCAUAGGCCUGGCUGAUCUCAAUUUAGCUUUUUUAAAAAACUGACACAUUAAUUCAGAUUUAUAUCCCACCCUGUUCCAAGAGUUCAGGGUGCACAAUUGCAGCUUAGGAGCUCCAUGUCCUUUAGUCUCUUCUUUUAAAAAGUGGAAAAUAUGUUUGUCACAUAAGCGCACCCAGGAGGAGAACAGGGAGGGAUGGUUGUUGUUGAUUUUUUAUUAUAAAAAAGUACUAAUAAUUUUGGUUAAACACACAUACGCAUAAAUAAGGAGAGCUAGGGAACCUGUGGUCAGGCCUAUGCAGGUUGUGGGGCAGCUGGGUCCACUUGCCUUGGGCCUUGGAGAGCUGGGCUGGCCGUGGGGUCCUGCCAGGGGCUUGCCAGACUUACACUGUCAUGCUGAGAACAAGAUCCUUGCCCCAGGCCUCAGACAAGCUCUGCAUGGGCCUGCCUGUGGCUCUCCAGAUGUUAGUGGGCUCAAGUUCUCCUCAGCCCCAGCCAGCGUGGCCGAUGGUCAGGGAUGAUGGGAGUUGUAGUCCAGGAACAUCGGAAGGAACACAGGUGGGGUAGGCCUGGGCAAUGUAUCAGUUCAUCGCCCAGGACCGGUAUGAGGGGCAGACAGCAAUGGCAGCUUCACUCAGUGGUAUAUUACAGGUGAAACAGCCUCCUCCUCAGUUCCUUAGCCACCAGUGCCCAGCGCGCCAAGGGAGAAACAAGCUGCAGCCGGGCACUGGAGGCAGAGGGACUCGGGCAGCGGCAGUUUCACCAGCGAUAUCCAGCUGAGUGAAGCUGCCAUCCCACUUUGCCCUCAAACUGGUGCAGAGGGAGAAACAUGCUGCAUCGGAGAGGGGCCAAUACAGCUUGUUCCUCCCUUCACUUCUUUAAACUGCUUGGUUGAGAAGCAUACAUCUGCCAUUGCUCAGCCAGGCAGUUUUAUGGAGCCCCCUACACGCCACUGGCUUGCACCAGCUGGUGGCAGGAUAGGGACUCUGUGAAACUGCUCUGCUGAAGGGCGCUAGGUUACCGCCCACCUCAGCCAAGCAGUUAAUGGAGCCCCCAGCUCACUGCUGGCUCGUGAAAGCCAGUGGCAUGUCGGUACUCCCACCCCACAGCCGAACAGUCCCGAAGCUUCUCCUGCUUGCUCGCUUGCAAGCAGGAGAAGGAUUGGGGGCUCCCUCAGCUGAGGAGCGGGAGGCUUUGCGUUCCCCAGCUGAGCGGCCUCAAUUCUUCUCCUGCAAUCUGGAGAAGGAUGGGUUGCUCAACUUGGGGAGCACAAAGCUGCUUUCUCCCUGGUGCAGUGAGGCACUGGGGUGAAACCACCUCAGCAAUUUCACCCUGACGCCUUGCAGUGCUGUGGUAGGAAGCAGGUUUUGGAACAUGGUGAUGUACCGCCAGAUCACAUUGUUUGCCUGACGAUAUAUUGUGAUGUUGUAAACCUUACAUCGCCCAGCCCUCGUUGUGGGGAGAGUGUUUAGCAGGAGAGGAGACUGUAAGUACAAAAAUGGAUAUGUUUAAUGGUGUCUUUAUCUGUCUCACUUCUUUCUCCAGGCUUUUUUCUACCUGGUGGCUCAUCCUUAGGAUCAAUCCGCAUGAUCCAAGAGUAGAUGCUUGACUGAGUCUUCAUCUGCUUUCAUCUUUUGCAGUUUGACAUUGUGUCUCUUACUUUCUCCUUAAAAGCUGCCAUAGGGGUUUCAACUUUGAUCCUAGCAAUGGUGUGUGUGUGUGUUUAUAUAUAAACUCUUUCAUCUGGAUACUAUUUUCCAGGUCUGAAUUUCCAGCCUUUAGUCAUUUUUCAUAGGGGAUAGCAGGAAUCAGUGUUCCAUGUGAUUCCUGUGGAAGUCUCUACUGUGAAAUAUUUUGAGGAGAGGUUUCUAAGGGUGUGUGAACCUGGGACUAAACUUACCAAGAAAUUCCCAGAGGCAGCAAGCAGCUAGUCAAAACCUGCUGGAUGCUGGAGCUUUCAGAGCUUUCCAAAUUGAGCGCCAGAAUUUGAUCGACCUCUUCUCUUCUCCAUCCCUCCACCCAUUCAGUGUGAAAAACUGGUGGUGUUGAAAAUUUUCCACUGCUGUACUUUUCCAUUUAAAAAUGAAUUUCUAAAAAUAAAUAGUUUUGUUAACCUAAUUGGUAAUGUAAUGAAUGGAAACAGUCAAAUUGAGCAGUUUCUGCUUGUAAUAAACUUUUUCAGGUAUCUGUCUUUAGGAACCACACUUGCAUGUAUUAUAUAUAGCCAAGCCGACUUUAAUGUAUUUUUAGGAACCAUCAGUUGUACAAUUUCAGGAUGGUCCUCUGACCAUUUAGUUUCUAAAAACGCACACACUAAAAGAUACAAAGUUGCAGAGCGAAAUGAAAUGGAAGUGAACAUCAUAAGUGACACUUUUGGCACAUUAUAAAAUUAGUAUGAUAACCAUUAAAAGACAUUUUAGGAAGUGUAUGCUAAUGGGUGUUAUAUCUUAAAAUAUUUUCAAAACACCUUUUUAAAUUGUCUUAAAAUAUUAUAAUAAAAUGAUAUCUUAUUUGUUAUAUUUCUAUUUCUGUUUAUAGUUUUAAUAAUGAAUUCCAAUAAAAAUGCUUAACAGUGGUCUAAGAAUAUUUUUAAGUAUUCUAAAUAAGAAUUAAAGCUUUGAAUUUGUUUAGAUGUGAUAUUAAAAAAUAUUAAGUAUGUUUUCUUGAAUUUCCAACUUACCUACUUCUGACCAUGUGUGGUAGUGAUAACAGCUCUGAGUUUGCCCCAGGGGUCAGAAUGGGCAGGUCAGAGUACUGAUCACCUCCACCUGUUAUUGAUGCUCUUCAUACCAAGUUCUGCAUUGGAUAGGGCAGAUCUUGUAGGAAGACACAAGUCUGAGAAGCAAUUUUAAUUUCUGUUAAUGUCCCAUGAUGGUGUCUCCUGCCUGAAAGGAAUGUUGAUCCAAGAUGGUGCUCACUUCCUUCAGGGAGCAACAAAAGGGUAGGACAUUUCCUCAUCUCGCCCAUCUUCUUCAGUCCCACUAUUCUGGCUUCUAAAAGGGGCCACUUUUGCACCCGCUGCCAUAGGCUCCUGGACGGGGUUCCUUCUCAUUGUCCCAAGACCUGACGUGCAGCCACUCUUUUUUGCCAGUUGAAAGAGGCAUGCAGUCUUGUUAAUCUGAAUGCAUACUGCAGUUGCUAAUCCCUGAAUCAAAAAGGCGUGUACUUACAAGGUGACUCUGGAGGAGGCCCAGGAGAGUGUAUUGUCCCUCUGUCCCCCUGCUGGCCAUGGGUCUCUCUCUGCCUUCAGAAAAGGAAGUGGAAUUACCAGAGCAGUAGAAGGAAGCACAAGGGACGCGGGUGGCGCUGUGGGUAAAACCUCAGUGCCUAGGACUUGCCGAUCGUAUGGUCAGCGGUUCGAAUCCCCGCAGCGGGGUGAGCUCUCGUCGUUUGAUCCCAGCUCCUGCCCACCUAGCAGUUCGAAAGCACUCUUAGGUGCAAGUAGAUAAAUAGGUACCGCUUUAUAGCGGGAAGGUAAACGGCGUUUCCGUGUGCUGCGCUGGUGCUGGCUCACCAGAGCAGCUUCGUCACGCUGGCCACGUGACCCGGAAGUGUCUUCGGAUGGCGCCGGCUCACGGCCUCUAGAGCGAGAUGAGCACACAACCCUAGAGUCGGACACGACUGGCCCGUACGGGCAGGGGUACCUUUACCUUUACCUUAGAAGGAAGCACUCCCCACAUCACGGGGGGGGGGGAGUUGUUUGCCUUAGAUGAGUGGGGGAAACCCAUGACAUCUAAAUUCAGCAGGGCUGUUUAUAUAUAAAAUAUCGUACCUAAAGAGGUAUUAAGAGUGGCCGAGGGUUCUGUUAAUAGAUGCUCCAGUAGCUGUCCUAGUCAUAGGGGCAGUGGUUCCCAUGAGAUCAAAGCAUAUAUAUAUAUGUUUUUUAAAAGAUAAGAAAUAUGAUGUCUUAUUAACAAAAUCACAUGAGACUUUUGUCCUCUUCAUCAGGGCAAUAAUGGCCAUUUCCUUCUGGGCUAAAGGAAUUGUCAGAGAGGUUCCAGCAACAGCAGAGGUUACAGAUAAUUUGCAGCCAUUUCUGAGGCCAGCCAUUGGAUUUAUGAAGAAACCAGCAAACAUGAGUCUCAAAUAGGCGGCAAACUGCAGAGUUUUGUGGCUCAAUGAACUCAGUUGACAUCUGAUCAUUGAGUGCUCAGGAUUGUCCAGAAGGGGUAGUUUGACACCAUGCCUCAUGAUCUGUGUGUUUUCUGCUGCAGAUGGGGGUGAUAGAGCCUGUUCUAUCUGUGCAAGUCUUCUACGGAUGCUACUUUGAAUUUGUCAUAGUAAAGCAAAACAAAACGGAAUGGAGAGCUAUUUUAUUUUAUAUUUAUUUUAUAUUAAAAACACAUUUAUUCAAAAGUUACACUUCACUGCCAUAAUACCACAGUAUUAUGUGUGUGUUUAGAUAUUUUAGUUAUUUUAGAUCUAACACAAGUGAAUUGCACGCAGUGGCACAAGUUCCUGCUGGAGACACUAAAAGACUAUUUGGGAGAGUCUCUAGUGGGGUGACUAUUUUGCUCAAUCUUGCAUACGUGUAACUGACUUGUUUUAAAGAGCAUUUGAUUUCUGACUGAAAUACCGUCUACUUCCACUCCUGCAUUUAACUUCAGAGAAAGACACAGUGAAGGAACGUUGCAUUUUAAUUUACCACUUCUCCAGCUCCUGGCAUCUCUGCUUUACUUUGUUCUUUUCCCGCUGAUUUCAUCUUCUUCUUUCCCCAAACUACUUUCAAACUAGGCUUUAUUUCAUCUUGGUCAAAGACCCAGUUUGGCACCUUCCCCACCUGCAUUCAGUGGCACCCCUCUGGAGGCUUCACCUGGGGCAAAAAACCAGUCUUACUCCCCCUUAGCUACGGCCGUGUCUUAUGGUAAACACCAAUAAUCUCCACGCAUCUCUCCAUCCCUUUAGUUUGUUUUAAGGCAAAUCUCUUACUCAGGUGGGGAAAAUGUCUUCUUAGCACACUGCAUGCUACUUCUGUUUCUUAAAAACUCCCAAGUCCUAAACUCCACCCCUUGCUUUAAUAAUAGCUGCAGCAACACAGGAAGCAGCUGGAUUGCUUCUGAGCCAAGCUAAGCAGGCCAAGGAGGCUCUGCAUUGCACAGAAGGGGUUAGGAAGCUCUCAAGCAACGGGGUCCUUUGAAUGUUUUGGAUGCUGACAGAAAAGAGAAAAAUGAGGACCACCUAGAACAGGGCUUCCACAGCUUUGGCUCCCCAUGAUGUUGUUGCUAUGCACAAAGUUGCACAGGGCAGUUAACUUUGGAAACAACAACCCUGAAGCUCAAAACCUGUCACUCUUGAGAACCUGUCACCACUUCAGUCUGCUGCCUGAGCCCUCUGUCUCACCUUAUCUCAUGGGCAAAAAGAUUCCACCAUUGGGUUGGACUAGAUGACCCUUGUGGCCCCUUCCAACUCGACAAUUCUAUGAUUCUGUGGUAGGGUGCCCUGCAGAUACAGGAGCUGAUCCAAAGACUCUGCACUCCCUACAUGAAACUGCCUGAAUUCUUAGAUUAUUUUAUGAGAUCCCUCUCUGUGUGCACCCAUCUUCUGAAUUUGGGCCAGUUGUGACCAGAAGAUAGGUCCUCUUUGGUGGCGGCACUCUACCUGUGGCACCAUCUCCCCAGAGAGUCUUCUAUCUUUUCGGCACCAAGCAGAUGCCUUUUUUAUUCACCCAGGUCCCUUGUUUAUUUUAUCUGUUUCUGUUGAUAAUUCCUACUACCUUUUCUUUGUUUGUUUGUUUGUUUGUUGUCUCCUGUUGCUUUAGUAUGUUGUGAUUUUGAUAUGUUGUGUGACUCUUUGAGAGUGUGCAUUUGAGCUGAAAGGUGAAAGGUUAAAUUUUAUACAUCAAUAAAUAAAAUAUGUUGCAGCCGUCUUGUGGAAUCUGAGCGAGUCUACAUCUGGUCAGGUGUCUAGAUGGGGAGGCCACAUGGAAACCUCAUGUAUGUCACCUUGAGCUCCACUGAAAAAUAUAGGAAAUGUCAUAAGUAGGAUUGACUCCUUUUUUAAAUAUGCUUUUUAUUGGAAUGUCUAUUUUUUUGUAAAUUGACUUCAAAUUAAAUAGUUACAUUGUUUCAUGUACAGUGGUACCUUGGUUUACGACCUUAAUCUGUUCCAGAAGUCCGUUCUUAAACCAAGGUGUGCUUUCCCAUAGUAGCGGGGGACUGAAUUUACACUCAACAGGAAGCGGAACAUGUUCUGCUUCCAAGGCAAAGUUUACAAACCAAAACACCUACUUCCGGGUUUGCAGCAUUCUUAAUCCAAGUUGUUCAUAAACUAAACUGUUCUUAAGCAAAGGUACCACUAUAUUGAAUUCCCACCCCUGCCUCCACGGUGUUUUUAUCCAAACCCUUUUCUACUGUGUUAUUUAUCAAACUCUUAUCUAUUACACAAAUCCACCUGAUAAAAUAACUUUAUCAUUUUUCUUCCUCUUCUCAUAUCUCCAAUCCUGCCUGCAAUUUCAUUUGAUUGUAGUACUUUUUCAAAGAGUCCUAAAAAGGCCUCUAGUCUUCUAUAAAAAGUUCAUCAUUUUGAUCUCUUAAUAUUAUUGUCAGCUUUGCCAUUUCCGCAUAGUUCAUUACUUUUAAAAGCUAUUCCUCCUUCAUUGGAACCUUCUCUUCUUUCCAUUCUGCGCAUAUAAAAUUGUAGCUGCUGUUGUCACAUACAUAAGUAGUUCGGUCAUUUUCUUUGGAAAGUCCAUCCCUAUUAUCCCUAUAUGAAAAACUUCAAGUCAUUUGGGAAUAGCCCAUUUCAACACCUUCUUUAUUUCACUAUGUAUCAUUUACCAAAACCCUUUAGCUUUUUUUACAUGUCAGGAUUGACACUGCUCUCUAUUUCCAUACAGCCCACUCCCAGCCAUCACUACUGCUGCUCCCCUACCCUCCAGCAGCAACAGCCUUGGUCUUGAAUAGCAGCUGCUUCCCAUCGCUUCCUGUCCUCUGGGAACCCAACUCCCAGUUGUCUAUUCUCUCAUUCUAGUACUUGUGUUGCCCCGACCCCAUGAAAGAAGAGGCAGAACCCAAGAGAAGAGAGAGCAUAUUGGCCGGGAGGCAGCCAUGUGAAACUUUGUGGGCAUGAGCUAUAACUGCUGCUGCUGCUUCUUUGUUUGCCCAUGCUAUACAGCCAGGCCUGCCUCUCACUGCCUAGUAUGCAUGUAUGGCACGAUGUUUGUUUAUUCAUUUCUCUCAAAACAAAAAUUAAAAAACAGUUCUUCACCUUUCUGUCAACUGAUGAGAAAACAUAUUGUUCCCGUCUGAACAGCUAAUGCUUAUGUCUGAUAGAAUGUGUAAAGCUUGUUAUUUCCAGAAAACUUGGUUUCAAGUUUUUUUUCUUUCUCCCCUUUCCAUACUUAAUUGGCUCUGUCAGGGAGCCAUCUGGUGGCUAGGAUCCAAGUGCUUUUCUGGGUCAAGGAAAUAGAUUUAUUUACUUCCAAAUUUCUACCCUGCCAGCUACCCCAUAAAUGGGGUUUUCAUGAUGGCUUGCAAUUUAUGAUAGUACAAUAAGUGGCGUACAAUAGAAUCAACUUCAACAAGGCAAAUUAAGCACAACCUAAACAAAAUGUAAUAAUAAUAAUAAUAGAUUUUAUUUAUAUCCCGCCCUCCCCAGCUGAAGCCGGGCUCAGGGCGUAUGUAUUGGUAAGGCCCUCCACAAAAUAAAAUGACUUGUGUGGGUGGUCAGACUGGUAUGUCUGGGUGGUCAGACUGGUAAAAAUGUGGUUAGAAGUAGUAAUGGGAUUGGAACUGUGAUUAACAGUUGACCCUUUAGCAGGGACUAUAUUUUGACAUGAGCAAAAGCUGAGUCUGGUAACACAGGCUUUGCCUGCUGAUGCACUCCUGUUAGCAACUAAGAUGCAGGCAAAAGGCUCUUCAGCUGCCUCCUCCCCAGUGUGAGAGGAGGAGCUCCAACAGAGCCUGGUAGGAGGUUAAAGAAUCCCGGUCUGGGGAAAAGGUGGGAUAUAAAUAAUAGUAAUAAGCUCUUGCCCUGUGUUUCUGCUUGCACUGAGAAGAGCCAGGGAGACUGUUAGAACAGAGCCAAAUGAGAUGUUCCCAAAUGAGAUGGGGAUCAAGUUGAAUCUCUGGCCUGCCAGUUUUCUGUCUCUAGAUUAGAACAUCUGGGUUGCUUUCCUGCUUAUAACAAAAAGUUGGGUGUUGGGCUGCUUUAAUGUUUUAAAACCAUUUCUUCCAGCAGUGGUGAAUGUUGCCAUUUGAACACUCAGUGCUGAAGUCCCAUGAUGUAGAGUGGCUCAUGGAGUUUGAUUCAGCCCUGAAUAAGGAGAACUCUGGUUAAAUGAUUCUGGCUCUGUAGGUUAAAUGCAGCUUUGGAGCUAGUGCUGAACAACCUGGUAGGAACCUUAAAGCUGUCUAAAACCUCCACAUUGAUAAGCUGUUUAUGCAUACGGUAAAAAGGUAAAGGUAAAGGUACCCCUGCCCGUAUGGGCCAGUCGUGUCCGACUCUAGGGUUGUGCGCCCAUCUCACUUAAGAGGCCGGGGGCCAGCGCUGUCCAGAGACACUUCCGGGUCACGUGGCCAGCGUGACGAAGCUGCUCUGGCGAGCCAGCACCAGCGCAGCACACGGAAACGCUGUUUACCUUCCCGCUAGAAAGCGGUACCUAUUUAUCUACUUGCACUUUAAGGGUGCUUUUGAACUGCUAGGUGGGCAGGAGCUGGGACCGAAAGACGGGAGCUCACCCCGCCGCGGGGAUUCGAAUCGCCGACCAUGCGAUCAGCAAGCCCUAGGCACUGAAGUUUUACCCACAGCGCCACCCGCGUCCCCCUUAUGCAUACGGAGGUACAAGCUAAUAGACCUUUUCCCCCAACCUUGACUUUCUCAUGGCAACUCCAUGUUACAGAUUUGCAUGGAAAUACUGAAAGUCAUGGGAGGAGGCCGUCUUAUUCUCAUGAACCUGCUCUCUUUCCCAAGUUGGUGGCUACAGCAAAGCUAGCUGCAAAUACGUCUUGAUCUCAGAAUUCUCUUGAAGCAAUUCAGUAUUGUUGAAUCUGGCCUUCAGGGCAUAUGGUCUCCUUGAUAAAGAAAGGGAAAAGCUGGGAUGUGGAGAGUUGUUUCAACAACUUUUAGUUUGUGGACAGCAAGCUACAGGACCUUCACAAGUUGAGAUUCCUGCAUUGCAGGGGGUUGGACCUCAGGGUCCCUUCCAAUUCUAAGAUUCUAUAGCAGUGUUUCUCAACCUUUUUCUGACCAUGGCCCCUUCUGACCUCGUUUCCUUCCUGUGACCCCCCCUUUCCUACUGAUAGAAAGGUAGCUAUUUAAAUGGUUUGUUUGUAAAGAGAACCUUUUUUAUAAUUUUUAUAAUUUAUACAAAAUACAAUUACAUAAAAAAUUAUACUUUAGGUAUUUCUCAAUCAAUCUGACCCUUGUUCUUGAUGACUAGAAGCAAGCUUUUUAUAUAUCCAAUACUAUUGCUUUGAGGGAUGACCAAAGAUCACCUCUGUCCAUUACUUUAAGGCAGUUCCACGUUAGGCUGAGUAAAUAAUUCACACGACUGAAACCUGAUUCUACCAAAUACAAAGUAGGAAAUGCCAUGAAAAACAAUUUUGCUUUAUUCCAAAGCUGUGGAAACUUUUUAGAUACUAUACUCUUUAUCCAAAAAUGGUCUGUGGCAACAUACCUCCUUUCUCAGUAAUAGUUGCACGAAGAAACAGCACCCCACGCACCUUGCCCGUGACAAAUGAGAUGUGGACAGCUUAGUGCGCACAGAGGUGGAGUGCAGAAGUGGGAGGGAGAAGGAAGUGGAAGCAAAGUUGCCACAGCGUGUGCAUGGUGAUCCAUCCACUGGGAAGCACAGUCACCUCUCUGUUCACUCUACUUCUCUGUUUUCUAUUUUCUUCACUUCUCUGGGGUUUUUUUCUUUUCUGUUUUCUUGAUCACUUCUGUGUUUUCUUUACUUCUUUCUGCUGUGGUCCCUAGACUCAUGCCGUGGCCCCCAUUUAUGCAAUUUUCACCUGUGCCCCCCUUGGAAUAUCCUGGGGGCCCCCGGUUGGGAAAUACUGUUCUAUAGGAAUCAGUUCUUAUUGUGAGGCCAACUAUACUUGGCCCAGCUCACCAAGAAGGUAGAGAAAAAGGCCAAGACGUGGGGGUAUCAGUCAGAGCCUGUAUCAGUCAGAGGCCAAAUAGCAGCUCAGGAUGGUAAUAUGCAUGACAGAUUACUUGGUCAAGCUUCCUGAAGUUGAUAACAAUAGUGAUUAUCAGUUGGAAUAACUGCCCUUGGGGCCCCAAACCUCUCUAAAAUUUAGUUGGAGGGGCUGAACAUGGUGCCAGGCUCUGAAUUUGGAAGCAUAACUCUGCUAUGUAAGCUGUUCGACUACCUAUCUGUGUUUUGGAGAUUCCAUUUUGAAGAGACUGUUUGGCCUUCCUGCUUCCAUAUUUCCUGCAGGAAAAUACGUCCAUUUGAACAUGCAUUUGUCAUUCUACAGUUAACAGUGCUGUGUGUGGAUUUUGCCAUCGAAAUUGGGUCCUUUUUGUACUAGAACUCAAAAAGUAAGGUGUGAAUUGACCCUGUAUUUUAUGCAUAGCAGGCACUACAUUUCUGGCUCUAGAAACUCUGUAGACUGUAGAAGAGAUGGGCUUAUCAGAUGCAGCCAAGGGCUGAGCUGUUGAUUUGUGUUUCUGUCUUAUUUAUAUCCCACUUUUGUCCUAAGGACCUAUUUAUCCUUGCCAGAAACCUGUGAAGUUGGUUAUUCUGAAAGACAGUGAGCUUCAUAAGCUUGAACCAGUGCUAUGAAAUGUUAAUUGUUACUUGAAGGCUGCAGAAAUCCUGUGUGAAUGUUCAAAUAGGUUGCCUGCUCUGAUCCUGCUGGAGCUUCUAAGCAGUCUGCAAGAAGACUUUCAGGGACAGAAUGUUGUUAUAUUUGACCAUCAAGACGAUUAAGUGCAUUCAGCAUUCUUUUUACCCUAGAGUAAAUCAUAUUGCUCUGAAUUGCAGCAAGCUGCUGAAAGCAACAAAAAUGCUUUUGUUUGCAAAGGAUGUUCUGCACUUUGUUUAUGGAAAUAAUACCAUAGUGCCAUGUGGUUCAAUCUGGAGCUAUGAUCUUUAUGAGUGUGUGUGUGUGUGUGUGUGUGUGUGUGUGUGUGUUCUAGACUGGGUAUGGUCAAGGCUGUUAGGAUGGCUAAUAUUAUGCAUUUGGGUUGUGUUCUGUAUUUUGGAAGAAACAACUUUUCCCCAGUAUGAAAAGACUUUUGUCACACAUGAUUUAAACCCACAUGGCCUUAUGAGCAACACCUGCUUUAACUACUGCCAUUCAGCAAAUAUUUUUGAUGGAGAAGUUGUGUGAUGUUUUGUAGCUUGUCUUCCAUAGUAAACAGUUUAACUUUAUAGAUUACAGAGUGCUUCUGCCAUCUUCAAGGUCUUUCUUCUUCCUGUUGUCCAGUGGUUUCAGAUUUAUUAUUAAUGUAGCAAUUAAUGACAUGGUGCUAAAUUACACACUGUGACUGCCUUUGUCUUUGGACAAAGCUUGACAUGCCUCCUUGUCUCUUGUUUUUAGAAAGUCAUCCUGAGUCACUUGUAUACAAAAUAACAUGUUUGGUACUCUUGCACACCGCUCAACUUGUUGGCAAUAGAACUGUAAUGGCUGUAAAUGAGUGGGGUGGCGUGCAUUUGUUUCUCACUUUCUAAAGUGGGAAGCCAUUUCUGCCAAAUUAGUUGACAGAUGCCUCAUAAACUACUUGCAUCAAAUGAGCUUGGCAUUUUUGACUUCCAGUCAACUUCUUGUCCAGAGGUUAAUCAUGAUGGAAGAAGCUAAGCAGUAACGACUGACCUGCAUGCACCUGCCAACAAAACAAAGCAAGGCAUUUGGAGCUGCUCAUACCUGGGAGAAUCUCUGUCUAAAUUGGCAGGAUUGCAAUGAAACCACAGUGUGGCACUCUUUGGCCUUGUGCUGUUGUUAAAGCCUGUUGACAGAAUAUGAUGCUAUUGUUGCCUUCCUAUAAUUUGUAACUGUGACUGCUCUUUGUCUUAAAACUAGCACAGAUUCCUUUAGGACAUGGAUUCAAGAAGCAAGUUUGUAUCCUGGCCCUAGAGCCCCUAGCAAUUUGACUCUGAGCAGUCCCCAGUAUCAAGGGUGUGGAAAUAAAAGGUACAACCUACAAACUAGGUCUCUUCAGACAACCUGAUGGUCACGAUACCAGAUCCCAUACACACAGCGAUCACCCAAACCAGGGCUUUGUUUCUAGAAAACAAGGUGCUGGAACUUGUUGACCUUUUGCUAGGGGGAGCGCUCCCCAAAAGUUGUUGAGCCAAAAGAAAUUCACCAACAUUGCAGAGAUAAAAUUCUGCCAAACAAAAUUCAGAUACCUAGGGAUUCAAAUAACCACAAACCUCAACAAACUAUACCUCCACAAUUACAAACCCCUGUGGUGACAAAUCAACUAAGACAUGAGGAAAUGGAACAACACCAACUUCACCCUCUCAGACAAAAUUAACCUACUUAUUCCAAACCUUCCCAAUUUGGAUUCCCCAAACCCAACUCUGGGAAUGGCAGAAAAACUACACUUGUUUAGUUUCUCACACAAAAAGCCAAGAAUAAGCCCCAAAGGAGGAUGGGGAAUCCCUAACAUAGAAUCAUAUUGCAUUGCCAAACAUGUGUGCCACAUAAUCCCAUACAUUCCCGAAGAUGAGACAAAACAAUGGGUCCACUUAGAGAGAGACACAAUCGAAAACACCCCCCACAACAGCAUACCCAUUUCUCCAAAACAAACUAAAGAAAAUCCCCACAACACUAAACAGGUUCACACAAUCGGAAAAAGUAGGCAAACUGUCCCCAGCCCCACUAGCCUCCUGGCUCAUAACCCACUACAGUGGUACCUUUGUUUGCAACCGCUUUGGAUUACAACCAUUUUGGAUUACAACCACAUCAAACCCGGGAGUGCGUGUCCCUAUUUUUGGAUUACAACGCAUUUUUUUGGAUUAUAACCAAUUUUGGGGGGGGAUGCCCCAUUGGCGAAAGCUUGCCUUGGGUUACAACCUGUUUUGGUUUACAACUGGACCUCUGGAAUGGAUUGUGGUUGUAAACCAAGGUACCACUGUAUUCCAACACACAGCAUAAAACUUCCAGAUAAAAACCUGGCAGGCCAAAGGCCUAUACUGUCUAAAAUACUUCCACAAAAACAACAAACCCAUACCAACACAAGAAAUACAAAACAAACUAGGUGAUACCCAAAUACGCUGGCUAACACAUCACCAACUACACACCCUCCUUAAACAAUCCAGCAGUAAAAUCAUCAGCCACUAGGGGGGCCCUUGACCACCUUCGAAAACCUUCUCCUGACAGCAGAGGGACACGGCAAAGGGAUGGUAUCCACAAUAUACAAAGUAGUGCUCCAAACUCCUACAAACCCUCUUGUCGCAAUCAAAGAACAAUGGGAGCAAGGCAUAGGCUAUGAAAUUAACCCCACCCAAUGGACUGGAAUGUGAAAUUAACCCCACCCAAUGGACUGGAACCUCCCUUUAAAUCCAUCUCAGACAAAAGAAGGGAACUCAGUCUGAAAUUCACCUAUGGAUGGUACCUAACACCACAGAAACUGGCACUAAUAUGCCCAGGAACCUCACCAAAAUGUUGAAGAGGCUGCACUUCCACAGGCACAUAUCUCCACAUGUGGUGGGAAUGCCCCAAAAUCCAACCCUUCUGGACAUCAGUCCUACAAGAGAUAUGCAAAAUAACUAAACAGGUAUUUGAAUUCACCCCAGAACUGGCCGUACUGAGUAUUUUCCAGUAUAAUGACCACUCACAUUAUAAAGAGCUUAUAACCCACCUACUCUCAGCAGCCAGAAGCAUCGUAGCCAGACACUGGAGAGACCUCUCAGGAGUAAACAUGAACUAAUGGUACCAAAUGGCUCCCCUUUAUCAUAUACACAGCACAACAAGACAACAGGAACCCACCGACAGCAUACGAAUCAAUCUGGCUUACUUGGCCCAACAAGCCCUCCCCCCACAUCCCAAAUGCUAACAAACCUCGGGGCAGACAACUAUCCACACCCUGAGCUCCCCCAUUCCCUCUCACUACCAAGAAAUAAGUGAACAGAAGAACUUACCUAGUUGACACUGACACAAAACCCCACACGUAUACUAUAUAAAAGAAUAGAAGUUUCACCCCCUCCUCUACCCCCUUCAUCCCCAACCUUAUACUGUACACAACACUAGUGUUUAAUAUCAAAUGUAACUGAUCUGUAGAAAAGACUUUACAACCUGAAAAAAGAGACAUUGUACAUACUUUUGUAAACCAGGAAAAUCUUUAAUAAAAAAAUUUUUUUUUAAAGAAGUAAGCUUUGUUGUUAUUUAUUACAGAGAAAACAAGACAUGCAAACAGAAAGAGUUUGAGAAAAGUAAAAUACUUUGAGCAGCGAGUCAGAAAACCCUAACUAGGGCAAAUCCUUAUUUGGAGUGUAAUUAGACAUGACAAAGGAAGCAUUAUAUUGACAAAUGCAUGGUUCUAACAGGGUUGGGAAACUUGUUUUCCCUGAAAUGUUGAUGGGAUAGUAGGGACACAUGAAAGAUGAUUUCUUAUACACUCUGCUGUCAAUAAAGUUGAAACCAUGUAGCAUCUAGGUGAGGUAAGAUUAAGGUAAAGGAUCCUUGGAUGGUUAAGUCCAGUCGAAUUUGACUGUAGGGUGCAGUCAUCUUCGCUUUCAGGCCAAGGGAGCCAGCGUUUAUCUGCAGACAGCUUUUCCGUGUCAUGUGGCCAGCAUGACUAAACCGUUUCUGGUGCACAGAGGACCGUGACAAGUGCCAGAGAGCACGGAAAUGCCAUUUACCUUCCUUCUGCAGCGGUACCUGUUUAUCUACUCGCGCUGGUAUGCUUUUGAGCUGCUAGGUUGGCAGGAGCUGGAAGAAAGCAACUGGAACCCACCCGUUACUUGGAUUCAAACUUCCAGCCUUACAACUGGCAAGCCUGAGAGACUCAGGUUUAGACCAUAGCGCCACCCACGUCCUGAUGUAACAUCUAUGUUGUCCUUAGCCUGACAGUCUUGCUCUGCGAGGCACAAAGGAGUUGGGACAACCUUGUUUUAAUCAGUUGAGAAGUUUUCAUGUUGAGCAGAGAAAUUCUGAACGCUUGAAGAAAAAGGUCUUUCCCUAGAUUUUUACCCUUUAUUAGAACAUAAAAUUUAUUAUGUGUAUACACGUCCUCCUACAGUGUCUUGCAUGGCUUUUGACAGUGGAACGUACUCCCUCAGAAGAUGGUGGACUCCUUCAUUGAAGGUUUUUAAGCAGAGGUUGGAUGACCAUCUGCCAUAAAUGCUGUAGCCAAAGAUUCCUGCAUACAGGGGUUUGGACUAGAUUACCCUUGGGGUACCUUCCAUCUCUACAAUUCUAUUAUUCUGUGUGGAAUUUAGCACUUAAAACCACAUUGUUUGAUUAAUAAAUGCACCCUAACCCACUGGAUUUUAUUCAAUCAGUAAUUACAGACGCAAACAGGAGUUAAUAAGUAUUAACAGGUAUACCAGAAGCAGAUAACAGAAGCCAUCAAAAUGGUAGUAAACUCACAAAUAUUAUGUUUGGAUUUAGAAAUGGUAUCUAGACAUUGGCCAUUAGCAUUUCCAAAAUGGACUAGCAGCAAAGUUAGGAUAUUACCCUGACUUCAGAAACCUAAAUUCUUAUUUUUUUAAUGGAGCAUCAUCGUAAUAAACGAUACUAGAAUUAUAUUUGCCUAAUAAUUUUCUUACUGUGUUCAUAUUAAAUAUUAAUUAACUUCAUAGAAGCUACUUUAAAGGACUAGGACAAGGCUCGCCACUAUGGUGCCCUCCAGAUGUUGCUGAACUACAGCUUCCAUAAUCCCUGGUUAUUUGCCAUGCUUGCUGGGACUGUUGAGAGUUGGAGCCCAAAAACAUCUGGAGGACAUCAUGUUGGCUUUGCUUUCUCUAGACCAGCGGUUCUCAACCUGUGGGUCCCCAGAUGUUGUUGGACUACAACUCCCAUCCCUGAGCUCUGGCCUUGCUAGCUAGGGGUGAUGGGAGUUGUAGUUCAACAAUAGCUGGGAACCCACAGGUUGAGAAAGGCUGCUCUAAACUAAGGGAUAGUGUCAAUAGAAAAGGAAUAAGAAAAGCCCUGAUACAUCAGACCAAAACUGUUUAGUUCUGCAUCCUAUUUCCCACACUAGUGAAUUAGAUGCCUCUGAGAAGCCCAUAAGCAGAACAUGACUGCAGUAGCUAAUGCCUGCUGUAGCUCCCUAGCAGCUAGUAUUCAAAGGUAUCUUGCCUCUGGUAUUGGAUGCAGCAUAUAACCAUUGUGAAUAGUAGUGGUUGAUGGCAUUAUCUUUCAUGUAUUUGUCUAAUCUCCUUUUCAAGCUAAAUUGAAUCUUGUGGCAGCAGUUUCUAUAGUUUUUAUCUAUGCAUUCUGGGAAGUGAUGCAUUCUUUAUCAUGAAUCUCCCAGCAUUUGGGUUGCCAUAUUUCAAAAAGUAAAAACCAGGACACCCUGCAAGUGUCCUUUCGGAAAUCCCAGUAAUAUGGCAGCCCUAUUCAUUCACCCCCGAUAGGGACCCAAGGUGGCUUACAGAUAAAAUACAGCUAAAAACAUGGGUUGGGGGGGGAACAAUAAUUAAAGAACAAUUAAACAUUAAUGAAAUACAACUAUAUAAAAUACAUCACACCCACACACCCCUGUUAGAAACAUCCAGAUAAUUACCAUAAAACAGCAUGGCAUUAGCUCUUUCAUUAAAAGCACUCAGAUCCCCAAAGCCUGUUGGAAUAAUUUCACCUGAACCUUAGAAUGGAAGAACAUUUUUUUAGGGUGCUAGGAGCUUUUUGUCUGGAAAUGCUCUUUGUCAUGAGGACUAAAUGCUUCUCUAGUACUUUCAGCAUUAUUGAGAUAUUUUACUUACAAAAACGUGUGGUGUCCCUAGAUUCAAUGAAGGAAGGCCUUUCAGUGCCAGGGACAUAAUUUAUAUUUUUGCAAGUUUAUGCUGAGCAUUUGUGUGCUCUUUUCCUUGAUAACUUUAUAGCUCUGGCUGGUUCACCAACUGCAGCCUUUGCUGAACUAGGAUAGUCUGGCCAAAGUUUUGUAUGCUUUGAUAGCCUCCUGAAAUGACUGCUGCUGUCCAUUCCAUGUAGGGCUGCCCUUGAAGAAGGUCCAGAAACUGCAGCUUGUGCAGAGUGUUGCUGCUGGCGUGCUCAUGGGUGGGGACUUAGGUGCACAGUCAUAGAACACUGGUUUUGUGGGGUCUGCUCCAGCUGCCUGUAAAUAACCAGGCCCAAUUUAAGGUGGUUAUGUUGAUAUAAACAUCCCUGAACGACUUGGGACCCUAUGUAUCUGAGAGAAUUCCUCUACCAACACCAAUCUGUCUAGGUCAGUGUUUCCCAAAGUGGACAGCACAGCCCCCUGAGGGGUGCUGGAAUGAUGCAAGGGGGCGGUAGUAGCCUUGGGUGGAAUUGAGGGAGCAUUGAAUAAAAAUAAGUGGGCAGCGGAAGCAGAAAGAAAGAAGAAAAUAAAAGAAAAAUUUGAAAAUGGUUUGUACAUGUUUAAUCUGUUGGAUAAUGAUGCUUUCCGCAAGGUCGGGUGCCGUUGCGGGACAGUGCCAGCACCUCCCCUGGAUCUGCCAGUUGUGCUGGAGGUGAGGGGUUUUCCUGGGCUUCAACUAGGCUCAACUAGGCUCAGGAAAUGGAUCGCAGCUUGCUGACAAAAUAGAGCCGGACAUUAAUUGAUAGCACACCAGGUUCAUUCUUUUCAUUAGGAUUAUUAAUAUUAUUCAUAAUUUUAAUUUUAAUUUUAAUAUCCUUAGUUAUCUGAAUUUUCUGUGUGUAAUACGAAUGUUACUGUGGUUGAUUUUAAUAAAUAAUUUUAUAAUGUUGAGCUUCGGGGUAUCUUAUUUACAACAACAUAUUUCUUUACUAGGUUAUAGGAUGUAGGUAGAAAUAUAGAUAAAUAAAAGAAUGCAAAUUUGUCACUGUUUGUUCACUUAAAGAAGGUAGAUUUUUUUGGGGGGAGGUGCUGAGUAUCCCCCCCCCCCGAAAAGUGGGCAGUAAGCCAAAUAGGAUUGGGAAUCUCAGGCCUAGGUCUUUAUAUUAGGAGAGGAGCCCUACUUACUGUAUCCCAUGGCAAAUGUUGCUCACUGUGUGGGGACAUGAAAGGAUGAGAUAAUAAUUAUAAUUAGAGUUAUAAUACUUUUUAUUUAUAUGCCGCGCAUCUAACUGGGUUCCUCCAGCCACUCUGGGCAGCUUCCAACUAAUUAAAACACAAUACUACAUCAAAUUUUAAAAACUUCAUUGAUCUUCCGAAACGUUUGACUUCCAAAGCGCGGCUUCUCAUUGCCUGCAGGAAGCUCCUGCAGCCAAUCAGAAGCUGUGGAAGCCCCAUCAGACGUUCGGCUUCUGAAAGAAUGUUCAAAAACUCACUUCGGGAGCCGAGGUACGACUGUACAAACACGUGAAUCAAUCAAACAACGUCUGGGUCAGGACCACGUGCAAUUCUGACUUCUGACUGUAGCUCCGGAUGAAUGUGGGGCAAUUUGUACAUGUCCCGCGGUGUGCUGGCAGUGUGCUGACAUCACUAUUACAGAAAAGGAUAAAAAUACAACCAUCAUUAGAUCAAAUGUAUUGACAAAUGGUUGGACCACCAUAAGCUCAUUCUUCUACAUAAUGUGACACCCUAUAAAACAUCUAAGCAAACUUUUUUGAAAUAAUACAUCCAGCUUAUAAUGUUUUUUGAUCAGGGGUACAUAAUUAAUUCAAUAGGGUUUUUGUUGAUUGAUAGGUUUCAAAAAUAUUAUUUUUGAUAUGUUUCAAAAAUGUCAUUUAAAAAUGCCAGAAGAUAAUUCUGGCUCUGCAGGAGUCACAGAGGGGACAAACCUCUUUUACACUAAAGCAGUGGUUCUCCAAGGGUGUGGUGCACCACACAGAUGUGCUAGGAGAGGAUGACAAGUGCGGUAGGAAAAUUCAAGAACAAUCAAAGAAACAUUUAAGCAUUUUAGUGAAGCUCCGUAUAGUAUAGUAUCUGUCCAUGUUUACAUUUUCCCUGCUCCAGAUUCUCUCUUCCACAGUUUGUGGAAUGGUGGACAACAGGGGUGCCUACUUGUCCCCCACAUUGAGGGGGCCCAGCAUCACGUGUUGUGUCCUGCCCCACCUGUUGCACCAGUGCUUCUCUGGCGGUGCAGGAGUUUAGGGAGCAUGGAGGGGGAUCUCCCUCCCUGCGUGUUCUGCCCAGCACACGCAAGUGCUCACCUGACGGCAGUGGGGAAUGGCAGCCCCCUCAAUAUUGGGGGGGGGGGCUUGGCCCUCUGCCCACAAAUAUUGAGGGGGCUGAAGCCCCUUCCGCCCCCUAUAGUUGGCACCCCUGGUGGACAGCGAAAAGAUCAACUGCCCUUUCUUGCUGCUGUUUUUCUGCUCCUUAUCACACCAUUGGAUGAAGUUAAUUAUGUUUUUGCAUAUAACUUGUAGUGGUAAUUGAGUGUCGAUAAACAGGGCUCUCUGCAGGGCUUUUAUCAUGGCCCGGAGAGAUUGAUUUUUUGCUUGUUAUCUGCAUUCCAACUUUACCCAUCAAAGUAAUGAACUUGCAAGUAGAUCAGAGUGCUUUGGUUGUUGCUUUAAUGUACAGGUGGCAUUUCUGAGCUGUUUUCGUUUUCAGAAUUCCUAAGGUUUUUGGUCUUAAGAGUUUAGAAUUUCAUUGAAAAGAUCCUAUAUAAGAGCACAACACUCUUCAUAGCUGCAGAAAGCACCCCACUGAGGUUCAGACUUGAUGCAACUUGAGGAGAAGGUGUUUGAACCCUUUCACUGAUUUAUAUCCACAUCUUUUACCCACUGCCAUGCUGCUAUUAGGUGCAACAGGAGGUGGAUUUUAAUGUGCACCUUCUUCUGGAGUGCUAUUUUGAGGCUGCUAAUAAAUUUAAAUAAAGGAUUUGGGGGAGAUGUCCCUAAUCCCAGAUUUCCUGUGAAGCUUUUGUUUAACCCUUAGUUCCUCACUGGCAGUGUUGCAUUGCAAGUCCUUGGACAUCUGGAAAAGUCCUUGUCUUUCCCAUACCCCAGUGCCAUCUUGUGCUAUAAAUGUGAAUUGCAGCCAUUUAGAAAUCUCUCUUUUACAGAACUAGAUUCAGUCUAUCUAAUGAGAAGGCUGGCUGGAACUUUUAUUGAUUUGCAAUGGUUAACCUUCCUUGUAGUAUAUUUUGGGGUAUGCGUUCAUGACUGCAUGCAUGUAAUUGUCCUCCUUUUUAAAAAAAAUAAAUCUCUGAUAUGGAACCAUCCAAAUGAAUGGACAUACAUUGUUCAACUGGACCUGUAACCCAACCCCCAGAAGAGAGAAGGAUGGCAUGUUGUGGUCCAAGAAGGUAGUCCAAAAAAAGUGUCUUUAUAAAGUCCUCUUACCCAGUUCCUUCAGAAAAUUCUUGGCAGUGAAUUAUAAUUGUGGUGGAAUCCAAGUUGACAGCUUGAUUUAAAGCUUUCCAUAUUACCCAGGUUAAUAACUACUGUUCUUUACUUGUAAAAUGGGAAUGAAAUGGAUAGUAGGUUUCCAACUAUUGCCGCUAUGAUUUCAAAACUUGUGGCUUGUAUGUUAACCCUUACUUUCAUGUAAAUGGUUUCUAGGACUGUGCCUCUGUACCAUAAAUGUGCACAAAGACAACCAGUGGGCUGUAUCCAUCAGUUAUUUGCUUGUUUGUUUGACAAAUACCGCCCUUCAUCAUAAGAUCUCAGGGUGGAUCACAAGAUAAAUAUGCAAGGUAAAAGCACAAAUAAAUAGGUCAAAUUAAAGCAACAACGCAAUAACCCACCCACAAACACGUUUAAAAGGCUGUGGAAUAUUAAACAGCCAAAGGCCUGGUUGAAGAGGAACGUUUUUGCCUGACAGCUAAAGAUAUAUAAUGAAGGCACCAGGUGAACCUCCCUGGGGAGAACAUUCCACAAAUGGAGCCACUGCAGAAAAGGCUUGUUCUUGUGUUGCCAUCCUUUGGACCUCACAUGGAGGAGGAACAUGAAGAAUGGUGUCAGAUGAUGAACGCAGAUGAUUUAUAUAGGGAGAAGCAGUCCUUGAGGUAUUACGAUCCUGUACAAUUUAAAGCUUUAUAGAUCAAAAACAGCAUUUUGAAUUGGGACCAGAAACUAAUUGGCAACCAAUGCAGUCGGGCCAGGAUAUGUGUAAUAUGCUCAAUCUGUCUUGUUCUGGUGAGCAACCUGGCCACCAAAUUCUGCACCAGCUGAAGCUUCCAAACGAUCUUUAGAGGCAGCCCUACAUACAACACAUUGCAUUAAUCCAGUCUAGACGUUACCAGAGCAUAGACAACAGAAGUUAGACUAUCCCUGUCCUGAUAGGGGCGCAGUUGUGCCACCAGCUGAAGCUGGUGGAAGGCACUCUGUGCCCCCUGAGGCCAUCAGAGCUUCAAGGAACAACAAAGGGUCCAGGAGUACCCCCAGGCUACAUGCCUGCUCCUUCACAGAGAGUGUAACCCCAUCAAGAGCAGGCAAUCUCCCACCCAUCCGAUCCACUAACAGUGCCUCAGUCUUAGCUGGAUUGAGCUUCAGUUUGUUGGCUCUCAUCCAGUCCAUUACUGAGGCAAUUCAGUGAUCCAGCACACUCACUGCCUCACCUGCAGAUGGAAAGGAGAAGUAGAAUCAUAGAAUCAUAGAGUUGGAAGAGACCACAAGGGCCAUCGAGUCCAACCCCCUGCCAAGCAGGAAACACCAUCAGAGCACUCCUGACAUAUGGUUGUCAAGCCUCUGCUUAAAGACCUCCAAAGAAGGAGACUCCACCACACUCCUUGGCAGCAAAUUCCACUGUCGAACAGCUCUUACUGUCAGGAAGUUCUUCCUAAUGUUUAGGUGGAAUCUUCUUUCUUGUAGUUUGGAUCCAUUGCUCCGUGUCCGCUUCUCUGGAGCAGCAGAAAACAACCUUUCUCCCUCCUCUAUGUGACAUCCUUUUAUAUAUUUGAACAUGGCUAUCAUAUCACCCUUUAACCUCCUCUUCUCCAUGCUAAACAUGCCCAGCUCCCUUAGCCGUUCCUCAUAAGGCAUCGUUUCCAGGCCUUUGACCAUUUUCAUAGAAUCAUAGAAUCAUAGAAUCAUAGAGCUGGAAGAGACCACAAGGGCCAUCGAGUCCAACCCCCUGCCAAGCAGGAAACACCAUCAGAGCACUCCUGACAUAUGGUUGUCAAGCCUCUGCUUAAAGACCUCCAAAGAAGGAGACUCCACCACACUCCUUGGCAGCAAAUUCCACUGUCGAACAGCUCUUACUGUCAGGAAGUUCUUCCUAAUGUUUAGGUGGAAUCUUCUUUCUUGUAGUUUGGAUCCAUUGCUCCAUGUCCGCUUCUCUGGAGCAGCAGAAAACAACCUUUCUCCCUCCUCUAUGUGACAUCCUUUGAUAUAUUUGAACAUGGCUAUCAUAUCACCCCUUAACCUCCUCUUCUCCAGGCUAAACAUGCCCAGCUCCCUUAGCCGUUCCUCAUAAGGCAUCGUUUCCAGGCCUUUGACCAUUUUGGUUGCGCUCCUCUGGACACAUUCCAGUUUGUCAGUGUCCUUCUUGAACUGUGGUGCCCAGAACUGGACACAGUACUCCAGGUGAGGUCGGACCAGGGCAGAAUACAGUGGCACUAUUACUUCCCUUGAUCUAGAUGCUAUACUCCUAUUGAUGCAGCCCAGAAUUGCAUUGGCUUUUUAGCUGCCGCGUCACACUGUUGGCUCAUGUCAAGUUUGUGGUCAACCAAGACUCCUAGAUCCUUUUCACAUGUACUGCUCUCAAGCCAGGUGUCCCCAUCUUGUAUUUGUGCCUCUCAUUUUUUUGCCCAAGUGCAAUACUUUACAUUUCUCCCUGUUAAAAUUCAUCUUGUUUGUUUUGGCCCAGUUCUCUAAUCUGUCAAGGUCGUUUUGAAGUGUGAUCCUGUCCUCUGGGGUGUUAGCCACCCCUCCCAGUUUGGUGUCAUCUGCAAAUUUGAUCAGGAUGCCCUUGAGUCCAUCAUCCAAGUCGUUGAUAAAGAUGUUGAAUAAGACCGGGCCCAAGACAGAACCCUGUGGCACCCCACUAGUCACUCUUCUCCAGGAUGAAGAGGAACCAUUGAUGAGCACCCUUUGGGUUCGGUCAGUCAGCCAGUUACAAAUCCCCUGAGUGGUAGCAUAGUCAAGACCGCAUUUUACCAGCUUCUUUACAAGAAUAUCAUGGGGCACCUUGUCAAAUGCCUUGCUGAAAUCAAGGUAGGCUACAUCCACUGCGUUCCCUUCAUCUACCAGGCUUGUAAUUCUGUCAAAAACGAGAUCAGGUUAGUCUGACAUGACUUAUUUUUCAGAAAUCCAUGCUGACUAUUGGUGAUCACAGCAUUCCUUUCUAGGUGCUCACAGACUGUUUGCUUAAUGAUCUGCUCCAGAAUCUUCCCUGGUAUUGAUGUCAGAUUGACUGGGCGGUAAUUAUUUGGGUCCUCUCUUUUCCCCUUUUUGAAAAUAGGGACAACAUUUGCCCUCCUCCAGUCUGCCGGGACUUCGCCUGUUCUCCAGGAAUUCUCAAAGAUGACAGCCAGCGGUUCUGAGAUCACAUCUGCCAGUUCUUUUAAUACUCUUGGAUGCAGUUCAUCUGGCCCUGGAGACUUGAAUACAUCUAAACUAGCCAAGUAUUCUUGUACUAUCUCCUUAGUUAUUCUGGGCUGUGUUUCCUCUGCUGAAUCAUUUGCUCCAAAUUCUUCAGGUCGGGCAUUGUUUUCUUUAUCGGCGAAGACUGAGGCAAAGAAGGCAUUGAGGAGUUCAGCCCUUUCUGAGUCCCCUGUUUGCAUUUCACCAUCUUCUCCUCUGAGUGACCCCACUGUUUCUUUGUUCUUCCUUUUGCUACGAACAUACCCAUAAAAGCCUUUUUUGUUGCUUUUAACCUCUCUAGCAAGCCUGAGUUCAUUCUGUGCUUUAGCUUUUCUGACUUUGUGUCUACACGUGCUGGCUAUUUGUUUGAAUUCCUCUUUGGUGGUUUCCCCCUUUUCCAUUUUUGUACACAUCCUUUUUAAUCUUAACUCAGUUAAAAGUUCUUUAGAUAGCCACCCUGGCUUCUUUAGGCACCUUCCAUGUUUCCAUCUCAUUGGUAUUGCCUGACGUUGUGCUUUCAGUAUCUCCCUCUUAACAAACUCCCAGCCAUCAUGAACUCCCUUUCCUUUUAGUAUUACUGUCCAUGGGAUCUCACCCAGCACUUCCCUAAGUUUUAUGAAGUCGGCUUUCUUAAAGUCAAGAAAUUGAGUCCUAGUAUGCUUGGCUGCUCCUUUCCGCUGUAUAGUAAACUUCAGAAGAGCAUGAUCACUCGCGCCUAAUGAUCCUUCCACUUCUACCCCACUAACCAGGUCAUCCACAUUGGUUAGGACCAGAUCUAAAAUGGCUGUUCCUCUUGUUGCUUCUCCCACUUUCUGGACAAUGAAGUUGUCUGCAAGGCCAGUGAGGAAUCUGUUUGACCUUAUGCUCUUGGCUGAGUUUGACAUCCAACAAAUGUCCGGGUAAUUGAAGUCCCCCAUUACUACUAUCUCCCUUCUUUUUGCAUGCUUGGCCAUCUGUUCCAGGAAGGCAUCAUCUAUGUCCUCCGUUUGGCUUGGGGAUCUAUAGUAAACUUCCACAAUGAGGUCACUGUUAUUCUUCUCUCCCUUCAUUUUGACCCAAAUGCUCUCACUUUGGCUUUGAGGUUCUAAAUCUUGGAUCUCUUCACAGGUAUACACAUCCCUGACAUAUAACGCCACUCCUCCUCCUUUCUUGUCUGGUCUGUUUCUCUGAAAUAGAUUGUAUCCCUCCAUUAUUACAUUCCAAUCGUGGGACUUAUCCCACCAGGUUUCCGUGAUGCCUAUUAUGUCAUAUUUAGUUUGCUGUACCAAGAGCUCAAGCUCAUCUUGUUUAUUUCCCAUGCUUUGCGCAUUAGUGUACAGACAUUGAAGUCCAUUAAUCAUUCCCCCCGUGUCUCUUAUUUAAGGAUUUUUCCUCCUACCACUAGGUCUGCAUGCUGUUUGCUCCAUUUGGUCUAUGACAUUUGGAUGAUCAUCUUCAUCAAUUGAUAGACUCCUACCUUCAGGAGCACUGUCUCCCUCCCCCACAUUAGUCAGUUUAAAGCCCUCCUUUUGGUUGCCCUCCUCUGGACACGUUCCAGUUUGUCGGUGUCCUUCUUGAACUGUGGUGCCCAGAACUGGACACAGUACUCCAGGUGAGGUCUGACCAGAGCAGAAUACAGUGGCACUAUUACUUCCCUUGAUCUAGAUGCUAUACUCCUAUUGAUGCAGCCCAGAAUUGCAUUGGCUUUUUUAGCUGCCGCAUCACACUGUUGGCUCAUGUCAAGUUUGUGGUCAAACUUGUAGAUCCUUUUCACAUGUACUGCUCUCAAGCCAGGUGUCACCCAUCUUGCAUUUGUAGAGCAUAAUGUCACCAGCAUAUUGCUGACAAUGUACUCCAAACCUCUGGAUGACUCCACUUAGCGUUUUCAUGUAGAUGUUAAAUAGCGUAGGGGAUAAAAUUGAGCCCUCAGCAACUCCACAUUGAAGCACUCCUCAAGAAUCACGCUCUGGGAGUGACCAUCCAAGUAGGAGCUGAACCACGGCAAAGCACUGCUACCUACCACUAAGACAGCUUAUCCAGAAGGAUACCAUGGGAUCAAAAACUGCUGAGAGGUCAAGGAGAAAUAUUUCUCCUGUCUCUCUCCUGAAUAUGGUCAUUGUGCAGAGUGACCAAAGGAGUAUCUGUGCCAAAAGUAGGCCUUCCUGCUAGUUUUUAUCAGCCAAGAUGGGCGAGGGUCCAGGGUGCAAGUAACUGCCCUGACCAAUCCCAGCAUCUUGUCUGCAUCCUUGAGCCUCCAACUGAAAUUCAUCCAACACAAUGGGACUACACUGUGCUCUGGACACCCCUUGAGAUUCAUCUGCUAUCACAGCAGAGUCAAGUUCCUGGUGGAUGCAAGCAAUUUUAUUCUCAAAAUGCUUUGUAAACAAGUCACAGUGAGCUGCUGUCGUUUCUGCCACCUCCUUCGGGCCAAACUGUAACAGACCCUGCACUAUCCAGAUCAGCUCUGCUGAGCUGCGUAAUGAGGAUGCAAUAGAGGCAGCAGAGUAAGGCUUCUUUUCAGCCUUUACUCACUGCCACUAGGCAGGCUUGAUUAUGCACCAUCACCAGUGUUCGACUGCAUUCAACCAGACUUUUCCUCCGUUUGCAUUAGAGCCAUCUCUAAGCUUGUUUCCUCGCCCUCAGCUCUGGAGUAUACCAGGGAGCGUAACUGGGAUUUGUGAUGUUGCCUCUCCCCUUGAUUCUAACAGGAAGAAGAAUGCACACAACAGCUCUGGCGCUUGGGGUCCAUGCCUGCCCCAGUCCCCCCCCCCUUUUUUUGCCUUUGCUGACAUCGGAGGUUUCUGUGGUGGUGAGGAGCCUUAAGAGGUCUGAUCUACAUCUCUGAAGGGAGAGCUCUCUUUCUUUCUUUCUUUAUUUCUUUUAUUCAAAGUUAUAACAAAACAUAUUUUCCAAAAACAUAUCCUUAUUCCCCCCCCAUUUUUCCUCUCCCCACCCCCCACAGAACCCAUCCCCCCAUCCCAUCCCCGACUUCCCUCAGUUCCAGUCUUUGUUUUCUCCAAUAAUGCUAUUUUCUUCAUGUUACAGAGUUGUAUAGAUCCUCCAACUGUUUAGCUAAUUAUUAUCAGUAAAAAAUUGUGGAUGUUUAUUCAAAACCUGCCAAGGAGUCCAGUUCACUUUGUUGCGUCUUCAAAUACUUUGUGAAAGGUUCCCAUUCAUCCUUAAAGUCACAGUUAUCCUUGUCCCGUAGCUUAUGUGUCAAUUUUGCAUAAUCCAUCAAUUUUUCUUGCCAUGAUUCUUUAGUUGGGAUUUCUUCAGUCUUCCAUCCUUUCCAAAACUUGUAGGUCCUUUUAGUCUGUUCUUAUUUUUAAUCCCAUGACCAUAGUCUUGUUUUCCAAAUCAUAAAUCCACAGGCAAUUAAAGUUCCAAUUCACAAGCAGCUGAGGCUUUGAUUUACCACUCUUAUUUGGAGAGCUCUCCAAUUUCUUUUUGGGGCACUUUAGAAUACUUUAGGAUACUUGGGAAGCUGUUCCAGGCUCUUUUCCACUUUUACUUUGGAGGUUGCCUCCAGAUGUGCAAGAGUUCCCUGCAGGCUUCCUGUCUUCCCCCUUUCUUCUUUAGCUCCUCCAAAUUUUUAUAAAAUUUGCUUAAACCUCCAGCUGUGUAGAUUUCCACUUAUAUCUCAUUGGGUAACUGGAUACAGUUAAAGUUGCAAGCCAUUAGAAUGUGACAAUUCAGUCAGAUUUAGCUGUAGCAAUUCUCCAUAGCAAUAAACAAAGUCGAGUCCCAUUCACAAAAAGAAUCCCUUGCAGAGCCUGUCCGCAAACAUUGGAGACUGACUUCCUCUUUUAUCUCCGUCUCACCAAAUUGAAGUUUUAUGGUCUAAUUACGCCUUUAAAUUGUUUUAUUGGCAUUUACCUCUAAUUAGGAAGGUCUGCUGCUUCUUGGGUGUCGGAAUGUAGCUUUGGCAGGGGCCGCGAUGGUGCCUUGAAGCGUCCUCAAGCCUCUCCCCCUUUCCUCCCGUGUGCUAAACAGGCACUGGGGGGGCCGGGGGCCGAGAAAUUUCACUUUGCAGGAACCCUUGGGUCCCCACACUCCUGUGGGAGUUUUUUGGGGGUGCGCUGAGCUCUGGCACUGCCCUCAAAAGCCUUUCUGCCAGCUCCGUGUCGCAGCCGACACUUAGCACACCGACAUUCCUUUCCGCAGCAGCCGGAAGUCCGGGAGAGCUCUCUUUCCACCUUGUGAGAGAGAUCCAAAACACCCUUUGGCCCUAGGGACUCUUUAAGAUUUUUGCUGAAGAGAGUUUCUAGCUCAGUGGAUUAAUAGGGAAGAGACAAGUUGCAAGAUAUUCUCUCUCUCUCUGUCUGAAAGUUCAAAAACUUGAGCAAAUUUAAUUUAUCAUUUAAGGACAGUUAAGAACAGUUUUCCUUAGCUGGUUUUGCUUGUUUGCUUAAAAAUGUAAGCCUUAUAAAGCAUUACUCACAUGUAGGGAAUGUCCCAUGUUGUCGAUGGAGUGGGGCUGUGCUUUUAGCCCCACAGGAAGGUUGUCGUCUUGGAAGUACUGUGUGUUACAUGUAAAUUGGCAAGAAAUUGGUGGCCCAGCAUAUUAAAAGCAAACCUGGCACUGAGGAUGGUAAAGGCAUAUACAUAAUAUUACGAAUUGCAUGUAGCAAAGGUAAACCCUACCCAACAAUAGCAUCUGACUCCUUAAAGAUUAUCCACAAGGGAAUGCAGCCCAUGGUAGAAAAAAGGUUCCUCACUCCUGAUAUAGAGGCUAGAAUAAGAAUGUGUUUUAAGAAAUUAGUGUUUUCUAUAAUCCCCUGCCCCCCUGCCAAAGUGACUAUGGCACAAACCAUCUGCUUCAGAGUUCCUGUCACUAUUGUAUGUCCAUCUAGAUACAGUGUUUUUUUUUGGGGGGGGGUAAUCAUAAAAAAUGUUUCAUUGUAUUUCUGUUGCUAGCUUCAUGUGUGCCAGUUAUUCUGGGCCAGUGAGGGUAGUCACUUAAGAUGUACCCUUACACAGCAAAAGUGGGCAACCUAUGGCCCAUAGACUGAAGAAUUUGUCGAUAACAGCUUUUAUUUAGAACAAUACUGUAGCAGCAAAAAGCACCCUGUUUGCAACCUUUUUAGUUCCAGAGAGUAGUUUAGAAGUUAAACAAUACAAGUUUAAAGAAGCCAACAUUUAAGUUCUGACUGUUGAGGGUUCACAUCUUUCCUUUAAAAAAUGAUUCAAACAUUUCAGCUAGCACAGAAACAUUACUAAACCUGGGAAUUCCCGUUUAUUGAAAAAAUACAUUAGGUUUCACUGUACCAUGCAGUGGCUGCUUCUUUAGCGGGGGAAGUUGGUUGCUGGAUAGUUCCCCCACCCACAGUGGUUCUUGUUUUUUUGUAGCGCUAGUUUGUCUUUCCUGGUGCUUGCACCUGCCUGCAUUUUUCAGUGCUUCCAAAUUCAAAUAUGACACUUUCAAUUUUUAAGUUGACCAGCGCUGUGGCAGUAUGCAAUUGUAGCUCCAGUGAGACUGUUUGUAUUUUUCCUUGUGCAGAAUGAUUGUCCAACUAUUGAAUAACCUUCAGAGGUGACAUUUUCCCCAGUAAAUUAAAAAAUAAAAACCAGGAAUCCUUGGUGAAAGUAGUCUUUCCCAAAUUUACCGAGUAGUAUUUGGAUCAGACCCAUCUAAUCUAAUACUCUGUCCUCACAGCCGCUAACCCAGUGCCUCUGCUCUCCAGCAACUAGAAUUCAGGGGUAUCCUGCCUGCAGCGCUGGAGGUAGUCUGCAGCCACGUCAGAUGCCAUAAUUUAUUGCCACAGCAGGGUCUUUUUCAGCAGGCUGGUAAGGCAGCUUAUCAGUAUUACCCUACAUACUACUGAAGUAAGCUGAGGCUGAGCGAGUGGCUUACCUAACUCACUCAGUGAGUUUAUGGCUGGGAUGAGUGUUGACUUCCUGGCUCAUGCACAACUGUUUACCUAUCUAUCCUUCUCCCAUUAAAACCCACAUUCAGCUGAAAUGUGUAUCACCCUGUUUGUUUCUAAUUCCUUGAGCCCUGACCACAAAAAGUUUACUCCUUUCCUGAUGUUGAUCCUAAAGGCUAUUCCUCAAACAGCAUUCAGUGCUCUCUACAACAGAGACUGGGAUGACACACCUUUCAGCUCAGCUGGUAGCAUGAAUGGGGAGUUCCCAGAGACUGAAGACAGCAGCUAUUUUGGAGGGGAGGGAAACCCCUCUUACAUCAGAAGGCAAGAAUCUCUAUGAAUAGCAAGAAGGAGGCAGAUUGAGGUGCUGGGAAUGUGGAUCUGAGACUUUCAAAGAGCAAAACAUUUAACCCUUGUAUUGGCUUGAUACUUAGAGCAUUUCAUUCUACUGUGCUCUAGUGCUGCGUCUUAUACAACUGGCUCUGGAAUCCCUGCCUGGCACAGAUUACAAGUGACCUAGAUAAUGCCAGCUGGACCAGCGUCUCCCUUUCUGAGCAUCCCUUCCUGCCUCAGCUGCUGCCAGAGUGACCCUAAAAAAUCUGUGAGGCCAAGGCUUCCAGCAUCACCAAUAAUAAUAUAAUAAUAAUUUUUUAUUUAUACCCCGCCCUUCCCAGUUUAAAAACCACGCUCAGGGUGGCUAACAGCAAAUAUAAAACAUUGAUUAAAAUGCGACUUAAAAACAGCAUAAAAUGCAGCAUCAAUAUCAAUAAAAUUCUAAAAUUUAACCUGGCAUCCUUCUGUCCAAGGUUUUUUCUAGGCCAGCCCAAGGAUUCCUUGUCUGGCACAAUUCUGUUGCUUGUACUUUAAUCUAUAUCCCAAUUAAUCAAAAUCCUACCAUUUAUUAAUUUAUAGAAUUUAGGGAGGUCCCUCCCAAAUCUAUAACAAUAUAUUACGAGAAAUGUGCAUGAAUUGCAUGCAACUUUUCAUGUGAACUUCCUCCCUCCCUCCCUUUCUUUGCAAACUUAUGAAGAAAUGGGGCAAACCGAACUUAAAAUUGGGAAAAGAAAAAACAGUGAGAAAUGGAAGUGAUAGAUUUUCCUAUCCCAACAGUGAGUUGUGUUAUAACUGUUACGCUUGCUUGCAUCAGAGGUAGUUUCAGAGAGCGUCAGAGCUGGCUUCAAAGAGAGAAAUUAUGGGGAAAUCAUGGAAAUUUGACUUAGUCGCUACAUCCACAUAAAGCUCAAUAGUUCAGAGUCUCUCUCACACACAUACAGGUUUAAUCCACUCAAUCACAAAUGUUCCAUAGUUAUUUUACUUCUUUGGGGGGAAACAGUUUGGAAAACAUUACUGAGGAAAACUCCCUCAGUGCUCGCUGAUGUAGAGUGACUGUAUACCCUGCUAGAAUUACAGCUGUUCUGUAAUUAUUUAUAAAGCUAUUGCCACUUUAUAAAUUAUAUACCAUGCUCCUUUUUAUUUUUGUCUUAAUAAGUUUGUAUUAAUUCUGUACAGGAGUUUGAGCUAUUACAAUAUCUCAGCUGUUGCGUAUUCUUUGUUAUCAAUAUUUCAUGUUGUAUUUAUUAAACUGGUAUUAAAAAUGACCCGGGUAUCCUAGAUAUUGCCAGAGGUUAUAAUACAUAUUGCCAGAGUGUAACGGAGAGGCUCCGUCACAUGGAUGCAUCUACUCAGGACUUCCUGUGGUGUGAGCAAAUUGUUAUAAAGCCCUCCAGAGUCCUCCAUAUGUUGCUGGAUUCGAACUCCAUUCAUGGCCACUGGACAUGCUAGCUGGGCUGAUAGGCGUUGGAAUUCAACAACAUCUGAAAGACAUCAUAUUGGCCACACCUGAUCUAGAGUAUGGGCUGAUAGGUGCCUGGUAAAAACAAGCGUUUGACCAGGACACUUGAAAGGAUACAUUUUGUAGAAAAAUAUGUAUCUGUGUGUGUCUGUGUGUUUUUGAUACUAUUCUUCAAUACUAUUCUCAAAUGAUAAUAGCACACUCUGGCAAUACCAUGCAGAUCUCCGCAGGGAAAGAAGCAAUACAACCCAGAGGAGGAAUAAACUUCUUGUGUAAUUUUUUUUUUACUGAGGAUGUUGGUGGGCAUUAUUGUCCAUCUGGUGACACUCUGAAAUGUAAUCCUACAUUAGAACAAACAUACGGUAGUUUAAGCAUGAAGUAUUUAUUUCCAAUGAAAAAUAUGUUAACUCCCAUCUUCUCCCUAGUACAGACAGUGACUGGUUUAGGAACGUUGGAGAUAAUAUUAGUAUUGGCUUUAAUUUCAUAUUCAUGACCUUCUGUUAAUGUCUUGGGGUGACUUUUACAAUAACAAAAUCUUUCUAUGUAUCUUAGGGUUUCUUCAUGCAACCAUCUUGUCUGCUUUGUGUAGGGUGCCAUAUUUCAAAAAGUGAAAAUCUGGACACAAACGUUGUUGAGCUUGUUUUGUUUUGGCAGAAAAAAGUAAGUUUUUGAGCUAUUUUGGGGGGAAUUCACAAAAAAAAAUCAACACUUCCGAUAUGGGCUGCCAUAUGCCCGGAUUUUGCCAGACAUUCUAACUGAUUUCUGAAAAUUCUGCCUGGAUGCUCUUUUUGGCAGACACAUCCUAGAUACAUCCAGGAAAUUCUGGACGUAUGGCAGCUCUAGCUUUGUGAGAUACAUGUAAAGCAUGACCUUACAUUCCUUUUUUAAAAAAAAUUUUUUUUAUUGAUUUUCCAAUAAAAACAGCCAAUCAACAUAUCCGCAUCAUAAUCUUUUUUUAAAAAGUUUUUUAUUUAUACAACAAGAAAAACAAACAAACAAAAAACAUAAAUACCAAAUUACACACAACUUACAAAAAUAACCAUAGACACAUAAUAUUCUUAGCAAACAAUAAAACAUCUAUUGGUCUUAACACUAAAGACCCAACCUCCCGUCUAUUCCAUACUUCAAAUUCAUAUUACUUAUUGCCAAUACAUAUUUUUUUUCAUAAUUAAACUUAUUCUCAUUAAAUCUAAUUUCUUAUAUCUACCUUGCAACUAUUACUGAAGUUCCUCAAAUGCUGAAACAGAAUUUAAACUACUAUAUUUAUUUUUCAGAUAUUCUUUAAAAACCUCCCAUUUAGAAACAAAUUCCUAUCCGCAUCAUAAUCUAAUUAAAAACAAUAAACUAAAAUUUUAAAAAUGACCAAAGACCUUACAUUCUUUAUACUCCAGUGGCCAUGUGUCCACAACCCACAGUCUAUUAUAGGUCCUAUUAAAACAUCUGCCGAAAGCAUUAACAUAUUAAUUAAAUGUUUAUAAAUGGAGUUAACAGAGUUAAAGUGUUGACAGUAGUGAACACUGGAGUCUCUAAUGAACACAACUGAUACUUAAAAUUAAGUGUCCCUCACCCUUGACUGAUUCUCAAGUCUGUAGGCAGUGUUGUGCAAUUUGUGUGUAGGCAAAACUGAGAAGCUUUGUGUAUGUGUGUCAGAGAGAGACCAAGGGUGGCACAGAGAAAUGGACCAAAGAAACGCAUGCUGUGCAUUCUCAUGACAGCUUCAAGGAGCUGAGUAGCAUCUCAGAGUCUGGGCUCAAAGAGUCUCAUAGUACUUGAGGUUUUGAUGUUGAGUCUCUUAAGACUGUUCUAGUAUUAUUUCUCCUGCCUCAUCAAAGUCAGCCCUCUGACCGAUGAGCACUUGCCAUUCUGCCCCACUAAGGAAGUGAAAGCUUUAUUGCUUUGGUAGGUGCUGGAACUGAACUCGGGCAGGAAAUACAACUGGGUUAAAGGUUAAUGUCAAACCUUUCUGCUCUGCCAUACGUCUAAGCUAGUUUCAAGCCACCUUACAUGUUUGCAGAAAUGGUGUGGAGGAGGGGCAUGGUUUAAAUCAGAGGUAGUCAACCUUUUUAUACCUACCGCUCACUAAUGCAUCUUUCUUGAUGGUAAAAUUUCUUUACCGCCCACCAGGGCUUGAUGGAAGGAGGAUUCAGCUUGUGCGUAGAACCCGCCCACCGAGAAUCCUGAAACGCCCACUAGUGGGCGGGAGGGACCAGGUUGACAACCCCUGGCUUAAACAGAACAGGUUAGGUUUGAUAGUGCUGAGAUACCACCAUGAGUUUCUCUUAGAAAUUUUGGUGAAUCAGUUAGGAUGACUCUGCUCUUCUCCACAUUGAGGUUUGGAGCUCUCAGCCACAUUGACAAGCGCCUCUUCCAUAAGCACAACUUUAGAAACAAGUAAAAAGAAAGUUUUUGGUGUACUUUCCCCAAGUCCAUAGUAUACAACCAUCAACAUUAGCUUGUGAAUUUAUUUUUAGAACACAAAGAUUAAUACCAUCUUGGGGAAGAUUUAGCAAGAAAUUCCACAGAAUUUUUAAACUAAUGAAGCCAACUGUCAAUGUAUUUUUAUUUAGGAAAGUUUUAUUUAGGAAAAUGGGGCAGAGGAUAAAGGAAACAAAUCACAUAGACUUCCAAAUAAAACAAGGAAGUCAGUUAAGAUUAGCUAGUUGCAUCUUACCUACUUAGGCUUCAGAGCUUAAUUCCUUUCAGAAAAAAAUGGUCUGAGAGAGGGUUAGUCCCUUUGGUUAACCCAAGCAUUUAACUGAUCUGCGUAGUUCCCAAGGAGAUAAAAGGCUUUGGGGUGAUUCACACUAGUAAAAGCCAAGCUACUUCCUUAGAAUGUGGUGUGGACCAAUGAUAGAAGGAACUUUAUUGUUGAUAUCAGGGAACAAAGGAGCCCAUGAGAAAGUUACUUGGAGAUUGUUCCACCAUUCUAACAGAUUUGCAUUUCGAACAUAAAAGAGCUAGCCAGGGGUCAGCAAACUUUUUCAGCAGGGGGGCCCUUGUGGGGGGCUGGACUAUAUUUUGAAAAAAAUAAAUGAACAAAUUUCUAUGCCCCACAAAUAACCCAGAGAUGCAUUUUAAAUAAAAGGACCCAUUCUACUCAUGUAAAAACAUACUGAUUCCCGGACUGUCUGUGGGCCGGAUUUAGAAGGCGGUCGGGCCAGAUCCAGUUCCCGGACCUUAGUUUGCCUACCCAUGAGCUAGCCAGACCACUCCAACUAUUGGAAAAAAGGAUUAAACUGGAAAAGUUGAUGGAAAAUAAAACUGAAGAAUUGCUUCCAUGCUGGGGUCAGUAGGGGUCUAGAUUCCCAGAUGAGUAGGCUCUGGUCUACUCAGGCUCAGAGGGCUUGGUACAGGGCAUUCAUACAUCAGUACAGAAAGAUACUGACUGUGGAUCGGGGCCCCUGCAUCCCCUGCCUUGCAAUCUGUGGACAAGAGCUGCUGCUUUUAUGCAUCUAUUAACUUACCCUAGCCUACCUCACAGGGCUGUGCAAAUAUAAAGGGUGGUGGGAACACAUGUAAUCUUGAGCUCCUGGGUGGAAAAAGAAGGUACGAAUAUAUGCCACACAGCCCAUAGUGAAACUAUGGAAUUUGCUCCCCCAGGAAGCAGUGAUCGCCACCAAUGUGGAUGGCUUUAAAAGACGAUUAGACAAAUUCAUGGCUACUAGCCAUUGCUAUGCUGUGCCUCCAUGAUCGGAGGCAGUAUUUUUCUGAAUACCAGUUGCUGGAACUAAGGGGGCAGUGCUAUUGUGCUUCUGCCUUGCUUGCAAGCUUCUCACAAACAUCUGGUUGGCCACUGCAAGACGGUGAAGCUGGACUAGAUGGGCCAUUGGCCUGAUCCAGCAGGCUCAAUGUCAUUCACAAAUCAUAUAAACAAAGCCAGAAAAAACAGCCUCAUUGUGCUAACUGCAGUGUUUCAUAUUCCUGAUACUUACAGUAAAAAACUCAAACAAACCAAAGGUUUGCCAGUCCAGAAAAUAAUAACAAACAAAAACCACUCCUAAUUAUGUGCAGUUUCACAACUUCAGUGUCUGAACAACAAAUUCUCAGCCUCGUCUACGUUGUGAAUAUAAAAAGGGAGAGGAGAAGACAAUGUACACAGCCUUGAGGAAUUUAGGAGGAAAAAUAAGCUACAAGUAUGCAGCAAUAGGGAGCAACAAAUAUGUAGAGUUUCACAGCUCUCAGCCACACACCCCUCAAAAAUACACAUUUUGCCAACCUUAAACAAAAAUCCUUAAAGUACACUCUCUGUGGGGUAGAGAGGCUGCAAUAUCACAAUGUUUUUUCAGUAGGAAGGAAAUCUCCUUUAUUUCAAGGGAGUUACUUCUGAGUAAAACAUACCAAAGCUAACCAGUUGUGUUUUAUUCUGUAAAGGCAGUAGACUUGAGGAACGACAUAAUGUGGAUAUGAGCAUAGUGCUUAAACAAAUAUACCCCAGUAUCUGCUCCAUCCAGCUUCUCCUGUUGCUCCGGGAGGGUCCCCUUCUUGUGUCCUAAGUGGAGGUGGUCAGCAUUCCUUCCUCAGGUUGCUUAGCAACAGUGAUUAAGUGAUUGGGCAUCCUUAGCAAUAGAUGUGCUAAAGCAUUAGAGUAGUCUUCACACUCAGUUUUAUGAUUUUCUUUGGAAAUUCUUGUUUGGUUUUUUUAAAUAAAAAAAUGAAAGCUAAUAGACUGGACCCUCUAUUGGCAUGGAGCCUUCUUUAUUUGUACUCCCUGUACCCUCCUGUCAGCAGCCCUGCAGGGAAGUUAAAAGAGAUCAGGCCAUUUAAUGUGAAUCAUAGCCAUGCUAGUUCUUUCUUCAGAAGGAAAGCACUGCUGUUUGAUGCAGUGAUGCUUCUGAAUGCCACUCAUUGCAAGAGUGGAGAGUGCUGCUGCACUCAAGUUCUGCUUGCAGGCAUCCCAUAGACAUCUGGCUGGGACUGUUUAACACAAAUUGUAUACUACUUAAUCAUCAAAAUUUCUAAACAGUUUACAUAACCAGAUUUCAUCAGUAUUUUAAAUUUUAAGUUAUAUGCAAAAUUUGUUGCUAUUGUAUAAUAGAAAAUUCUAUUACUAUUAUUUUUUAAAAAAAAUAGCAAUAAAAUCAGUGUUUAAAGCAUUUGGAACUAAAAAAUUCAAAAUAUAAAAACUUCAGUUUUUAAAAUAUACAUAAUAAAAAUACUUGUCCAGUUCAGUCAUCUUGUCUCACACAAGGGUUGGCUUGAAGCGGCUCCUGUGCCGCUGCCAGGAAUAUUGUAUAACCAACAUUGGAACUGAACUUUGCAAAAUCUAAAGUGCUUGUUUUCUCAAGAUCUUGGAAGCCUCAUAGGUGGGAGAUCAGUGGAAAGCCAUUGGAAUGGGUUAAAAACUUUAAAUACCUAGGCAUCCACUUCCAAUAUAACACUUUCUGGAAAUACAAUUGUAAGCUUGCACUUAACGGAGCAGAUACUCUAAUGUAAGCACUGAUAACUGGGAAACACGGCCCUGUGAGCACUCCAACUGGAGAACAGCCUUUAUCAAAGGUGUCAUGGGCUUUGAAGACUCUCAGACUCAGGGCAAAAGGGAGAAAUGAGCUAAGAGAAGGCACCUUUGGCAAACCCUGACCGUGAUCAACUCCCACUCAGAAACCUAUGUCCCCACUGUGGAAGGAUGUGUGGAUCUAGAAUUGGCCUCACAAGUCACUUACAGACUCGCUGUUCAUGGAAUCUUACUCAGCUACGAGUGAUCAUCAAAGAAGAAAGAAGAAGAGGAAUGCAUCCAAUCCAAAUUUCUGUGCAAAAUCCCGGGGCUGCCAAAUUGUGUGCCAUAUGCAGCCAUGUUUCUGGAAACUGGACAAGGGCUGCUGGGAACCAAAGCGUGGCUCACCGCUAUAAAAUUCUGGCUCCGCCUACAUUUCAUGUCCAACCUGUCGCCUUUAAUUUUCAACAUGCUGACAGAAUGCCACCACUCCAAAUGGUUAGCUUGCAUUGAGAGCAAAAUCAAAACCUGUGGCCUAUCACUCAAGUCGCUGCUUUUGCUCCCACAGUUGGAAGCAUUCCAGACAAUCAAGCGCAGAAUCCUAGAGACUGAAUUCCCAACCCUCAGCAGCGCAGGCAAUAAAAUCUGUUCCCCAUUGGGGUUGGGAAUUCCACCCUCGUUUGGCCAGGACACUCUCUGUUUACAUCACCUUUACAAUUCUCACCUACGCAGAACUCUUUCCCUCACAAGAUGUAACAUCUUACCAGCUGCAAUUUUGCAAGGUAGAUUUUCAGAAAUCCCAUAUUCUGAAAGAUACUGCCCUUGUGUCACAAAACAGGUCGAAUCCAUCACACACGUUUUAUUUUAUUGCCCAUUUUAUAUAAAUAUAUGAUAAUUAUUUGGCCCCCUUAUUGAAGGAUGGGAUUUAUUGCACUGACUCUUCCAAGGUGUCUUAUCUGCUGAAUAAUUGAAGGAAUGACAUUGUGGAGAAUGUGGCAAGAUUUUUGAGUGACGCCAUGAAAUUACAUUACCAUGGGUCCUAAGAGUCAUUUUCGUACCUCAUGAUGUCUAGACAGUUUUAUCCUAAAAUAUCUCCUGCUAUAUUUCGUUUAUUGUGUUGUGUUCCGAUCUAUGUAUACGAUGCACUUUCUCUGUGCCAGUAAAGGAGAUUGAUUAACAUGUCCAAUGUACGUGUAUGGGUAGGCUUGCCUAAACAAAAAACUGCUUUAGCAGGUGCAUAAUAAUAGGGUAACACUUGGCAUUGCUGAAUGCUGACUUGCGUUCCUGGCUUGUUCAGAAUUGUAAACAUGAAACUUAACUAAUUUACAUGAUACAUCAUCUGAUACGUUAUUUUACUUUUCUGUUGAAAAAAAAAUUUAUAAUAAAUAGUACCUGUGCCCCAGCUAAAAGGCAGGAUGCUGUUGUGUGCCAGGGGCUUGUGGUCUAAUACAAGCUCUCUGAGGAAGUGGCUGGGUUCCUGCUCAUAAGUGGAGUCUAACUGGUUGGGUGACUGCCAGAUAUCAGCAAGGACUCCCCCUGCCUCCUCCCUUCACUAUACCACAUGAAAUUAAAAUAGCAGUUUCCAACCCGCUUUGGCAGUUGCAGGAGUUCCCAGAGUUAUUUAAUUUAGUACACAGACUGCAAGUGUAUCUGUCCAUGUGCCUUAGUGAAUGAAUCUUCAGUGAAGAUUUUGCCAGAAUGCAUGAAGAGGAGGAUAGCUGUGUUGAUGUGCUAACCACUCAGUGCUGUUUUGCUAACACUGAAAGGAAAAACAGAUUAUCAUAGCUUACAAAGAUGAAACCAUUGCUGAACUGUACCACCACCUCUGAUAUUAGUGGAAAUUCAGCUGUAUUCAUCUGGUAUAGCCAGAGAUGGAUAGCUCUCUUUCAUGUGCCACCAUUACCGUUUUGAGAGCACAGCAGGCUGUCUUCCAUUUGUGAACAAGCAACAUCCCCUCUCUGUAGUCUUGCGUGAUUUCUGGUUUUUUUUUUUUUAAAUGAUAUUUAUUAAGGUUUCAAAAGAAGGAUACAUAAAUAAAAAGAGAAAAAUAGAAAAAAGAAAAAUACAAAAUACAAAAAAAAAAAACAAUUAAAAACAAUUCCAUCAUUUCAUCACUUCUCUUUCAUUUACUUGUUUCCCGGACCUCCUCAUACCUCCCUUUUUUGUAUUCCAGUUCAAUUUAUUAGUCCAGCAAUUCCUUUCCCUCCUUUUUAAUCCUGAUCCUUAAUCUUAAUAUAUUAUAGCAUUAGGUUUUUACGUAUUGAAAAUCCAAUUUUUCCAUAUUCUUUUAUACCAUUACAGCUAGAAACCACUUAACUUCAAUCCAACAUCAUUCUAACAUUCAUUAAUUUUACAAUAUUUCUGUAAGUAGUCUUUAAAUUUCUUCCAAUCUUCUUCCACCGACUCUUCUCCCUGGUCUCGGAUUCUGCCAGUCAUUUCCGCCAAUUCCAUGUAGUCCAUCAUUUUCAUCUGCCAUUCCUCCAGUGUGGGUAGGUCUUGUGUCUUCCAAUGCUUUGCAAUAAGUAUUCUUGCUGCUGUUGUGGCAUACAUAAAGAAAGUUCUGUCCUUCUUUAACACCGAUUGGCCGACUAUGCCCAGGAGGAAGGCCUCUGGUUUCUUCAAGAAGGUAUAUUUAAAUACCUUUUUUAAUUCAUUAUAAAUCAUCUCCCAGAAAACCUUAAUCCUUGGGCACGUCCACCAAAGGUGAAAGAAUGUACCUUCAGUUUCUUUACAUUUCCAACAUUUAUUAUCGGGCAAAUGGUAGAUUUUUGCAAGCUUGACUGGGGUUAUGUACCACCUGUAUAUCAUUUUCAUAAUAUUCUCUCUUAAGGCAUUGCAUGCCGUAAACUUCAUACCUGUGGUCCACAACUGUUCCCAGUCAGCCAUCAUUAUGUUAUGUCCAACGUCUUGUGCCCAUUUAAUCAUAGCAGAUUUCACCGUUUCAUCCUGAGUAUUCCAUUUCAACAGCAAGUUAUACAUCUUUGACAAAAUCUUAGUUUUGGGUUCUAACAAUUCUGUUUCUAAUUUUGAUUUUUCCACCUGGAAGCCGAUUUUCUUGUCCAAAUUGUAUGCCUCCAUUAUCUGAUAAUAAUGAAGCCAGUCUCGCACUUUGUUUUUAGUUUUUCAAAACUCUGCAGUUUCAAUCUAUCUCCAUCUUGUUCCAAAAUUUCCCAAUAUUUCGGCCAUUUGACCUCCAUAUUGAGCUUUUUCAGAGCUUUUGCUUCCAUCGGUGACAGCCACCUUGGGGUUUUAUUUUCCAAUAAAUCCUUAUAUCUUAUCCAAACAUUAAACAAUGCUUUCCUGACAAUAUGGUUUUUAAAUGCUUUGUGUGCUUUGACCUUAUCAUACCACAGAUAUGCGUGCCAUCCAAAUACAUUGUUAAAGCCUUCUAGAUCCAAAAUGUCAGUGUUUUCAAGAAGCAGCCAUUCUUUCAACCAGCAGAAAACUGCUGAUUCAUAAUAAAGUUUAAGGUCUGGCAGGGCAAAUCCACCUCUUUCCUUUGCAUCUGUUAGUAUUUUAAAUUUUAUUCUGGGCUUCUUGCCCUGCCAGACAAAUCUAGAAAUAUCUCUCUGCCACAUCUUGAAACAGUCCAUUUUGUCCACAAUUUGCAAUGUUUGGAACAAAAACAGCAUUCUAGGCAAUACAUUCAUUUUUACUGCAGCAAUACGACCCAGCAGUGAAAGCUUCAAAUUUGACCAAAUUUCUAAAUCUUUUUUCACUUCAGCCCAGCAUUUUUCAUAGUUAUCUUUAAAUAAGUUCCCAUUUUUUGCUGUCAUGUUAAUCCCCAGGUAUUUAACUUUCUUAACCACUGUUAAACCUGUCUCAUUCUGAAACCUCUCUCUCUCCAUUGGUGUUAAAUUUUUCUCUAAAACCUUGGUUUUUAACUUAUUCAAUUUAAACCCUGCAACUUGACCAAAUUCUUGAAUCAGUUCUAAAACCCUUUUGGUACUAGAUUCUGGCUCCUGUAACGUCAGUACUAAGUCAUCUGCAAAUGCUCUCAAUUUGUACUGUUUGGCUCCGACCUGUAUACCUUUAACCAACUGGUCCCUUCUUAUCAUAUUCAGCAGAACCUCCAGGACCGAUAUAAAAAGCAAUGGGGAGAUUGGGCAACCUUGUCGUGUCCCUUUUCUAUCUUAAAUUCUUCCGUCACCACAUUAUUUACAAUUAAUUUAGCCUUUUGUUCCGAAUAUAUUGCACUUAUACCAUUUUCAAAACCUUGGCCUACCCCCAUACCCUGUAGGUUUUUUUUCAUAAAAGUCCAAGAAACAUUGUCAAAAGCUUUCUCCGCGUCCACAAAUAUUAAAACUGCCUUAGUAUUUAUAUUCACUUGUAAUUUUUCUAAAAUAUUAAUUAUGUUUCUCAUAUUAUCAGAUAGAUGUCUUCCUGGGAGAAAGCCUGCUUGGUCCUUGUGUAUCUCUUCCACUAAGACUCUUUUUAAUCUUUCUGCACUGCUCUGGGAGAAAGAAAGCAACGUGAUCUUCCAAAUGCUGCUUCUCCAGCUUUAUCUACAAACAGCUUGAAUUUCUGCUGCAGUAAUUAUAGCCUGAAGAUCUAGGCACUUCCUUUGGAAGACCUCCCAUAUUUUUCUUUAUCAUAGCUGCCAGAUUCCCCUCCCUGUGAGGAAAAGGGAGAGGUGGGUGGGGGGGUUGGAUGGAGGAGGCCUUUGUAUUAGAUCUACCUGUGUGAAUUUUGUGGUCUGCAGUGUCCUGUAUCUUUCCAUGUUCUAGGAAUAGAUUUCCUGUAUGAAUAUUGUGCUGAUCUACUUAUCAAAUCUGGACAAAAAUUAGUGCCUAAGCAUCAGUCUCAGGAUUUUCUUCAUCCCUUCAGGACUGAAGAGAGAGCUGCAGGUAGCUAAGUACUUGGGUGUCUGAGCAAAUUUGCAGCCCUAUUUCAGUCUCUGGAAGUUACCAUAUUUUUUGCCCCAUAGGGUGCACCUAAUUUUUUUGGGGGGAAAUAAAGAAAAAAAAUAUAUUUACCCCCCCAGGCACCGGGCUAGCCCGAGCUUCCCCCGACCCCAGCCCCCGGAACAGGCUGCUAUCCGCAAGCCUAGGGAGCCCGGCAGGAAGUCGCGCCGGUCUCCCCAGGCUUGCGGAGAGCUGCCUGAAGUCUGGGCUCCAGGCUUCGGGAUGCAGGCAGCUCUCCGCAACCCUGGGGAGACUGGCGCGACUUCGCGCCGGGCUCCCAAGGGUUGCAGAGAGCUGCCCGAAGCCCGGGGCAUGCUCCGCUGCGCUCCCCAGGUUUCGGGCUGCAGGCUGCUGUCCGCAAGCCUUGGGAGCCUGGCGGGAACUCCCGUGGGCUCCCCAGGCUUGCGGAUAGCUUCCUGAAGCCUGGAGAGCGAGAGGGAUGGGUGCGCACCGACCCCUCUCGCUCUCCAGGCUUCAGCGAAAGCCUGCAUUCGCCCCAUAGGACGCACACACAUUUCCCCUUCAUUUUUGGAGGGGAAAAAGUGCGUCCUAUAGGGCGAAAAAUACGGUAUUUUCUUUGAGCUGCUGCUGCCUGUUACUUCAUCUUCUUUGCCAGAGCAGAAAAGUUUUAACAGGGGGUGAACCAAGCUCUUGAAGAACCAAGCCUUGUAGUUCCUCAUCGUUAUGUCCUCCCUCUGAACAGUCAAAUGGAGGGUGGGGAGCAAAAAAAACCCCAACCCUGGUUUUUUAGCAGGGGAGAAUGGAACAUCAGCUAUAUAAAAAAAGCAGUAAAACAUUUUCUGUACUAAUUUUCUGUAUGGGGCUGUACUCUUAUAUGAUUUUUUUUUUCACUUUCAAAGAUGAAUAGAAAGGCAGUGAUUUAGGGCUGGUGUUUAUUUACAUUGUUUUUGUUGGGGAAAAAUGUGUUCAGUUCUUCCAAUACAGGAGUAUGUUGUCCUAAAGAAGGCCUUCCUGGUGCCCAGUACAAUGGCUUCAUAUUAACAGUGCAGGAGAUGUCUGCAAUAAAUCUUAGGAAUUUUUGAGGCUCAACCCAUUAAUAGCCCAUAAUCAUUUUGUGCUACACCAGAGAGCUCAAAUUUCUUGUUUCUAUCUACUGAAUCCCCAGUAGACUGAGACUGUGCUCCCAAAAGAUGUGAUGGGUGGGUGUGCUUUAUAAGUGUUGUUUUGGCUCUGUGCUGACUGUAGCUGUAGUUGGAUGAAUCGUUCCAGUGCUUUUUUCUUUUAAAAUGUUUAGGGGUACUCUCAUUUUCCUACUCAUAUUGAAAUACUGCCUCUCAAUGAGGCCAAACUUAGAUUCACAAAAUGUUUAGGGAUAUGUGUACCCCUGCGUCCCCCCCCCCCCAGAAAAAGAGCACUGACUUCACCCAUACAUCCUUUAUCUAUUUUGCUCUGAGGCAUACUUAGAACUAAUGUGAGCUUUUCUUUCCCUUGCAGGGAAGAAAGAUCUGAGGACCAAGACUUACAGAGUCCCAAGGAUAAGUCGCCAAAAGCCAAAAAAUUCAAAAAGGAGCGGAAAGAGGAAAAGCAGCAUGAGCUUGCACAGCCUUCUGCAGAACCAGCUGAAGCAGGCAAGGCAGAGAUGUCGGAAGGAGCUGGGACUGCUCCAGCUGUACCCGAAGCCUCUGCGUCUCCAAAACAGCGCCGUUCUGUCAUCCGGGACCGUGGGCCGAUGUAUGAUGACCCCACCUUGCCGGAAGGCUGGACCCGCAAGCUUAAGCAGAGGAAGUCUGGUCGCUCAGCGGGGAAGUAUGACGUCUACCUUAUCAAGUGAGUGACAGUGGAGGAUGUGUAUUGCUCACAACAUGUACUGCUUUUCAAGGCUUAAAUUGAAAUCAGUGCUUAGGUCUAGUUCCAGAAUUUGAUUUGUGCCAUGCUUCAGCCCUGGAACAUGUGGCAAGAAGUGCCUCUGAGCAUGUGCAAUGCCUUCUUCUCACCAGUAAGUAACCAUAACUAGUCCCCACACUCUCUGGCCUUCAGGUCUGGGAGCAUAACUUGCAGACCAUAGCUCUUGCUGAACAUUUGCUUGUUGUGAGCUCAACUAGUUGGUACUUUAAUUCUAUUGAAUCCCACAGUGUGAGUGUAUGUGCAUUUUAACUCCCCUGUACCAUUUCAGAUUGCAGGUGAAGUUAACGUCAUUUUCCCCUUAACAUUUACCUUCCUUACAUUAAUAAUUUCCUAAAAAUGGAAAAUUAGUACAGCUGCCAAAGUCUCUAAAAACCUACUGACAGCCUAAGCAUACUUUCUGCUUUGUGUUACUUUUGAAAAACUAAUUUUGAAUCCAUGCACUGAAUGAAGGGGAAGUUUCAGCCAUCGUCAUUUGAUUAAAAAAGGUAACAUUUUUCUUUUUCCUCAUGUUUGCCUGAAAGCAUUAGAAAGACCACCUGCAUCCAUUUUCUCAUAAAAUCUCUGCUCAUUCCCCAUCAUAGGGCUCAAGCACAACUCUAUUUGCUCUGCUGCUUCCCUUGAACUGAAUCAGACCAAAUGGCAAUCAGGUUUUCUGUGGAAUGUCAUUUGUUCUGAUUCAGUGGUAAAGAACGUGUCUUCCAGGGGAAAGCUGCAGAGCAAAUGUAAAACUGCUUGGACCUGUGCCUAGAAAGCACAGGAUAAGUGGAAAACCGCUCAGACCCAUCCUUUUCAGGCAUGGGACAAGCGAAAGUGUGGAUGAGCCCCUAGUUGCAAGACUAGGAUUCUAAGUCCACCAUCAGGCUCAGCAUACAUAGGAAGCUCAAGCCAUAAUAAUUGGUCUCUGUAGCCCAGUAUUGUCUGUGCAGACUGGCAGCAAUUCUCCAAGGUGCUUCCCAGCUGAAGAUGAUGUGAUAGCACCCAGGGCAGUGGCUAGACAGAUUUCUCAGUGAGAUUCAUGAGCAGGGUUAUCCCUGUUAUCUAGCAGUGGAGACUGCACAUCGUUAAAUCCAGCAGCUAGCCUUCCUGUGACAUUGCACACGAAACACAUACACACACACACCAUUUUAGAAGAAGCUAAAUUUACCCAGCAGUGAUUGGCUGUCCACUGUGACAGUCAGGAAACCACUUCCCUCUCCCACUGAAUUUAAAGUGGGAAGAAAGAAGGGAUAGGCCUGAAAUAAUAAAGCAUCAGAUAAACUUUUUUUAAUCAGAUAAUAUACCAGGUGUUUGUAGGGAAGAAACCCCAAAACAAAAUUAACAAACUAGCUGUCACUCUCCUUCCACCACCACCACCCCGCCCCCUCCAGAUGCCAGGUACAGAAGCAAAAGUGAGGAGAAACAGAGCCUAGCCUACAGAAAAGCAAUCAAACGACCUCACACCCUACUUCUUUCUUAAGUAUGUUUGUUACCAAUCUGAUGGAUUUAUUGGACACCUCCAUAAAUGUUUGAUUUAUUCAGUUAAGUACCGAGCAUGUACAAGGUUGUCCACUACAGGGUUUUGUGCACCUUCCUCAAAAGCAGAGACUUUUUCAAGUCAGGAAGUAAACUUGAAGUAUGCAUUUGUAGUGUAAUUCCAUUAAUUUUCCUUCUGUUCUUCCUCCCCUCUCCCUUUUUCUUUUUGUCCUUUUUCAUAUCUCCGGCUCUUGCAAAUGCAGCCCCCAGGGCAAGGCCUUCCGCUCCAAAGUUGAGCUCAUUGCCUAUUUUGGAAAGGUGGGGGACACCUCUCUGGAUCCUAAUGAUUUCGAUUUCACGGUGACUGGACGUGGGAGUCCGUCACGGCGAGAACAGAAGCCUCCGAAGAAACCCAAAAUCACUAAAACGGCUGGCACAGGUCGCGGGCGGGGCCGACCAAAGGGCAGCGGCUCUGCCAAGCCCCGAGGAGCUGCCUCGGAAGGUGUGCAAGUGAAGCGGGUGAUUGAAAAGAGUUCUGGAAAACUGCUGGUCAAGAUGCCUUUGCAGUCCUCUCCAGCAGGAGCCAAGGCAGAAGGCACUGGUGGGGCCACCACCUCCACACAGGUCAUGGUGAUCAAGCGUCCUGGGCGCAAGCGGAAAUCUGAAUCGGACCCCCAGGCUGUGCCUAAGAAACGGGGGCGUAAGCCAGGCAGUGGAGCAGCAGUGGUAGUUGCCGAAGCCAAAAAGAAAGCAGUCAAGGAGCCGGUUGUCCAGGCGGUCCGGGAGACAGUGCUGCCCAUCAAGAAGCGCAAGACACGUGAGGCUGUUAGCAUAGAGAUAGCCAAGCCAAGCCCACCUCCUCCAAGCAACACUGGGGAGCGGAGCCCCAAGGGACAGCGAACGGCUGCCAAGAGCCCAGGGCGCCGCAGCAAGGAAAGCAGUCCUAAAGGGCGGGGUGGCAAUGCCGUACCAACCUCUGCCCCUUCCUCCUCCCCUGGCAAGAAGGAUCAGCACCAUCCUCCCCAUCAGCCGCCUUCGGAGGCCCAGGGCAGCUCCCCUUCUCAGUCCCCUGAAAGCCCCAAGGACAGCAGGAGCCUUCCAGCUGAGCCCCAGGACUUGAGCAGCAAGAGCUGCAAAGAGGAGAGGGCUCCGGAAAGUGAUGGCUGCCCAAAGGAGCCACCUAAGACUCAGCCCAGCGGCACAGCAGUGCCCUACAAACAUGAGCGCAAAGACACUGUGUCGUCCUCCGCGGCCUUGCCCCGGCCCACAAACAGGGACGAGGCCGUGGACACCAGGACACCUGUGUCAGAGCGGGUCAGCUGACUUUGAGGGGGGUGAGUGAGCAAGUGAGCGCCAGAGGAAACAAAGAGAGAGACAGGCACUCCCAGCCCCCCAUACCCAGAUGAGACUCCAGGCAGCUGCUGGGCAGGACUCCCCUUUUCCCCAGAGUGCCCUGGCUUUCAACCAUUCAGCUACUCCAAAACUAUUAUUCCUCUGUUCCAAUCCUUCCCCCAUUUUCAAUACAGACAAGCACAGUGUGGGGUGCAGAGACAUGCCUCCCAGAGCUGGAAGCCACUUUGCACUUUUUCUACAGAAUGGGGGCACCUCUUCUCUCCCCCCACACCCCCACCAGCCCCUUCUGCCAUGCUUUGCUGCAUAUACUACUGACAAGGCAAGCUGUUUGGCAGGGGAGGGGCAGCUCCAAACUCUGGCCUGUCGCCCUGAUCCUGCUUGCCCUCCGUAUUACAGAGGCCUGGUGGACAGAUUGUGGGGAGGGUGGGCAUGUGUGUAUUCCACUCCACCUCCCUAGUGCCAUGUAAUGUAGUUGUCCAGUCUUAGUUGGAUUUCUGUAGUUUUCAGUAGGAUGUGUGUGUACACACGAGAGAAAGAGAUGGGACUAUGGCGUACUGGGGAACCAAUAUCCCCCUUUUGCCAAUUAGACCAGCAGAUAGGAAAGUUUUUCUCUCCCCCAAGGACAGUUGUGCUGCUAAGAGACCACUGGGAUACUGGGGGCAACUUUGUAAGAAUGUCCUCCUUUCCUACGUCUAUCCCAAAAGGAGAGGCCUUUUGAUUUUGUUGAAGCAAUCUGAGUGUGCUGAAGCGUGUACGUGUGUGCGUGUGCUUGUCAUAUGCUAAGAGUUAAAAUGAGAUGUUCUUCCAGUUCUUGUCAAUGAUGUUAGUUUAGGGAACUGUUUGCACUAAUGGAGGCCUUUGCCCACCUUCUGUGAGGCAACGGCAUGAAAGUGUGUGCCUGUGUGUAUUGGAGCAGGACAUUUUGAUGGAAUUCUGGCUGACCUCUCCACCUUAGUUCUGGGGCAGGAAGGUAGCUGAAUGUUUCUAAAACUACCUGAUCUUCUGUGCUGGGAUUGAUAUGUGGCAGUGGCUUCACCGAGAAGCCUAGUAUUUGUCAUUUACAAGGACUUCCUUAUGGCUGGCAACCAAGCUCUUCCAUGACAGUUGAGCACACCUCACUCCCCAGGGACAGAGAGCUCAGCAGAAGAGUAGUGUACCUUGGGGAGGGGACUUGGUUUCAAAUGGAUGUCUCCUUUGUUUUGUUUUUCUGUCUGCAGAAGAUAGAAGAGGAGGGGUAGGGAAGCAUUGACCACUUCAGUGUGCUUAUUUUUGUUUUUAACUGCAUAUGUAGUACAGACAGGAUCUGUGCCCCCCUCCAUUCUAGGCAGUAGCAAAGUACCCCAAGAACAAGAUGGGGGAGUAUGGGUCCAAGCCAGCAGUCUGGGCAGGAACUAGAAAGAGUUAUCUCUGAAAUUGUUGUCACUUUGUGGUGGUGCAAAAGGAUUAGAACAAGCCCCAUCUUGUUCUGCAGCUCUUUGAGGGCCAAAAUAGAUAUGAUUCUGGACCUUCAUGAUCAGAUUUUUAUUUAUUUAUUUUAAAAAAAAACAACUUAAAGCCGCAGGAGGCUCUGCUUUUGAUCACUGCAGCAGUGCUUAGGAAGAGGGUAUUUAACUCUCUCCUUCUCAUCCAACCCCUGUGCUGGUUGUCUUUGGUGCAUACACACCAUACAGUGGUACCUCUGGAUGCAAACGGGAUCCAUUCCAAGCCCUGUUCGCAUCCUGAGCAGAACGCAACCCGUGUCUGCGCAUGCGUGGGUUGUGAUUCGCCACUUCUGCACAUGCGCGUGACGUCAUUUGAGAGGCUUCGCAUGUGUGAGCGGCGAAACCCGAAAGUAACCCAUUCCGUUACUUCUGAGUCGCUGUGGAAUGCAACCUGAAAAUGCUCAACCUGAAGCAUAUUUAACCCGAGGUACGACUGUACAUAUAAAGCACAUGACUUCCCCAAAGACGCCUGCCCCUAAAAAGAGCCACAAUUCCCAUCACACUUAACAGGUUAAAGUUCCCAGGAUUCUUUUUUUGGGGGGGUGCACUUUAAAUGUUCAAUGUGUACACAGCUUAAUUCCCAUCCCAUCCAAGCUGCUAUUUUCCCUGCUUGUGAGGGGAUACAGGUACCUGCACAGUACUGUCGUCCCCCCCCCCCCCCCGCAUAAGAGGGGCAGAAUUUAGAUCAAGAAAAUGGCCAUGUGGCCAGUAUAGCCACCCUCUCCCUCAACACCUCUUUUCCAAUAAAAAUUGGAGCCUCCUGCAGAUUCUUGGAAUUAAAAAUGUUGAAGGAUCUCGCUUUAGGCUCUCUGGAGGCAUGCCUAUUUUGGGCCCUUAGAGAGAGACCUCCGUGUGGAGACAACUGAUUUUUAUGUUUCCCCUUCUUGCCUAAAUAUGCACCAGAUAAGUAGAGUAAAAUUCCUUCCAUGUGUGGCAACUGUCAAAAGACUCCCCCCCCCUUGCACUUACUAAGUAUAGAUAAAGGGUAAUGCACUAGUCAUAACUGAGAGACUCCAGGUUCAUAGUGGGAGGACCAGUUAGGAUUGGGACUACCUUCACUGCAACAAUUUACUGAAUUGCUCAUUUUUGCUUGGCUUCCUGCGCUGGCACCACAGUCAAAGCCAAAUUUUGAUUUUUCUUUUCUUCCCAUGUAUAUAACUCAGCAAUUGGCAGAAAGGUUGGGGAUGGCUUCUAAUUUUUGUUCUUCUGGGAGAAAUCCUGUGCUAGUGAUUGGACCGAAGUCUGCUGCUAAUCACAGACUCUGGAAUAUACCCACCCACACCCGCUCUAAGGGUAAGGUAACUAGUCUGAAGGCCAGUUCAUCAUUCACUUGGAUGGAAGUGGCUGUCUGAGGUACUGCUGUGGAAACAUGGUAGAAAGUACAAGGAAGUGGGGGAGAAAAUGUCUUUGUGAUAACUAAAAAAAAAAACCCCAACAACUUCUCAAAGGGCUUUUCUUUGAUUAUUUUUUUUAAAGGCACAAAUAUAAUGGGGUGGGUGGGUGGGAAAUGAACAAGUAUUCACCAGGCUAUGGGAAACCUGGGGUGGAGAAAAUAUAGUUCCCUUUGGUCUCAAGUUCUUUGGGGAGGUUUUUUCACCUGAGGCUGCAUCUGACAGGUCCAGGAUGAAUUACUGUCCAGGCUCCAACCUCCAAGUCCGCAUGAGAAACCCUCCCUCAUUUACUAAUUCUUUUGAGUUAUGAAGGGUUUUUCAUAAAUAGAGAACAGAACUUUGCACUUCACUCCACUCCGGGACUGCCACUGGUUUGACGUGUUUUGAAUCUGCAGUGCACUGCCCCUGGAAAUGAAUAAUUGCAGCUAAGGUUUCCACAGAAGUAUCAUGGGUGCAGCAGCUAGGCAUUGCCGUCCUGAAAAAAACAGGGCAACCUUGGGACUAAAUAAUGGGCAGAAUAAAAAUAGUGGUGGCAGCAACCCUUCCUUUCUCAGAAUGGGCCUUCUCUGAAAUUCCACUCAGUCCAGCUGAUGACUGAGAGUCAGACUGGGUGGCAGCAAAUCUGUAUUUGCUAAAAUGAUUGUGUAAGCAGGGGAGAGAUAACGUGGGCACAUGUAUGUGCCUCUUGCUUUCUCCUUGCACACCCUCUCUCUGGCACAUACACUUCUCUGCUCAGCUUUCUUCCCAGCUAAGAUCUGAUUACAUGUUGGAUCAUAUGGGAUGGGAGAACAGUGCCUGUGAAGAGGCGGCAAGGGGUUGGUAAGCAGGCCCAGGGUGGGUUCAGGUUCCUCCACCUGCUUCAUGUGUGCUGUUUUUGCUCUGAAAAUUAGACCCACACCUCCUGGUUCUAUGCAUGGCUGGGGACAGAUGUGUUUAAACAAGAAGAUCUGCCACUACCAUGUCAGUUUAACCCUGAGAGUGCCCUUGGUCUAAACUUCCUUCAGGUGCAGGCCAUUGUUGCAUUCCACUACCUUUCUGGGAUUCAUAACAGCCUCUCUUAUGCUGCAAAGUGGAGAUCUAGCUUUGCAGGAAACACACCCAGCAUUUGGAGCUAUCGGGCGGUAUGUUUUGCUACCAUACCUAUGUCUUCUGUAGACUGCCACAGGGAAUCAAUGUUGCCAACAUUAGGCUUUGAAGAGGUCUCUUCGGGCUUUCCUCACUGUUUGGCAGAGACCAUUUAGAAAACGUGGCUCUUUCUGUCACAGAUAGAUGUGACUUCACCUCUGUGUUCCAAAAUUAUCCCAGCUUCAAAAACAUGUACAGGUGGCAGACCUCCCAGCUGCUUCUUACUGUCCAAAAGCAAAUUGAUUUGUUGAGGCAGGCAAUUGCCCUCAUGGGAGAAAUAUUUUAUUUCUUUUUGGUUGUUUUUUCAUGGAGAGAUUGAUGCACUUUAAAGUCAAGAGAGAAAAAUAGUCUGUCUUCAAUGAGCCACAAGCCCAUUGCAAACCACAUGGUACUGGCAGUGAGGGUAGAAGGGGUUAUGAGCCAUAUGUAGCCAACUGGGGAGACUAAACAAAAGCUACAAAUAGAGAUCCAUAUAUUUUUUAAAAGAAAGCCUCCGUGUACAACUUAACUGAAGUUAGAUGUUUUUGGAUAGAAAAUGUGUCUAGGGGCAAGUGUACAUGUUGGAAGAUACCAAGCUAGAACAGCAAUACCCAGUUCCACACUAGAACCACCCCAAUGCCUAAUCACAAACCACAUCUAGGUUUAAAGAGCUUGCAAAACCAUGGAGUAUCCUGAUCCCAUGUGUCCACAUUCCAGACAAGUGAAAGGAUGGCAUCUUCAUGCCAUUAUCCUCCUUCUUGGUGUGAUGUAGUACUGGAAAAAGAAGAGGGGUAGAUUUUUGUCAGUGAUGUAAGGCCAAACUUGAUGUUGGUGGCAGACCUGGGUUUCUUCCAGACAACUACAAAGUGGCCAGAGCAGGGAGUUUCUUUGCACUGGAGAAACAACAACCCGGAAGAAGGUUAUAAUCCUGCGUGCCUUUUUCCCUUCUCUCUCUUCUCUCCCUCCCCCCAACUGCUGCAGUUGGCAUCCUUUCUGCUGCUCCACUUUGCAGUUGUUUUCACAUCUGGGUCUUCCACCAAAAAUUUACCGUAGUUCAGCCCAAAGAAAAAAGAUCUUCAAAGUGCAAUGAAAAGUUAAUAGUGGGGUGUGAAGUAAGUCCUGGCCUCUCCCCAUCCCCCACUAACCUAAUGAUGCUAUUGCUGCUGGCUGCUUCUCCCAGAGUGAGUUACAACAGUUGUAGUCUGGCAAUCUAGGUCCUCUUAUUUACAGGGAUAGAGAGUUGUGAGGUCCACCUCUGCUCCCAGCUGUGCCCACUUCCACCCAGCUCAGCCUCAAAGACGAAUGUGGAUAGUGCCUGGCGUUUGAGAGACUGCGCAAAAGGUUUCUACCUUGUUAGCAUUGUGAACCACCCAAUGUUUCUGUGUCAAGUGAAAAUAAACUUUUUGUCGGUUUCAAUUAUUAUCCAAUAAUGUGUAGAGUUUAACAUUAGGCCUAACUCUUUUGUUUGGGGAUUUACUUUCUGUUUGUUUGUUUGUUUGUGUGUAUGUGUGUUGUUUUUUUUAAGGCACCCAAGUAGACACAGAAAAAAUGUCUAAUUUUAUAUAUCUGUAUAUUGCAUUAUAAAUGAGGGGUUGCUUUUUCCGCUUAUUGCACCACUAUCAAACAAAAGGACAACAGACCAACAAGCAAGGAAUGAUAUGGUCUGUUGAGAAUUUAUUAUAUGUUGCUUCUUGACCAUUUUUCUUGGUAUUUGAUAUCAUAGGACAAGGGGAAAUAAAACUGACCCAUCAAACCUGCCUGCCAGUAAUUUUUCUCCAUUACAGAGCUGAACUGCCUUUUAACCCUGGCUGUUUUCCAUUUCUGAAAGGGGGUUUCCUCUCUUGUCUCAAGAGAGGAAAACCAACAAGGUGGUUGAGUAUAGCCAACAUUUUAAUUUUUUUGCACUCCGUCAACUUCUAGGGCAGAGCACUCAUUUGGGAAAGGAGGGAGGACAUAAGGAGGGACUCCAAUUGACCAUACAAACCUAUAUCCAGUUGGACUUGAAUCUUAACAAGCACCAUUAGCAUGAUUUGUCUGUGUCAGUUAAUGGCCACUUCAGUAGCAAAAUAAUUUUGCAUGAUAGCAUUGCUGUUUGAAAACUCCUUUUGGUUCUCAGCUGAACCCCCAAGUACUGUUCCUCUAGUCUAGAGCAUAUCUCUUCCUCCUUACAGAAAACAAAAUUCUUGUUAAAUUCCACACACAGAGAGGGAGAGCACUCCUCUGGCAUUAGGCAUGAAUUGGCAACACUCCACAUACCUCUCCCCUCCCACCAACUGAAAGCAUGUCGCACACUCCUUUCCCCCCUCAGUUUAGCAGAAGUCCAGAUCUCAUUUCCAAAGGCCUUUGGCCGGCACAAGUGCUACGUAAUUCUCAUCUUGCUUACAUUCAGAGGCUGCUCCAGAAAAGGGAGCAAAGAAGGAGUGUCUGGAGGUUGAGCUUUCUUUCUCAUACUGCAGUCUUUCCAAACAGAAAGAAGUCAUUUCACAAUCUAUAUUUUUUAAUUCAGACAGCGUGGACAGGGAAUUAUUCGAGUAGGAUUUUGCGCUUCCCGUCUUCCUGGCGCUGCCUAUGCUUGCAUGACUGAUAAUCUGGGGGCAUUAGAUUUGCUUUCUAAUAAAUAAUUGUAUAUAAAGUCUAAAAUGUCCAAGUGCUGGUAGCACCAAUGAUAAUGGGACCCUACUGGCAUUCAUCAGGUCAAAGGCUGAGUCAUUCGAAAGCUUGCUAGCACUUCCCUACCCAGAUCUCGCCACAUCCCAAAAGGGACCCUUAGGAAGAGGGCUGGGUAGGACAGUUUGCUCUCUGCCAACUUCCACCCGCAAGUUGCCAAAAUCAGCAAUAUUCUGAGGUAGUAGCUUAAAUCUGCUGUUCUUCCAAAAUAAAUAUAUCUAGACAAGUGCAGAUGACACUUCUGGUGGGCGGGGAAUGAAGACUAUUCUUCCGAACUGAAGUAGGGAGAGGGGAUUUCUCACUCCGUAGAUCAACUUGCAUAAGGCUUUCUUCCAAUCAAGGGCCCAGAGUUCCUUUUCCAAGCUCUGCAGGUUGGCCGUGUUUGCUGCAGUUGUGUGUAGCUGCACGAGGAGUAGGUGAACAACCUGGAAAUAUGUCUCAUUUGGGGGGGGGGGGUUCGUUGUGAGUGCAAAAAAACAAACCUGGCAAACUCCCUCCUCAAUCGUACUGGGGCAGAGGGAAGGAUGGGGGCAUUCUCUUCUCCUGCUUCCGUCAAUUGACAUGCCGCUAACAACAAACCAACUUCCUUCUGCUUCACAACUCAGUAGUGAUCACCAUAUGACCAAAUAGUACAAGGACUGUUAUUAAAUGUAUGCUGAGUGCUUGCUACCCUGUACAGCUCUUAAUCCUCACGUAGCCGACUCUCUCUCUCUCUCUAGCCAGUGGUGUUUCUUUCUCUUUUGGACUCCUUAAUUAUUAUUUUUAAAUUCCGGAGACACAAUUUUUUGUUGUGGGGGAGGGAGGUUGUAUUUCCCUCCCCCCCCAUAACCUUUUUUUUUUUUUUGCGGGGGGAGGUUGCAAAAAAAAACAACAACUGUGGUGUUUGGGACUCUAAUUGUGUGUAGGGUUUUAUCUCCCCACCCUCACUCCCCCCAACCCUGCGGGGGGGGUGUCAAAAAAGGAAUGUCGGUGAAAAUCUCUGUGUGUGUUUUUUUCUUUAUGGUCCACGAGUGUGUAUCGUGAACAUUUCUGUAAAGUAAUUGUUCCAGGCACAAACGCUUUUGAGUGUUUCAGAUGUAUGUAUAUAUAUUUUUAAGGGAGGAAGAGCGUAUACUUUACUUUUGUCUUGUCUGUUGGCAGUAAAAAAAGGGGAGGUUAACUGGGGAUGUGACAAGCAGAGCGUUUUUAAACAGGCAUUCCCAGGGUAUUUUGUACAGCUUCUUCUAACAGUCCACCACCAUGUGGGCCAUGUAGCAAGAGGUGGCUUGAUUCCUUCACAUGAAUAUUCAUUUGGCUGGGGGUAAAUAAACCAGAAGGACCUGGCACCUCAAGGGCAAUAAAGGGGAAUGCUAUGAACCUUUCUGCUAGAUUCAGAGGUGCAUUUAACAUCUUGUCAGAGGGGCUGUAUCUAAAGGAGGCCCAUUGAUUUGUUUUUAACGCCAAAUGUUACUAAUUCCUAUUUCUAGGACAGCAAAUAUCUAGCCUUAGGGGAAUAAAAAUGUACCAGGAAUCCUCCAGAUAGAACUGGGUAGGUGUGGGGAUUGACAAUUUUAGAAAUCAAGUUUAAAAUGUUUCAUUGUUCACUCCUGUGCUCCCACACCCAUACUUCUGGAUCGCACCUUGCAUUUGGUUGAUGUGUUUUUGGGACAAUUACUUUUAAGAACUAUUGAGUAGAUUGUUUAAUAAAUCUUUAAAAUGGAUUGCUCUUUUUGUAGGUUUUGUGUACAGCCAAAAAUAAAAAAAAGACUGAAAGCACUGACUAUAUUUAAAAAAGGAAAAAAAGAAAUUUAUUAAAUGAAAAUUUGUAUUAUUUCAGUAAGAAAAUAACAAAAUCCGUCUGAAUGUACAUGUAUAUGUUUAAAGAAAUCCACCAACUCCCUCCCUACCCUUGUAUCCUAUUUAUUAUAUAAAACGUUUGCCUUACAAGAAAGCAGUCCUUUCUUUAUGGGUGUUUCUAUCUUAUUUUGGUUGUUAAAACAAGCAACUUGAUUUAUCCCCCCCUUCCAAUAAAGAUACAGUGACAACUGCAUUUUUAUAUAUGUAAGGUCAUUUAAAAGAAACAAAUUCUAUUUUUUAUGUUAAAAAGAAAGGUUCAGGCCCAGUCUUAGCACUCAGCAUGCAUUCUACACAGUAAUCUAGUUGCAUCUCAUGUUGGUAAGUACUGUAUUCUGUGCUAGAAUUGGAUUAUAAACCUAUGUAAAUGUUACAGAUUUGUUUGAGCCUUUCAUUACCAAGGUAGAACUGUUCUGCCCUGCCAUUAAAAUAUAAUAUUUUUUUCUCUGUUGUGGAUGAGGAUGUCUUUUAGUUGGUUGCAAAGCGGCCUCUUGUUUGUGCCAGUUUAUACUGAUGCAGGAGUACAUUGCUUCAGGGAUUUAUAUUCUGCUUUUCAAAACAUUGUUCCCAAGUUUGAGUUACAUAGAACUUUGGACUGAGCAGAAAGGCAGUCUUGACCAGAGAACACACCAGAAUACUUAUAAACACAGAAUUUGUCACUUUCAGGAAGAUCUCUUUCAAAUGGCACAAAAUGAUGACUAUUUCCACACUCAAAACAAUACACUGACACGAAGAGGGCUUGUACUGUUAAUUAUAUUAUAUUCCUUUGCAAAGGCAUAGCAAACAGUGUCUUAUUUCUUGUUAUAGGAAGUCUCUCUUUAGGGAAAUGGUUCUCAGGUUAGUCUCUAAGCUGUGAUAGCAGAUGGAGUCAUAAAACAAUUGUGGUGUUGUAGCCAAGUGUGUCAGUGGAGUCCUUGCUGCACUAUCAAGUGUUCAUGGGUGGCAAUUUGAGAAAUCAUGCCCCAGGGUUUGUUAGUUCAGUUAGACUGCUUCACAGGACCAGCCCAAUGCAUUUUGCUGCCUUAGGCAGAGGAUGUCCC